AUGAAGAGAAGUUUACAAGUCCUCUAUCGCCAACUGCUUAGUAAGUAGACAGUCAUCUGAAUACUUUGAUAUUCUCUCUCUAUUUUAGGUGUACUUACUUUGGAUAUGAGUAAUACUACUCUUGCCACCCCCCCUUCUCCCCCCUCUUAAUGUUCAUCAAAAUUUAUUGUAUUUUUCCUUCCAUUGUUCAUCUCACACAACCCACCUUAUCCCUUUCUUCCCCUUUCUUGGGCUCGGGGUUAAGCUGUUAAAUUGUGUUCUUUUAAGGGCAAGCUAGUGGUGAUAGCAAAUGGAUGCCCCCAUGUGUCUUAGAGUUGGAUAUCUGCCAAUUUCUCUUAUAGCAGUUGUCUGAACUACUAGGGACAACCUAGCCAUGUUGCUAAAUGCCUGGAUGCUGCCAAAUGCAUGAAUGCCUCUGAUCAAACUGCUUAGAGGUUUUGAUGAUUAAGGGGUAUAUAUAAAAUAAAUAAAACUGCGGCUGCAAAUCGUAAUUCCCAGCUCCUCCAUAGUGUUUAGAACGUAACUGUGUGCUGAUGUUUUCUCCCCCCCUCGUUCUCAGUGAUAAAAAGGGGAGGCAGCAUAAUGCCAGGCAUAGGUGUCCGGUCCCAGCAAGGGUUGAGGUUGAGGUGGUGAGUGGUCUUUGGCACAGGCACUUACAAACAAGGUGCCAUCAGGAAAGGUGGAGUCACAUCCAGUUCCUGGGCAGAGGAGUGUCUAAGAUUCUGACUAGAGCAUUUCCUUCUGUGCUGUAUAGAACUGUUGAUUCAGCAGAAUGGUGGCGCAGUCAUUGGUUCCUGCAGCAUGGAAGUGAUGGGGCAUUAUUAAGAGCAUUGUCUUGAGUCUGAGGAAGAUGGCAGUACAUAAUACAUUCUCCAGUUUGGGUCUGAGAGCUGAGAACAGCAACUUCCCCAAAAGUUGUCUCCACCUCCCAUGAGUUUUCCUCCAAGGAAGAUGGGAAUGGGGCCUGAAAACACAAUAGGAUGCAGGUAAAUUCUACCAGAUGUUAUGAUGGGGGAGAACAGAGCCAGAUGUGUAUUUCUUACUUUUUGUAGCAACUGUACAUCAGGUUACAUUUCUAAUUUUAUUUUAUUUUUUCAAAAAAAAAUUUUUUUUGGUUUUCACACUUAUCACGUAAAAAAGAUACAAGAGAAAAGAAAAUCAUUACAAUACACAAAAACAAAGAAAAACAGAAUUAUUACUUCCAAAUCCUAAUUUCAUUACAUUGAUAACUGACUUCCUCGAAUCCCCUCUAACUGAAUUUCAUUAUAUCACCUAUUUAGCAGUUCUCCAAAUUUGUAUUUCUAAUAAUAUUAACUUCUUUGACAUAUCUAAUUUUAAGGUGACUCUUUGUUCCAUGCAGGACUUGUUUUUGACCUUGAACUCUCAGAUAUAAUCUACUAGUUUUAUUGUUGUCAUAGUAGCUGUACUUUGCAUGUUUGCAAAUGAAGAGUUUGUUUAUCUUUAGAGCUGCUAAAUAAAGUAAAAUUAAAGGGGAUAAAUAUGUACUCAGUUCCUUUAGUUUAGUUUAGUAGGUUUUAUCUGUUGAUAAAUGUUUUAUAUCCAAACCUUGAUUCAUGUCAUCAAAUUACUUUCCGCAAGCUACAUGCCAUGCUAUCUAAUUCCAUUAAAAGUUAUUAGGUGUUUUAACUGCUAUGGUUAUUAGGAAUUCUUUUGUGUUCAUUUUUUACAUAGUGAUGGAAUGUUUCUAGUCAGCAGUAAUCUAUUUAGGGAUUAUGUAUUUAUGGAGCUAUGGUAUGGCAGAAAGUUAUUUUCACAUGUUCAUAAUUCACACAGUCUGAAUAGAUACAUAGGAUGUAUUCAUCUGUUUGCAAGUGAGGUUGAAAAUCAUUUCCGAAAAGAGGAUUUCAAGUUAGUUUAUGAGGGUCAUUCCCAACCCAUUUAUGAAAGUAGCACAGAUUAAGAUGUUUUUCUAUUUACUGUUAUAUUCAUCACCACAAGAUAAUUUAAUAGAGUUUGAGCUAAUGAAAAUAUUACAUCCCAAGCUAAUGCUAAUUCAAGCACUGGUGAGUACUUUCUAUAAUGCACCUAAAAUUUACUUCAUCUGCACAUAAGUGAUUAGUAUAUUAUUAUUAUUACUGAUGUAAUUCACUUCAUCUGAGCAUAGCAAGCUGCUUUAUUGGUUCACCUUGCACAGUAUUACCUGACUAGCAGAGGCUUCUUCCUUGACUUCAAAUAGGAGACAUUCCUGGAGGUGCCAGGAAUUGAAACUGGGACAGUCUGCUUCCAAAGCAGAUGCUCUGCCACUGAUCUUCAGCCUUUUCCCAACUGUACUUCAGAUACAUAGGCUACAAAUCUUAGUCUUUGCAUUCAUAAGCCAGAAUCUACUUCAGCUGGUGCAUGCAUGCAGCUGGCAGGUUAGGGCAGGGAUAGCAAUAUAGUGCUGCAAUUGUAGUGCCAUUUACCUGGGAGAAAGCCCCAAUGAAUUCAGUAGGUCUCACUCUGAGUAGACAUGGCAGGGGUUGCACUGGUAGGAGAUCGAAAAGCAGAGAUAAACAAUGGAUCACCCAGCAGCUCCUCAGUUCUGGCAGUCCCUUUCAGUUUUCUUUGCUUUUUGGUGGGUGAGCCUGCAAAACUGUCAACCAGGUAGAAGCAGGUUGUUGUCAUGUGAUGAUGCAUAUUGCACAUGAUGUGUAUUAUGCAGAUGUAAGUCACAGACUGAAACAUUCAUUGAUUUUUGCAUGGCUUUUGAGAACAAGCUUCUAGGUUUCAAAAAAGUAUUGGAAGCAGAAUAUAAAAGAUGUGUCAGCCCUUUCUGUCACUGUCCCUGAUUGCAAGAUUUGCUUUGGGCUUUUAUUGUAUAAGAUUUUCAAGAACAGAAAAGAGAUAAAAAACACAGAGAUCCUCUCAGGGAUUUCAGUGACAAAAAAAAAGUACUGAUGUGUUGUCAUAUAUACAGUGAAAGUGGCGCAACUUGUUAUUAAAAUACAACUUUUUCAAAAAUGUGAAUUUCAGCGCAGGUUGAGUGAAUGAACAAGCUAAUUUUUUUGUACUAUCUGUACAAUGGAGCAGAAUUGUUUCAUUCUAUCACUAAAGCUAGUUGGGGAGCGGGGAGAAGAAUCUGUGCAGUAUAUUUGUUUGGAGCUAUUGUAAAAGUGUUCUUUGUCCCUUACAGCAAAGAGAUGAUCUAUAUGUCUGUUUAAUUUCCAAUAAACUAGUUUGUUUAUGCCUGCUAGGCAGACUUUCUACUUUAAUGGGCUUGUUCCAAUUGCUUUUCACACACUCCAGUUACCAUUCAUAAAGAGUAAGAACAUAUUAGACAUGAAUAGGGUUAGAAGGUUUUUAUUCUGGAACUUUAAUCCUCAAGGAAGCUGGCUUAAUGUUGCUUUGUGAAACAUAGUGUCUCUCUCUCUCUCUCUCUGGUAGUAAAAAUGUUUACUGGGUUUUCUAAAACUGGUUACUAGUUCACAUAAAAUAACAGCUAUAAAGAUAUCACCCUAGCCCGUGAUCUUGGCCACAUUUAUAGGGAAGCCGAGGCCCAUUGGAUCAACAUGUAAUGUUAAAUGAUGCCAGAGUCCCAGUGAAAAUGCUGCUAUCAGAGUGGAGGAGAAAUUUCAGUGAGAAAUGUAGGCUUGAUCUUUCUGCUGAGUGAGAGCAAGUUUCAGGAUGGUGUCACAGCAUUAUUCCAUGAAAGAUUCUCAUAAAUUUACCACCUACCUACCUCGCCUCCUACUGAUCUGCAGGAAUACACAUGGGUUCAUGAGAGCAUUACAAUGGGCCACAACGGGACAUCUAUACAGUCUUCCUAUAACCCCAUCCAAUAUGGCUUUGCACCAGAUUCGCUCCAGGUCCAUGCCCCUAGCUUAAAAUUGGACCUAUUCACAGGGAUUUUGGCACUGGCCAAGUUGGGUAGAGACAUCCAUGGAUUGCUGUUGGUCAGGAUGCAUGGCCCAUAAGGACCCAAGGCUCUGGGGGUGGGGCAUCAGGCAGGAAGGAAAAGCAGGCAGUGUUUGGGAAAACCCCAUGUAGAGGCUCAGACCAACUUGACUGUGUCUUCCUGGGAGAAGGUAGAAGCCCACAACCACCUGGUACUCCCUCCUUCCUGGCACUCCAUCCGUGAACGGGUACCUCACACAGGAUUGAUGCCUGUGUGCACCAGCUGUGGAGCCAUCACACUUUCAGGUUGCUCCUUUGCAAGUGGCUUCCCUGCAGAGAAUCUGCUUGCAAAGGCACACCCUACAAUUGACCCCUCUGCUCUCGAUCAGGGGAAGGGAAGGAGACACAUGUCCCUCUACCAUUCCAUGUACAGUAACCAGCUGAACUGGCAACCAAAUUUUAAUUCAACGUUACUGAAAGGAGAGCAUCUUUCACUACAUAAAAGGCAAUGUCACAACAGAGAGGAAUGGUGGAGAGGGGCAUUCAGGAAGAACAGCUAGGAGUUGCAGCUGUUGCCCCCCAGCACCGGCCACAUGAGGCAGAUGCCUCAUUUUGCCUAAUGGUAGGGUUUCCCUGCAUCUAGUUGUCAGGAGCUCGUCCUAUACUCGAGUAGGACCCUGGCAGAGACACAUGCCCGACUGGCAUGUUCUCUCCCUCCUGGUCGUUCGUUCAGGAGCUUCAAAAGCUUUCUUCAGCCCGAACAUCACAGUGACUGAUGCCAACACACUUAGGGAUCUGGCACACUUAGGGAUCUGCAGAGUCUUCGCAGCUUGCAUAACAGACCUCAGCAACUCAGCAUUUUGGCUAAUCUACUUUAUUUGCAUAUAAACACACACAGAGCACUGCAACAUGACUCCCUCUCUCUCUAGCAUCAGACAGCAAAGAGAAAGAACAAAGGACAAUAGUCCCACUUCACGGAACACAGUAACGCAAACAUCUUGUCUCUGUCACUUCCCACUCUAGAAUGGGAAGAAUGGGGAGAAGGAAACCAAGAUUUCAAAAUAGGUACAUUGAUUAACAUAUUGAAACCACUACAAGGGCUUUUGUUGAUAAGUGUCAAUUAAAGUGAACAUAUGUCUACAGCUUUCCUUCAUUUGCCACCAAACACUUAUUAUGCUACAUUUGCUACUUUCAUUAAGUGGCUGGCUUUGUAAGGAGAGUUUAAAAAACAACACACCCCUAAUAUGGUGAUUAGGCCCUGCAGCUUGAACCAUAAUAAUUCAGUAUAGAUGUUUGUUGUGCUUUCUUUCUCCAUGGGUGGCUGAAACUGAAUGUAUAAUAGUGAAUAUUUUUUGGGGAGGGGACUUUAAGUGACUGUGAAAUUAAGCUCCCAUCCAGGUUCUUUGGAGUUAAGCAGGACUAAACAGUUGUGCAGUGUGAGGUGUUUGUGGGCAAAGCUUCGCAUAGUGAGUUGGAUCUACUCAGAAGUAAGCCCCACUAAGUUUCUGCUAGACUUGUUUUCAGAAAAAGUAUAUAGGAUUGCAGCUAGGAUAGCUGACUUAGUUCCUAUUGAAAUCAAUGGGAAAAGCUAGUCAUGACUUACAUUCCAUUAAUUUAAAUGAGAAUUAAGUUCAACUAAGUUAUGCACUUUCAUUAGUAUUAUUUAUUGAACUUAUAUCCUGCCUUUCCUACUAAAGGACCCCAAGAUGGCAAACACACCUUCAUCAAAUCUAAAAUCAAAUUUAAAAAUAUAAAAACAGUGAAAACAUUCACAAAACAGUUAUAGUUGAAAGCAUCUAAAACAGUUACAGUUAAAAUAUUCUUAAAACAGUGAAAUCAUUCUCUCAUCUCUGAAUCUAUAUGUUAGUUGCAUUAAGGAGGCAUCACACAGUUACUGAAGGGAGGAAUGGCCUCACUUAGAUGUCCACAUUGAUUGCAUGCAGGCUUCUUCACUGAGGAUGACUAUAGUAAUAUGUGAAUGACUGAAGGCAGUCCCACACAGCAUGUCCAACACCAGCAAUGGCACCAGUAAUCAUGUGAUUCCCCCUUCAUACUAAUAACCAAUCCAGUUCAAUGUCUCACUCCAAUCCAGUGUUUCACUGGCUUUAAAAAACAAAACAACAUAUCACUAAGGAGGCCAUGAUUGCACACAGGGGAAGGGGUUGCUUAAACCUUUCUCCUCUUGAAGUUUAACAAUUAAGCAUUACCUCUGUGAAAUUGCUCCCCCCCCCCACCCUGUGGGUCUUUAUUGUUAUGAGUUUGGGGUGUUAAGCUAUAUGCCAGACCCUUCUAAUCCCUGGAGCAAGUUGUAAAAGCUAAUCAAGUCUUCUUAUUCCUGGAAAUAGUCAAACUAGGUUCCUGGUGAUGUGAUGGGGGAUUAAGGGGCUCAGUGCAAGAGCCUCAACAGACAAAGCCAGCGUUUGGAGUACAGUUUUGCAGCCAUGGGACCUAGAUGUAAAGCAGUAAUCUGGGAGAAAACAGAGAGACAGAAUAAUAUUUUAUAUCUGUUUGAAUCCAAGGCUGUGGCUAUGGGAGAAACAAUACCCUUUGGGGUGUUAAUGCUGUUAACCUCUCCAUCAUAGGCUCAGGUUGUAUAUACAGUGGUACCUUGGUUUACAAACUUAAUCCAUUCUGGAAGCCCGUUCUUAAACCGAAACCGUUCUUAAACCGAGGCACGCUUUUCCUAAUGUGGUCUCCCUCUGCUGGUGCCCUUCCACUGUUCGGCUUCUGUUCUUAGACCAAGGUAAAGUUCACAAGCCAGGACACUACUUCCAGUUUUGUGGAGUUCCUAAACAGGGCUGUUCUUAAACUGUAUGUGUAAAUAAACCAUAUAUCAUAAAGACACCACAGUCUCCGCUGUGCCUCAUUCUCAAAGGAACCCAAACCCUGGGUAAGCACCUGGACCCCCUGGAAUCUUGCAUCACUCAAAGAUUGGGAUGGUGCGCAACAAUAUAUUUUCUUCUGUAGAGAAAAGCCACUAGGGAGGGAGCAAUUAUUAUUAGCCGUUACAUGGAUAAUGUAUUUCUAUAAUAUGAGCUGCUCACUGAAUUUAGUUUUUCUUGUAGGCCAAGCUGAAAGCUCCUUAGUUUUUCUAUAUUUAGAAUACACAAUCAGAGCAGUAAUAAAUGUAGACCAUUCGGCAACACAUUUAGGCUGCUGUUUGAUAUAUUUUUGGAGUUUUUGAUAUUCAAAAAGCAAAGGAUGUCACUUUCUGUUUGAGAGGAAAAUAUAACGCUAGGCAAAAAACAUCAUGAGUGGUGACAUCUUCACUAUUUAUUCUGUCUGCUUUACUUUAAAUUUGAAUCUGCCUCUGGGAGUGCUGAAUUCCACAUCCAAAGCUCCUUUGGAUCUAGCUAGCUUAGAAGGAAACAAUAAAGAAUGAGUUAUAUGACUUGGUGACAGUCCGCUCAUAGAAAACAGCAGGAUGUUCCUCUUCCUAUCUGGAAAAGUUGGUUGUUGAUGUUUUUCUCCCAAUCAGCAUUGCUUUCAUAUUCCUCUGUGCAUGAACCAGUUCCAUAGCAGAAAUCCAGUUGUGUUUUCAGAUUUCUUUGAUCAUGUCAAAUAGUGUUUUUAAGUAAUGCAGAAGGCUGCAUUCCUGCGCUUAGUGACACAUGCAUAAGCCUUGCUGAAGUCAGUGCGAUUUGCGCAUACAUAAUUGAUGGCAGAAUCUAACCGUUAGACUUCAGUGAAACUGGGCAUGCCUCCUCUUGUCAAAAGUAUACACUUCUUAAGACACCACUUCUUUGAAUUUCAAGCAGGCAUGUGUAAUGCAUAACAGUUUUCUAUUCCUCAAAGCCAAUGAGCAUAAUAUUUGGAGUUUGGAUAAUUGCACGUAUGACUGACUUCAAAGCUUGUUCUUUGUAACUAGGGAUGGGGAUAAAUUUUAUUUUGUUUGAAUUUUAAUGAGAAGCUACUUUAUCCACACAUUUUGAGCGCACAUGUGAACCAGUCACAGUUAUCUUUCUAAAUUUAUGCUUUCCCCAAAUUUGUGAUGCAGUUCUUCAGCCAAACAAUGUGUUGGCAUAUAUUAGGGGAUAGAGUGCAACCCUCGCCAUACAUUUUUUAAAACAGCAUGCCAAAAUGCAUGAUAUUUGCAUAAAUUGCUUGCAGAAAUGCGUAAAACUGCGUACAAAAAUGUGUAUAUUUGGAGAAAUUAUUAAUAAAAUGCUGAUGAAUUUUCAUGAGGACUUUUUUAGAAUGCAAAUAGCUGAAAAAAGUGUGGAGAACUGAAUUUAGGUUGGGAGAAAGGAGAAACUGAAUGAAACUGUAAUUGGAAUAUUCAUUCAUCCCCAUUUAACACACUGCAGUGUUUAUAACAGAUUUUCUGAGAAGAAAAAGGUGGCAGCACCAAGAGGGCUGAAAGACCCUAGAAGGAGACAAGGCCUUGAAAGAAUGUUCAAAGUGGAAACAUUUACAGGAAAUGCAAAAUGCCCAGUGCAUUUUAGUGUAUCACCUUCUGCAUGGACAAAGAAGACAGCACUUGUGAUGAUUCUGAAGGAUAUUGUCUCAAAUUUCUUUGUCUCUGGAGAAGGAGACAAUUCAUAUAUAUGAAUCAAGCAUGUUGCAUUUCCCAUAAAUGUUUCCAUUUUGGGUACCAUUUCUUCCCUUUCUUGGCAAAAGGUCCCCUCCCCCAUUAAUUUUAUUGCCAUAAAUACACACUUGAACUCUGUUUGUUCAAAUGUGUGGAUAUUAUCUGGUCAUUGUUUCCAAAUUGAGGAACAUGAGAGAUCUAUGCUGGUCAUAGUGUAGCUUCCACAUGUCUCCUCACGUGUUUGUUUUUUUGUUUUGCUCAGCAGCUAUUUCCCCAACCCUGCAUCGCACCCCCAGACUGUCAACAAGGAAAUACUUGUGUGCAUGCCCCGUAAGGGAAAAGUUAAUGGAGGGUAACUGAGAGUGUGAAACUAGCGAUUGAGAAGAAAGGGGCAACACACAACCAUGUGGUAACUUCCCAGCAAACACUACCCAGUGGGAAAUGUCAGUGUAUAAGUAUCAGAGACAAAAGAAAUGUAAAGUGCUUUUGUAUAGACAAACGUAUACAAAUGCAGACACAGAAAGGAAUGGAUCUGUGUGACCCACAUGCACACUAAUUCCACGAUAUUGACACAACUUCAGUCUGGCUGAUGCCUUUCUCUGUACCACAUGUGCUGUUGGUUGGUUUGGUUAUUAAAUUUAUAUCUCAAAGCUGCCCAGGGUGGCAAAAAAAAAAAAAAGAAGUGACAAUACAUCAAAAACAUUUUAAAAACACUUCCAAAGCAGAUGCAGACAGGGCAAAGAUGUUGUGCUAAUUCCAACUUUAAACUGGCGUUAUUGUAUCAUAUUCAUCCAGAAUGGGGUGUAACAUUAAGGGUAUCAUAUCCAUGUGUGUGCAAAAUGAGCAGGCGAAAGGUUGCAUAAAUACAUAUAGGCAGGCCUUUACAAUUUGUAUUUGUUUUGCUCUGCACAGCAGAGACUUCCCUAACUCUGUAUUGUACCCCAAACCAUCAAACCUGACUUACGGUGCAGCAAGCAGUGGCAAAACUCCUUUGCUGAAAUAGAAUUAAUGGUGGUGAAUUGCAUUCAAUGUCACUCUAAAACCACAGAUACAUUUGGGAAGUUUUGCAACCUAGCCAAAAAUGCACAGGCAUAGGCUAUUAAAAAGGGGCUGAGAGUAUAGAUUUGUAUACCAUGUUUUAAAACCGUGUCAUUAAGUUUAAUAUUAAAAGCUGAUUGACUCCUACAUGAUGGCAUUGGCUGGUCUUGUGAGCAGACAGGCAAAUCCCUGCAUUUGCCCACAGUUCUCAGCAUGAUAGUAUCUUGACAGAAGGCAUCUUCACUUUUAUGCUCAUUCUGACACGUUUAUAAAAAGAGCCAAAGGAAAGCUCUUUCAAGAUUAAUGAGAAAGGGUAGCUUUUUUUAAUGCAUAUCCUCCAUACACUUGCAAUUUGCCAAUGCAGAUUCCUUAUGCUGGGAACCAAAGCAGUACAAUGAGUUCAUCUUAUGCCAGACAUAUUAGUACAAGUUCAUCAUCUAAUAAAAGAUUUACAUAUGCAGUAGCCUAUUUUCAUACAUGGCACUAAAAGUGUCUUUCAGCCUCUCUCCCACUGCAUGUGUGAAUGCUGUCAGCUCAGAAUCAGAAGUGAAGGAGGGCUAUUUUAAAAAUGAAUGUAUAUUCCAGCCAAUGUGAUUACUGAAUAAUGUAUGUAGGAAAUGGGGGGAAAUGGAUUUAAGCAUCACUGUAAAUAUGCCAUUAGUCACUGACAUCUGUGGCACGUGGCUUUUAUUUAGAGUAUUUAUUUAGGGUGUUUGUGAACUGCCCUUUCUCUAAAGGAGCAAUGGAUGAUAUACAACAAGCACCAAAGCAAAAUAUAUCAAAUAUCUAUAAAUGCACAUCCAAGCUAAAAAAUUUAAUAAUAAAUCACUAAAACAUCAAGUCAUGCAUUGCUGCUAUGGAUUGAACCCCUCCUUAUCACAGUAUCAAACUGUAAAAUCCUGGGUAAAUAAAAAUAUAUUUGGUUGACGUCUAAAAAGCAGCAAUGUGAAAGACAGACACACCUCGGGGGGGGGGGGAAUAAUUCCAAAGCUGAGGCCCCACCACAUGGACCUUUCUGAACUUCCCAACUCCAUGAAUCCUGGCAGUGACCACAAGCAAAGCCCACCCACUUACCCGCCAAUCUUAAGAAUUGAAUUGGCUGGCACUGGAGUAUAUGCUCCUUCAGAUAUUUGGACCCUGACUCAUUUGGGGUUUAUAAACUAUUAAAGGUAAAGGUAAAGAGACCCCUGACCAUUAGGUCCAGUCAUGGCCUACUCUGGGGUUGCGACACUCAUCUCGCUUUAUUGGCUGAGGGAGCCCGCGUACAGCUUCUGGGUCAUGUGGCCAGCAUGACUAAGCCGCUUCUGGAAAACCAGAGCAGCGCACGGAAACGCCGUUUACCUUCCCGCCAGAGUGGUACCUAUUGAUCUACUUGCACUUUGACGUGCUUUCGAACUGCUAGGUUGGCAGGAGCAGGGACCGAGCAACUGGAGCUCAUCCCGUUGUGGAGAUUCGAACCGCCGACCUUCUGAUCGGCAAGUCCUAGGCUCUGUGGUUUAACCCACAGCGCCACCCGCGUCCCCCUAUAAACUAUUACCAACACCUUUAAUCGAGCCCAGUAGCACACAAAUAGCCAGCACCAAGCUUUUAUUGGGUAUAAGAAACGGUUCAUAGGAAGUGCCUCUUUUCUAUAGACAAAAUGUGAUAUACGCAGAGGAAUGAGAGCUACUUUCUAUGUAAUGGCUUGAUGGCAGUGAAAGUGCUCUUAUAAGUCUCUCCAUUAUCAGGAAGCAUAAUAGGAGGCAGAUUUCAAUGCAUAACUAAUCAGAGAUUGUGGCAAGCUUCUGUCGUCCUACAGUACCCAUAUAUGUUGUCACUGCAAAAUGUAGCCAUCCUGCAUUUCUUCACCCCCUUCAGCUCAUAUUCACCACUCCUUCCCACCAAAAACCUCAAUUAGUAUGGUGAUUCAGUCAAUCCACACGGAAUAAGUAAAUCUGCACAGGUUGCAUUGAUGUGCACAAUUUGCUAUUCCUCUAGAGUUCUAACUUUUCCAUGGUACCUAGCUGGAAGUUUCUCCAUACAGUUCUGAACACAUCUGGCCUUAAGCAUGCACUUCAAUUACAGGCAAAACUUUGUAGCAAUCUGCUGUGACAGUUCUUAAUAGAUAGCUCAAUAGACUUGAAUCUCACUGCCACUUUCAGCCUGGAGGUCUCCCAUGCUGCUAACAAGUGUUCAACUGCAUUUCUCAGCCUGGAAGAAUAUAGGACUAAACAGCAUGAUACCAGGAGUCCUUUGGAGCUAUGAAUCAUUGCAGAAGUGCUUGAGAGAAGUUGGAAAUUUGCACACUCCCAAAAGUCUUCAUGUCACAUCUUAUAUGUACUUUCAGAAAGAGUUCAUAGAAUAUUAGAAGCUGCCGGUCUCCAAUAAAGUGCAUGCAGCUCAGAUGAUUUAUAGAAAAGUUAUGUCUCCCUUUUGAAUCCUGGGGCUUUUCAUUCCUCUAUUAGCCAAUUUGUGAGGCUCUCCUCACUCUUCCAAGUUCUGAUUCGUUUUCUGUCUGGGCAAGGGCGGAGGGCAAUGUUAUGUAUGUAGUGAAUGCAGUUGCACAGUGGUAAACCUCAAGAGUUCCCCAUUGCUGAAGGCAUCAAGAAUUCAUGAACCAUUAUUAAGAUAUUGAAUAAUAAGAGGAAGUUGAAGAAUAGCAAAAUAGGCCAUUCAGCAUAACCUAAAAUUUCCCUUAGUUGUGGAAGUAACAAUUUUUAGCUUGCAAUGAUCAAUAAAUGGCUUCUAUUCCCCCCCCCCCCCGAACUACCUUGUCUCUUUUUUCUUUUGUCCUUAUGAAAUGGGUCAUUUUGGCCACUAAAGCAAAAGCCCAGCAUUUGUCAAUCCAUCCAUUUGUUGUUGGCACCAUUUGUGUCCUCCACUUCCUACCAUAUAAUAAUCUUGCUGCCAUUAACAUAUAUGAGAUCUGUUCCUUAUACAAUUCUUUACUAAAUGCAGGGUUUUUUUUUCAUUGGAGAGGAGAGCUAAGUCAGGAAUAAGUGUUUGGCUGAUAACCUAUCCAAUGAUAUAAAAAAAUAAGCCCUAAAGCUCUCUACUCUUUCACAUGCCCACCACAGGCAAAUAUGACCCCUGAGAUCCUCACCCCCUCCAGCAAAAUAGGGAUAGUGAGUUGUGAAUAUAGCUGAGCUUUACUGGUGUUAAGUGCCAGUGAUAAAUCAGUUUCAGCAUACCUUUAUGUCGCUUUCGAAUGGGAACAAGACCAUAGAUGUUACCACUAAGUAUCAGUGGUUGUAAUAUUGCAAUCCGUCUCCCAGGCUUUAAGUGCAGAGCAACCAGUUUCAAAUUUAAGAUCCAAGAGGAUCUUAGUAAGAAUGGAGAUGAGACCCUUUCGCUCCUUAGAACAUGGUUUGCAAAAGAAUUCACAAAAAGUCAAAGAAAGAGGGGACAGGGACCCUCAAAUCUGCAAACUGGUCGAGCAAAGGUUAUUUGAAACCAAGAAACUUAUGUUCCAGAGAGAAAUUAUAAGAUUUUGCAGACGGGAAUUCAGAGAGAUUCUGAAUUGUCAGUAGGUUCAGUACCAUAUUUACAGGGUGUAUAGCCUUGAUAACAAGUGAUCUUUAUCAUUCAUCAGUAUUUUGUCAAAAUCCAUUGGUCUCUUAGCUGCUGAUGGAUUCUCAGAUAAUUAUUUGCUGAAGAUUUUACUUUAAAAUAUUCAUGCCAUUGGGAAUUUUCCUGAUGUAAACAUCCGUUAAUGUUUGAAUUCUCCAUCAGCAGUCCAUGGUUUGUUAAGUCCAUAUAUCUAAACAACGUAUUACCUCCAAAUCUCAAACCUCCCAACUUUUCUCUAUAUCAUUUCAUAUUGAUGUUGAGCCAUUUGGGCUGAUUGUUUCCAAUUUCUCAGCAGUUCAGAAUCAAGGAAUUUUGUUUCGUUUGCUUCCUUGAAAAUUCCUCUCUUCCCAUAGUAUUUUAUGUAGUACGACCUUCACCAAAUUCCUCUCAAAUUUAGAUACCUUUGAAUGUCAGUUAUCCCUUCUUAAGAAAGCCAUUUGAUACAAGUAGCAGUAUAGUAUAAUUUUAUGUUUGGAAUAGAUUAACACCCACUUCACCCUGUUGCCUUUUUCAUCUUCUAAUAUUUGGAUGUUAAUUUUUUCCCCUUGGUGCUUUUAAUUUUUCUCAUGGAUUUAUCCUGCUUUAUGCUUUGUUUUAUGCUGUUUUCUUUCAUUUGUCUUUUUUUGUGAUUUUGUGUUGCAAUAUUUUCAUUUUAAUCUCCAUUUGUAAAUCUCUUGGAAAGCGGAAUAUCAGCUCUCUAAAUACAAUAUGAUCCAGUAAAUAGGUUUUCCUGAAAACAUUUUGAAAAACAUGGUUGUAGACCUCUUGUGCCACUGUGGGGAGGAGUGGUGCAUAGAUAAUAUGCUGAAAUAACUGAAUGAUUAUCAGAGCUUUUGGACUUCUCGAAGAACUUUAGACAUUAAAAGUUACAGCAUGAUUAAAAAAACCAAAACACCUCAGGUGAUUUUUAUCAGCUAUCCUUGUAAACAUAUUACAACUAUAUCCCCACUCUCGAAAGUAUAAAAGAUCUCAGCAGCAACAGAUGUAUUAUUAAUAUUUCUCUGGAAAGCAAUAUAUUUUUGCACAGCUUGAACAUUUCUCUUGUUCGUGAAUUUGAACACUCCAAUCAUAACUCUAAAAACUGCUGUAAAUCAAUAGGAUUCUUUUCCUCCUGUAAUGAAACUUUAAUAAAUCAGAGGUGACAGAGAAGAGUCUUAAAAAAAGACUUUAAAGCUGGUGAAGUUUCAUAACAGCAGUCAAUCAGCUUUCCACCAAUGAGCGUACUCAGCAACACAGGAUGGGAAACUCUCAGAAUUAUCCUUCCCUUGAAAGGAAUGAUGUAAAGAGGUGUCCAUGCUGCUUGAUGCAAAUGUUUCAUCAAAAGGCUAUUUUGAAGGAAAGAAAAAUGGGUGAAAGUCUCUUCUUUCUUUUUUGGUUUCGGGAGCCCACCAGCUUCCAGUAAAUUGGGCUAUUCCUUGGAAGAGCUUUGUCUACAUUGGGGACGGGUCAGAAAUUCCAGCCAAGUGAUGUGUACAGAAAUGCAUAUACUGAGGUAUAAUGGGCUUUAAAAGUGCAUAUAUUUGUGAAAAUAACAUACAUUACAUUAGGGAAUGUGCCUUUGCAAAAAAAAUAAUAAUAUGUGUAUAUUAGGCAAAGUUACAUAUAAAAAUGUGAGUACAUUAGGAGAAACGCACACUAACACACUGAUGAAUUUUUAUGGGAUUAAAAAAAACAACUGCACCCAAAGAACUGACCUGGAAAUGUGGAGAACGGAAUUUAAGAUUAGAAAAAUUAGAAACAGAGAAAAACCAGAAUUGCCAGAUUCACCCAUUCCUAGUCUAAAUGCAUUACUUGAGAAUCCUGGGUGCAAUUUCAUGGAAAUAAUAGCAUGAACUCACUAACACAGUGGCUCCUUGCAUAUGGACACAGUAAGGGUCCUGGGUAUGCACAGACAGCGGGGCUCGGCUGUGGCAAUUAUCUGACCCACUUAUCAACCAGUAAUGAAUGGGAUACACUUCCCAGGAGGGUGUGCGCAUGUCUUCAUCUGGGAUAGCUCAGUCGGCAGAGCAUGAAACACUUAACCUCAGGGUCAUGGGUUUGAGCCUCACGUUGAGCAAAAGAUUCCUGCAUUGAAGGUGGUUGGACUUGAUGACCCUCAUGUUCCCUUCCAGCUUUACAGUUCUGUGAUUCUGUGUGUAAAACCACAGACACCUCCUAAGGCGUAUCCUAGUAUGGCAAGCCAUCACACAUCAAACCAACUCCUGUCUACAGUGACCCCGAUCCUCCUCUUGGCCUUCUGUGCAGCCUGUUCAUACCAGGAGCAAAAAUUAGGUCUACGUCCCCAGCCCUGCAGCCCCAAAAACCAUGCAUGAGGUGGAGGCCACUGGUGGCUGUGGCAUGGCAAGUCUAUAUCCAUGCCCCUCCUGCUCAGCCGUCAGCCUCAGCUUGGUGAUGCAGUCCAUGCACACAGAGAGAGUGUCAUGGGUGCAACUGGCAGAGAAUGGAGUUGUUUAUUUCAGUUUUAUUACCUGUGUACAAGAAGGAAAGAUUCUUGAUUGGACCUCACUGAUUCCACGGGAACAGACUUCAGGUAAAUAUACUGAGAGCUGCUGCUUAAAAUAGUCACAUUUAAUUAGCCGCCUUGAAUCAAGCAGCCCCACCUCUCUGUAUUUAGCUGUAUCAAUCCAAAACUCUUUUUACUACAGUCUUAUUCCCCCUUGGCAGAUGUUGGCUGCAGAUGGGCUACAUAUAAUCUCCUUCCUCCUUCCUUGUCCCCUCUUGCACUUCAAACCAAUUGCAGCAAUUAGUGGGUAGAAAACAGCUCAGCUCUUUGUGUUAGAAGCUACAGAUGUUAGCUUUUUCCUUCCAUCUGGGAAAACAAGGAGAUUUUAUUUUUUUUACCUUUUGUUCAUAAAGGUCAAGCCCAUGUUUUCAAAGAUCCAUUUCCAUUAUGGCUUCCAUCACAAACAAGUUGUUGUUUUUUUUGCUAAAAUAGUUGGCCAGCCAAUCAUAUAAUGAGAAUGUUUUUCAAGCAAUUACUUCGGUACUUCUGUUAAACUUGAUUGCAAUCAGUUUCUCAAUAAUCAAUUUCUUAAUUCUAUCAGACAGCUUGGGGCGUCUUUCCAUAACUGUAAGAUUGGAAAACCUAGCCUUACAAGCUGUUCUGUCUAAGUUACAAUUCAUAUGAUUGCUUCUUCCCCCUUGGCUCUAUGGCUCAGUCCUCACUAAGGUGGCCAGUCUAUGUGUGGGCUGUACCAUUUCAAAUGGCAGGUGGAAGCUCACAUGGUUGCAUACCUAAUCAGGCAAAACCAUUCCCUCCACAGAGCAGACUAGAAGGCUUUCAUCUAGAUUUUUAUAUGGAGGUUUUGUUUUGUUUUUAAUGGAGGAAUUAAAUCAUAUGAUACAAAUAAAGCAGGAAAAAUGAUUACAUCUGUCACAACUUAUUCAUUGUGAAAUGCCCUCAAAUAUUUUUGUAAUCAAAUAUUUAAUCCAAUUGUUCAGAGUCUAGCAUACAGAUAUUUUAGCAUGCCUGCCAUGAAUCCGCCUUUCUCUUAUGAAGCAGUUUGUAUGUCAGGCCUUAUAGAUAAUACUUCCUCGAGGGCAAGUAUUCAUAUGAACCGCGUCAGUUUUAUGGCUACUUUGCCUCUCCUCCCUCUCACUUCCCUCCCUUUCAUUUACGGGAAAUCUUGGCAAUAGUUGUUACCAUAGUAACAUGGCAGGAUAGUUCAAAUGAUGGGAGGGGCGGGAAAUGAAAAUAUGAAGAAUUAACCAUAAACUGAUUGAGGUUGCUUUAGCCAAAAUGUAUCCCCCCCCAAAUAGCAAAGUAUAUUCACUGAAAUUAUCCAUAAUUAUUAUUGAACUGUGCCAGCAAUUAUUGAAGAACAUUUAAGUAGAUUGUGUGUGUGCGCGCACGUGUGUGCCUGUGAGUAUUUGGUCAAUUGGACACACACACACACUCAUACACACACACACAACAUUUCAAACAAUACCAUUAAUCUUGUGCCUGGCAUACAUGGGUAAAUAAUUUCCAAGUCUUUGUCUCUCAUCCUCAACCGCAAACUCACACAGAACAUCACAAAGUAAUAGUAAUAAUACUUACACGGACAAAUAUUGCUGCUACGUUCAUGCUAACACACAACAGGACGUUCUCAGUGGUGGAUUCCUCAUUAUGGAACACCCUUAGUGGUAAGGUGAAGCUGUCUCCCUCAUUACACACACACACACACACACACACCUAACUUAGUAAAUGCCAUCAGUUUACAUUGUUGAAAGAAGACACAAGUUCCAUGUCAAAUUGGAAGUCCAGGAUAAAUUUGUCUAUACCAAGAGCUAAGUGUCUCCAAGAAGAGGACAUAAAGUUCUAGUCUCAGUCAAAACUGUGUUUCUCAGGGCAAGGCACUUGUGGAGUUUUCUGUCUUAGGUGCCAAAUAACUUGGCCAUUGUUGGAUGCUAUAUAUUUUUGACUUUGGAAGAGAGGCACCAUUUCUUAUUCUGCCUCAGGCACACACAAUGUCCUGGUUUGGCCCUCUGUGUACAUUUGUAGUAGAACACAUUGUCCUCAUUUGCACAUAGUGCUAACCAAAAUACAAAUGAGCAAAAGUGUAGGCUUCUAAAGAGGAGAUAGUGGCUGCUUUGCACUAAGCAAAGCCAAGAAGAAGAAGAAGAAGAAGAAGAAGAAGAGUUUGGAUUUGAUAUCCUGCUUUAUCACUAUCUGAAGGAGUCUCAAAGCGGCUAACAUUCUCCUUUCCCUUCCUCCCCCACAACAAACACUCUGUGAGGUGAGUGGGGCUGAGAGACUUCAGAGAAGUGUGACUAGCCCAAGGUCACCCAGCAGCUGCAUGUGGAGGAGCAGAGACGUGAACCCGGUUCACCAGAUUACAAGUCUACCGCUCUUAACCACUAAACCACGCUGGCUUAGUGGUUUGGCUUAACAUGUCUCCCAAAUCUGGGUUUAUGAUUUAGCUCUCUCAGACAAAGCCCAGACUGUAAGCCAUAGGACACACCUUUGUGAUGGACUUGAGGCUUCAGAUUCAGUCCCUAGUACCUCAUUUCCCUGAGACCCUGGGAAGUGGGUUUGAAAUUUUCUGCCAGUCAGAACUGACAAAACUGAGCUGAGCAUGAGAUUCUUAAUCUCAGGGUUGUGGAUUUGAGCCCCACUUUGGGUGAAAGAUUUCCUGCAUUGCAGGGGGUUGGACUAAAUGAUCCUUAUGGUCCCUUCCAACUCUACAGUUCUGUGAUUCUGUGAGCUCAAUAGAUUAUUUCUUCAACUCAGUAUAAAGUAUCUCAUACCUUCAUAAUGAUGUUGUGAAUAGCUGGUGUGUGUUGCACUGGCAUCUAUUUAUUGGACCUGAAAUAAAUUUGAAUAGAGGGAAUUUCCUGGCAAAUUCUCCUAACUCAAAUGACAUGCAAAGGAAACUGCAUUUGUAUUCUACUCAUGUAGCAACCACCCAUUGGAGGCUUACUUUAAAGGUUGUAUUACUCUAUUUGAUAAAUGUUGCUCAGCCUGUUUCUCUCCCUCUCUAGAUAAUGCUUUGAUAAAGCCCCAGUUGACUGGUUUUGAUGGGCAGCUCUUCUGUAUACAUUGGUAAUAUUGGGAGAGUAUCACAUAGCAUAACAGAAACCUUGAAAAGGUCACUCUGGCAGUGAGGAUAUCGGUAAAGCAUGGGUGGCAAAUCAGCAGUUCAGCUUUAAUAUGGAUGAUGCUCCCAAUGGCUCCUAACAGGCAAAGGGUUUAUUUUUGUUGAGUUUUAUUCUGAUCAGCUUCAGUACACUGCCCUGAGGCUAUUUGUAAUUUGUGUUCAAAUUGUGACACCUUAGAAAGAAAGAAAAGUCACUAUGAUUGGUAACAGAGGAGUUCCCGACGGUUUCUGCUCCUUUAAUUUUGAAUUACGUUUGAUUGCUUGGCAAAAUAAUCUCUUUCAGGGAGGUCUGGAACCACCUAUAUUGAGCAGGGCCAGUCCCAAGUUUAACUCCCCCUGUAAUCAUAGACUCAUAGAACUGUAGCGUGGGAAGGGGCUCCAAGGAUCAUCUAGUCCAACCCCCUGCAUUGCAGGAAUCUCAACUAAAGCAUCCGUAACAGGUAGCCAUCCAACCUCUGCUUAAAAACCUCCAGUGAAGUAGAGCCUGCCAAAAUCAGUAGGGCUCCUUUCAUAUGGCUGCCCCCCUAAAUUUUGCCAGGGGGAGAUUACCUCAUACUGCAGCAGUUCCCACAUUGAACUAGAUGGCAGGAAUAGCCAGUGUGGUGCUCUCCAGAUAUUGUUGGACUACAACGCCCAUCAGCUUUACCCAACAUAGCCAGCCGUCAGGAAUGAUAGGCAUUGUAAGUUCAACAACACUUGGAGGGCUCCAUGUGAGCAACUUCUGCGCAAGGGCAUUGUGUGGAGGAAAUAGUAUGGUGGGGUGGCCACCAGUCAACUUGCACAAGUGCUGGAGGUCCUGGUCAGUGGUCCUGGUGGAGGGUGGCAAGAAAAGCAGGCCGCCGCACAAGGAUCCCAUGUGCUGAUGCUGGGCCUGAUGUCUAGAAAGAACCUUGAGUGAGGUGGCACCUGUCUUGAAAGGUGCUGUGUGCCUACUUUGUAUUAUAGGUAUGUGAAUUAGUUGAAAUGAGCACUCUCAGCAAGGCUGUGGCUGAGAGGGGCAGGCAGUGCCACCUUCCACUCUCUGAAUAUCCUGCUAGCUUUUUUAUUUGUGGAAAUCCAAGGUGUGCAAGAAGCGUUCUACCCAAUAGUUCACCAAGGAGUAAUACAAUUAUUAGGGUCCAUGUUAUCUGUUAUAUGUUCCAGGUACUAAUGGUUGAAGCAAUCUAACCUCCUCACAGACUAAACUUGUGCAUCUGCAGCUCUGCAUCUGGCAUCAUCUAACUGUAAUGGCUUCCUAGGUAUAGGGAGCAUAAGACCAUAAGAAGAGUCUGUUAGAUCAGGCCAGUGGCCCAUCUAGUCUAGCAUCUUGUUCCCACUGUGACCACCAAGAUCCCUGUGGGAAGGCUGAGUGCAAAGACACUCUUCCCGCCUGUGGUUUCCAGCAACUGGUAUUCAGAAGAAUUUCUGCCCCUGACCAUGGAGGCAGAUCAUAGCCGUCGUGGUUAAUCACCACUUAUAGCCUUAUUGAUAGCCUUAGAGCACAGGUAUUCAGAUGGCAUCAUGGGAGAGCACUGAAGGACAAUUGCAAUUCUAUAAACUCCAUUAAGAGGCUGAAUGAGAGAUCACGAGGGUCUCCUGCUCUGAAGUAAGGUGAAGCAAGCUGCCGUAGGUGGGUGGUAGGGUAGUGUCAUGAAAGUAGGACUUGGUGUCUGAACGGUGCAGCAAUACUAUUUAUUUGUGGGGGUGGGGAUGCUAUUUGGACUCUGUUUCAAGUAGCAAAAUGCCUUGGGCUGUUACCGCAAGUUCUUUGCCUUUCUAGAAUCUACGAGACAGCAGUGGAACAACAUUUCUACAAAAUACAAUGGCUAUAGUUGCUUUGUUUACUUUUCAUAAGGUUUUAGUUUUAAAAAAACAAAACCUAGCAUAGCAGGAAAAAGAAAAACUGAACCCUAAGGAGACCUGAGUAUGACUGAAGGGGUUUCAUUGCUAUGAAGGCACUCUGUUCUCUGUAUAAUCACCAGAAUCCAGCAAAACAGAAAAAGAAUGAAUGCUUUGGACAGGGUUGGGGACUUCUUGCUAAGCUAGAUGGAUGUAGAAUAGCUAAAGUCACGUUUAAUGAUUCUUUACUGUGACAGAAUCUAAAAAUAGAUGCAUGUAACCAAUGAGUUACCUAGCUUUGCACGUACACACCCACCUCUUAUCUACUCUUUCUCUGUGUAUAUCUAUAUCAUCUAAGGAGAUCACAGACACACACACACAAUCAUCUUUGUUCCUCCAUCCCCUUGUUGAGUAUGCCACAAAGCAACUGGCUAGGCAUGAUGAAGGCACUUUAGAGUUCAUCCUAAUUAAAAGUUUUCAUUAAAUAUCCUAUCUUAAUCAAUUUUCCAGUGCGACACAAGGCUAGGCUGAUUCUGGGUUGUCAGUUUUGUGAUUGCAUGAAUGCUAGCAAGAAGACAGAUACAUAGAUUUAAAUUAAAAUACCCUGAUUCUAUACAUGGUGGCAUUUUGAGAAUUCUGCUUCAUGGUUUCUCUUCCCCACCCCCGCUCAUUUUUUACAUUGUUCUUUGUACUUAUUAAACAGAGGGCAGGGUUCCAAUGCUGCUGCAAAUCAGCAGAGGCUGGCAGUACAGCGCAGUUGUCUGAACAGACCCUUGGAGGUUGAAUUUAGGCAGGCAUUGAGUGCAGUCCUCUCACGGACCCCGUUUUCCUUCAACAUGUUUACCUGAGAGAGAGGCAUGCUUUUCUUUGGUAUCUCUGCAAAGAUGGGAAACAGUAGGGGAUGAAUGCUCUUGGAGUUAAUGUACUCUUUUGACAAGUGUUCUCAUUUAAAUGCCUAAAAUAUUUGGUUGUUUGUGUUUGCUCCGCUUGCAUUUUUGCUCUGCUUUGUGCUUGUUUACAUAAACAUGAAAAAAAUCAAAUGGAAAAAGGAAGAAAUGGGCUGCUUGUCUCUAGAAGCUUGCCUUUUCCCUUAUGUAUUAACUGUUCAUGUGUAAGAUUUUAAUAGGGGAGCACUUUCAACUAAAUGGUUGCCCCUGGGCAUUCUGGGCCGCUAUAAAAUAAUGUAGAGGGCUGUGCUGCGUAAAUAUCGAAUCAAAUAAACUCUUACUCAUUUCAGAUGUACUGUUGCACACCAUCAGCAUCAUGUGUCACAUUAAUUCUGUUCUUUCUCCAGUGAGUUCCGGGUACCAUACAAUAUCACUUACCCCCAGUUUUCCUUAGGCUGCCACAAUGCUGUGAGGAAAGGGUUUGAAGCAAGGUAAUUUGACUAUACAAGAAGGAUCUGGAAUCAUUUUUUAUUUGUCACCCCACAGAUAUCUGCAGUCUUUGCAGCUACUGUAACUUCUAUAUUACAAUGGCUGCUUUUUCACACAUCUUCUGAAAUUCAAACAAAAAGGAAACCCAGAUCACAGAAUUUGUGCUUUAAUUUGAUAAUACAAAUGACUAAGUUGAGUUCUACACAACUAGUAAGAAAUCUGUGACAUGGGUUCACACAAACAUUCUUUGUGCUCUGUGAAGAGUGAGGGUGAUCUUAAUAUGGAGUAUAAGAAAUAUAUGGUUCUUUGUACUUGCUUUUCCCCCUAGUAAUUGCAAAAAUAAUGGAAAUCUUGGUCAGUUGGCUCAAGUGAGCAUGCAGAACAACUCACAGCACUAUAUAAACAUUGAGAAGGCAUUUUUACUUAAUGCAAAUCAUUUCUACUACUCCUAAGCAAGCUGAAUUGUGUCACCCAGAACAGAUAUUUACUAAGAGAUUCAAGCCCCACCCUAAGUCUCGCUGUUGUUUAGCUUUUCUGCUGAAGACUAGUUUAGAAAGAGAAUUAAAAAUGCAAAUGGUUCUCAUAGCAAUGACAUCCACACAAGGAAGUUACAGGUUAUUUUCUGACGAAUACUGGAGUCUAGUUUCGAAACAUUGGGACGCCAGCCCUCUGACAAUGUAUAUACAGUCAUACCUCAUGUUACGUUUGCUUCAUGUUACGUUUUUUCAGGUUGUGUCCCGCGGUGACCCAGAAGCACCGGAAAGGGUUACUUCCGGGUUUCGCCACUCAUGCAUGCACAGAAGCGCUAAAUUGCACUUCGCACAUAUGCACAAGCGCCAAAUCGCGCCGCUCAACUGUGCAGAUACGGCGCUUCAGGUUGCGGGCUUUUCAGGUUGCGAACGGCCCUCCGGAAUGGAUCCCGUUUGCAACCAGAGGUACCACUGUAAAUGGUGACUCAGUUCAUUGUAUGACCCUGCAGUAGACAAAUUGAAUUAUCUUUGGUGGAAAGAAAUAUCCCUACAUUGAUUUUUUGUUGUUGUUGAAGCCCAACUGUACUGUCAUGGUGGUUGACAGGGUCAAAAUCUUCUCUUUUUGCGCACUCUUUUAACAGUAUUGUUCAGAUACAUAACGCUUCUGUGACUUUAAAGGCAAGCUGCUUUCCAAGCCAAUAAAAGGUUUAAAUGCUUAACAUAGGGAGUGGUACUGCUGGAAAAUUGGCAUGGGCCAAUUUGGAUGUAUGAAAUGUUUAAUAGGACUUCAGGAGCAAUAAGGUGUGUUAUCCGUUGUUGAUACAAUGAACUAAAAUAACUUUUCUUACUCACAUGCAGUUUAUUUUCCCACCCAUGAGAGCUCAUUCUUGCCUCAGCUAUUUCUUUCCGCAAGAUUUCCUUUUCAUGAAAUGUUUUUCCAGACUCCUUCCAUACAGAAACGCUCUCAGACACUGUGUUAAGGAUGAUUUACUUGCAUGCUCUCCAUUCAUGUGAGGUCAUGGUUAAAUUGUCAGGCUUGGAUCAGGACGACUCUGGUUCAAAUCCCCACUCAACCAUGAAACACACUGGAUGAACUGGAGCCGAUCCCUCUCUUUUUCUCUCUCAGCCUAACCAACCCUGUAGAAUUAUUGUGAGAACAAGAUGGAGGAACAACAGAACCUUGUGUGCUGCUCAGAGGUCCAUGGGGAAAGCCUUUCAUUAUUUCAUACACAAUACAUUCUGAUGGUGCUGUGUUCACAUUUAGACAUCAAGUGAUGAUAUACAGUAUUGCUGAGUAUGUGAGGCAUCAGGUGAUGUAUAUGCAUGCACAAAAGAGCCCUUAACCAGUCAACAGUCAUUGUCUAAUGAGAAUAUGGGUGAUUUAGAUCAGCCCCUGUGGUGCUGAUGCUAUAAAGGGGUAGAAGAAGGCAACUAUGGAGAAUGCAGUCCCCUCCAGACUAGUGUUUUAUUGCAUGUGUAUUCUGCAGCAUCUUCUUGACACAAAAAUAGUGGUGGAUUUAUUCUGCUUUAUUAGUUGUUCUGCAGUGCUUCCCCAGUGCUAGCACAUUAAUGCUCUUCAUAGGGGCCACAGUGCAGGUGAGUAGAUAAAAGCAGAACAUUUGUGUUAUGAAGAGUUACUGGAUUUCGGCAAGGAGUUACCAGAUAUGCACUGACUGGAAAUGAAGAAGUGUGACCAUCCCAAAACUUUUGCAGGUGCAAGAGCUAUUGGAAGUGAAAUUGUAUGUGACCACCCUGGUAGCAUGUUGAGCACAAAUCACCAUGAACACAUGAAGAUAGCACAGGAUUGUUAGAUUGCCUACAGGGCAGAGAUCCUGUGUCUUUAACAAGGAUGUGAAAGGGAGAACAGGAGUAGAUGUAACUUCUCCUGCUGCAACAUCACCCUUUUGUCAAGAUGGCAGGCUACACUUGAGGCAUCAAAGCAAAGGUGCCAAAAGCACAUUCUUCACUCAUUUGGAUGUUCACUCAUUUGGAUGUUUUUACAACUGGAUCUCAACAUGAAUAUAAGAACAUCAGGAGAGCCCUGCCAGACCAGACCAAAGUCCAGUCUAAUCCAGUAUCAUUUUUUACGCAACAAAUGCCCCUAGGAAACAGGACACAAAGGUAAUAACCUCCUCUCUGUGUUGUUCACCAGCGGCUCCUAUUCAGAUCCUGGAGGCAGCAUAUAGCCAUCAUGAUGUAGUAGCCAUUGGCAUCUGUAGCAUGCCCACUGUACUUCUGGCUAUAUAAUUUUUAAAAUGAAACUUAUUGAAGUUAAACAGAAAAAGGGAUUUAUUUCAAGAAUGGUAAACAGAAAUAUUUUGGGAGUUGGAAACCUUCAAAGAAUCAUUAAACUCUCUCUAUAUAUAAUCCAGUAGUUGCCGCAGCUGCUCAAUUGGAUGGUAAGAUGGUAAAUGUACAGCUUAGAUUUACUUCAGUCACUUACACUUAACACAGAGGUGUUCCGGCUUAGGUUUCAAUAACUUGUGAGUUCUGAAACAGGCUGGUACUUUCUGUGCUAUUGCUUUUCAGAUUCCCCACCUUUAGAAAUCUCACACCUGAGGCUCCUCUAGUAGACUCAGUAUAUCAGACCUUCUAACUGGUUUGGGGUUAUUCUUCUCUCACCAGAAUAUAUAUCCUAUUCCUACUGAAUUGGGGUUUAUGUACAGCAUCCCCCUACAACUCCACUUCUCCUCUCCCAAAAUUCAACUUCCCAGUUCUCGUGUGUCUGUCUGUGACUUAAAACACAAUAACCACUGUCUUUCAGUCAAACCCUCCAGCUCAGAGACUGCUUUCUCUGGCUGUAAAUAUUUCCUCAGGGCGAGUUUUACACAGCUCAGAGAUUAUACAGUUAUCCAGCUGAAUGCCAAGAACCAAAACUCCUUUUCUUUUUCCCUCUCAAAAGUGCUGUCUCCACACUCCUUUGGGCUAGCUGUACCCACAGCCAAUCAGAGCGAAGCUCCAGCUCAGCAUCACUCUGGUUGAAUUCCGCCUGCACCACACCUCACAGCAUCCCUUUCCUGCCUGAAUUUGCCCAAUUCCCUUUUAAAGCCAUCUAAGUUGGUAGCUAUCAUCACAAAAACACCCACAAUCACUAUUUGGAGAUCUAAUGAAUACACUACAAUAGGUUUCUUGCUACUAACAGCAGCAGCAGCAGCAGCAGCAGCAGCACACGCUUCAUUGACAAGCAUACCUUCUGCAUCCUGUUUGGGAUCUGUAAUUAUUGCUAAACCAAUUACUGCAUAACUGUGGAGAAAGCGCUUCAUGUUCCCUCAGGCUCAAAGAAGCUGAUUAACUGAAGGGCCAUUGCGUCAGGGGCAGGCGUGUGUAUUUUGCAUUUUGGAUAUAUAAGCCUCUCCCUCAGAGCCACUUCACACAUGGUGCACAUAUUCGCCAAUGCAACAUUAUCUGGUAGGAAAACGGGGUUGUGGUGGUAAGUGUCAGUAGCGCUUUUCAACCCAAAGGAAUGCACAUGGCAGAGAGUUAACUCCUCAUUGUCAAAGGCAACACAGUCACUUCUGCAGCUCUGGAGGCCUACGUGACUAGGCAGCUAUUCCCAGGUCCAUCCUGUGUGGAGCAGCUGCAGCAACUGGGGACUUCUCCCCCUCCAUCAGUUUACAUACCGUCCCUCAACGGCUGGAGACUACACCUGCAUGGAAGCUGAUUUUGCUCUUCUCACUACAAAUUUCGCUUGGUUCUGGGAGACAGUGUCAUAGGGGAGAGUGGGGAAACACCCGGCCCCUCACUUGCCUGGCCUGCGUCUUCUUCCUCUUCCUCCAGCUCUGAAGCUUCCCCUGUCUCUCAUUGUUGCCUCCAGGCUGGUACAGGUAUCCACUGCCCCCCUCUCCCGAGUCAGACUCCAGUCCCCUUCGCCCAGUGAACACUCAUCAGCCUCCUGCCAGUCCCUAAUAGCAUUGCUUAGGAAGUGUAACUCAUCUUUUUGUUUUGGCUCCUGAGUGCACACAGCAGUGUCUCCGUACAUAGAUUGCAUUGCAAAUUGUACAUGCAUGCUACUGUUCACAUGUAAUAAGGGUGAAUCUGACAGCCGGGUGGGAUUAGAUAUGAUGCAAAACUUGAAUCUAAGAUAAUUGGAGAUUUGGCCUGAUUCAGAAGACUCUCUCAUUAGACACAGUGAAGCAGUUGCCUCAAGCAGCAGAUGUUGUGUAUGGUUGGGAUGGCAGCAGCAGCACCCCAGCUGUUCAUUUUGGGCUCCCUAGUCAUUCCACUCUGUUGGAGCGUGGAGUUGUGCAUGCCACACCACCUGCCCUGAACCCCCUAAAGUAGUCUGCAGCCGUCAGGUGUGGUGGGGAACACGGUCCUGCUGCCAGAGUUUUAGUAAUACUACAUUGCCAGUCUGGUCAUCUUCUCUACAUGGGAAUAUGGGGUGGGUAGGUGAAGAACACCUUUGUUACAGGUAGCAAAAUACCUUGGCCUAAUCCUGGUUCUCCAAAUGUAUAAAGAUGGCGAUGCACUUGUAUACUGCUUUGGGGGAGGUGUUCAAAGCACUUUGCAUCAAAUCAUGCUCAUAAUAGCCCAGUAGGACUGAGUGGCAUUUAUUACUAUACGGUGGGUGAAGGGCUGAAUCUGAAACUGUGUGUCUAGGGUCAUCUACCAUAACAUUCAGACCAAGGUGAGAUUUGAAGUUGGGUCUUCCCUCUCCAACUGCGAUUAAGGAUUAGACUUGAUAUAUACAUUAUUGAUUUUAAAAAUCAGUGUAGCACUGGGUAGAUCAUCAAGCCUUGUUAAUUUAAUCAUUUUUAAAGAAAAUACCCAGCACGCUUACCUUCUGAUGUCUGUCUGACAACCAGACACGUCAGAACUAAUUAAAGCUCACCACGCUGGUUAGUUCCUAAGCCGAAGUGUCUGGAGGUUUUCUUCUCCGGCUAGCCAGUGCAUCAGAUUAAUCAAACCUUUCAAAUCCAAGCCUGUGUAACAAAGGAUCACUGUAAUCUGGCCAUUUAAGGUCUGGAACCCAAAUAAGUUCCUCCAUAUAGGGAAGGAAUUCAUCUCAAACUAUGACAUUAGUGAUCUGAUUAAGAGUGUGGUUUACUGGAAAGGUGAACUUGGAUUGGCUGGGGACUAAUCCAUGGCAGAAAUCCUAAAUUAGCUGUCGGACUGCUGAGCGCAUUAGGAUAUUGUAUGAACCUUUAAACUUCUUCUACUGUUCAUGCAUUAUUCUACAUUUUAAUUAAUCUCAUGUAAAUUAAUCUUGGGGGUAGCUACACCAUAUUUCCUGAUUUGCGUUCUUAUAUACAUUGCAUUGUCCUUACGAUGAUUUGCUGCAACCGCUACAUUUUAUGACAUGCAAUAAAUAGGCCUUCAAGUAACAUGCAACUAUAUAGCUCUAUCCAUUGGCUCUAUUACACGAAUCAUCAUGAGGAAUCUGUUUUCCAGUGGCACUCUGUGCUGCUGCUCCUUCCUGUCCAUAACGUACUGUGGCUUGGAUUGCACAUGUUAAUCCGUUGAGAGCUAGUGGGUGGAUACUUCUGACUUUGGGAUACACAAUUGGGCUAAGUGACUCAGAGUGAUUCCCAAUCAUUUUGCACUGGGGAUGCGGAACCUGAGGCCCAGGGUCAAAUGCAGCCCUCCAGGCCUCUUUGUGUAGGUCAGAAUUCUUCCCAGGCCAAACCCUGCUCCAUGCUCUCCUCAGGUGCCUUUGCUUAGCUGGAACAUGUUUUUGACCUAAGAUAAUGACUCUGACUAGCCCAGAUGCAGAGAUAUGUGGGUGGAGGUGUGUGGAGAAAGUGCUGGCUUUUGUGUGGCUGAAAGUACAAAUGGAAGUAUGCUGGAAAGUAUGCUGAAAGCGUACAGCACAAAUGGAAGAGCCACAACCAUUGCUCGGGCCCACAUUUGCCACUGGCCACACCUUCUGUUGACUCUGCCCCUGCCAACAACUAUGUGACCAAUAACAUUGUCUAUGAAGGAACGUGUCCCUCAGGUUGAAAAAAAGCUUCCCCAACUUUGGUUUACACUGAUCUGAGCUGGAUCAAAAUAUGCCUUCCCUAAACUGCAGGAUUUGUGUUGAUCCUUUCCAUAUACAGCAUCUCAGCUUAGGUGCCAGUUACAAGCUGGAAUGUACAGAAAUCUCCUCUCUGAAAUAUCACUCAUCUUAUUGCUUUUGAUUUCCCUGAAGAUGCUUCCUGGCAUUUUACUUGAGCAGGACUUUCCAUAUAAGCUUAAAAUAUUUCAUUAGAUUAAAUUCAUUGACAACUCCCUUCUGGCCAUAGAUGGCAAUGAUUGGCUCCUGCCUGAAUUAGAAAUAGGCAUAUAUGAUACGGAUUUUGCCCCCAGGAAUAAGUCCAGUUGAGAAAUUUCACUUAUUUAUGAGGUGGUUAUGUAGCAAUUUCCCUUUUUCCAUUGGUAUUACCUUUCUCCAGCCAAAUGCAUGUACAUAUUACUUUAAAUACCAUGGAAUAUGAGAUAUGGGCUCAGGCACAUGCAAAAAGCAAGGGGGAUGCAUUUUUUUAAUUGCAAAAAUUCUGCCUAAUACCAUCUUUGAAACCUUUAGAUUGUUGCUGUCUUUCCCCCCUUGAGCAUCGUAAGAGAUAUAAAUUCUUUGUUAAAGAGAGAAAAAUAAUCAAGCACUUAAAAAAAACACAAUAGGACUUUAGCCAGAUGAUUGUCAUGGAACUCAGUGGGAGCACAUGACUGAAAUUGUGUGUAAUGCUUUGAAUUUUCCCCAAUAAUAAUAAUAAUAAUAAUAAUAAUAAUAAAUUUUAUUUAUAUCCCGCCCUCCCCAGCCAAAGCCGAGCUCAGGGCGGCUAACAACAAUCAAAUAAUCAAACAAUCAAAUAAUCAAACAUUCUAAAACAUUUCAUUAUAAAAAUUAAUUAAAAUCAAAUUAAUGGCAACCGUUAAGCAAAGUUCUGUGCAGGUUGCCAGAGGAGGGAGUCAGGCUGGGCCCUGACCAAAGGCCUGGUGGAACAACUCUGUCUUGCAGGCCCUGCAGAAAGAUGUCAGGUCCCACAGGGCCCUAGUCUCUUGUGACAGAGCGUUCCACCAGAUUGGAGCCGCAGCUGAGAAAGCCCUGGCUCUAGUUGAGGCCAGCCUAACCUCUCUGUGGCCUGGGACCUUCAGGAUGUUUUUAUUUGCAGACCGUAGGUUCCUCUGUGGGGCAUACCAGGAGAGGCAGUCCCGUAGGUACGAGGGUCCUAGGCCGUAUAGGGCUUUAAAGGUUAAAACCAGCACCUUAAACCUGAUCCUGUACUCCACCGGGAGCCAGUGCAGCUGGUAUAGUACCGGAUGAAUGUGAUCUCGCAGCGAAGACCCCAUAAGGAGUCUCGCCGCGGCAUUCUGCACCAGCUGGAGUUUCUGGGUCAGUCUCAAGGGCAGCCCCACGUAGAGCGAGUUACAAUAACAUGUUAUCCAAAUGUGUGUACUUGUAGAUACAUCCUGGAGUUUGCCUUUGUGAGGGCUGACUGGACACAACAUCUUUAUAGAUGACUAAUGCUGAGGCCGGCAUGCUGCACAUUUGACAUUCAUAAGUACAAAGAACAGAUGAGAAAUUUUCCCUAUAUAGCUUUGCCUCAAGCUGCUUACUUCUCCAUUUUUGAGUGCUAUUGGAUUACAGAAAGCCCAUUGUCAGGUGUAAUUAUUUCAGCAGAACUGGUUGAAAGAGCCAAACCACCAAUGCUCCAUCUUCUCAGGCUCCCUUGAAAUGUUUUUCUAGAAAAUCCUUACCUGUGAUGUGAGAUAAUCUUAGCUUAAUUUGACCAGAUUUAAAAUAAAGUAUCUGUGAAAUGAAACUUGCUUCGAGUGAGGAAUGUCAAAGGCGGGGGUGGGGGUGGACUGAAGGCCAAUGUAUACAUGAUGUUAAUUGUGACUUUAAAUCUAAUGUGCAGGGGAGUUUCCCCAGUAAACAGUAAAUAAAUUGCAAAUGACAUCAGUUGAGCAGAAUCAGAUCUGGCAUAGAGAGGGAAAUAAACUCUCUUGUUCCCUGCUGCGAUCCUGAGGAAAAUUCCUACUAUGCAGUUGGUGUUUGCUUGGGGGGGGGGGGUCAGUCUCCUCUUGGUGCCAGUGAGCUAUUUCACCACUACUCCAGCAAAUACCGGUACCUGCUUCAGGGGGAGAGAUUUUCUUUUUUUUCUUUUUUUAAAUGAUAUUUAUUACUUUUUCAACAUUUCCAACACAAACAAAAAAAGAAAGAAGAAAAAAAGAAAAAACAAUGCAAAUACAAUACAAAAACGCUACAUAGACUAAAAAAAACCAAAUAAAAACAAGCAAAAACAGUUUAAAAUCACCUCAAACAUUUUCAAUAUCUUAUAUUUCAUUCACUUAUUUCCAGCGACCUCAUCUCACCUCCCUUUUUGUAUUCCACUUCUAUUAUUUGUUUCAGCAAUUCCUUUCCAUCUUACUCUGUUUUCUGUUCUAUAAUUAUCUUUACACAUUCUUGCCAUACUUUUCCUUUAAUUUUCUAUUAAUCUAUUUAUACCUAAUUCCUUAUGACAUUUCUGCUAAAGCCAUAUAAUUUCAUUCCAACAUUUUUCUAACAUUCCUUAAUUUUACAAUAUCUCUAUAAAUGGUCUUUAAACUUUUUCCAAUCUUCUUCCAUCGACUCUUCACCCUGGUCUCGGAUCUUGCCAGUCAUUUCCGCUAAUUCCCUAUAGUCCAUCAACUUCGUCUGCCAUUGUCCAACACUUCAGUGUUUUCCAGAAGCAACCAUUUUCUCAAUCAGCAAAAGGCAGAUGGUUCACAACGAAAUUUAAAGGUCUGGCAGGGCAGGUCCACCUCCUUCUUUAGCAUCCAUCAAUAUCUUAAGCUUAACUCGAGGCUUCCUGCCCUGCCAAACAACUCUAGGAACAUCCCUCUGCCACCUCCUGAAACCCUCCAUCCCAUCCAAAGCUUGCAGUGUUUGAAACAAAAGCAACAUCCCCAGCAACACAGCAGCCCUCAUCCCCACCACAAUAACUCGGCCCAACAGUGACAACUUCUGAUUUGUCCAUAUUUCCAAAUCCCCCCUUCUCUUCAAUCCAACAUCCUUCACAGUUAUCCUUAAGCAGAUUCACAUUUUUGGCAGUCAUGUCAACCCCCAAAUACCUCUCUUUCUCAACCAAUGUUAGUAUCGCCUCCUGAAACUCUGUCAAGCUUUCCUUUUCCAGUUCAGAUAGGGCUCUGGUCCUUAAAUUCAUCCGUUCUUCUUUAAGUUCAGUCAUAACGAAUGUCAACUUACGUUCGUCAGGUUGUCUUUGUAUGGAUGGGACUCUCCUCUCCAGUUGUAUUAUUUUAGAUUCAGCAGCAAGGGUUUUCCCCCUGACUUCAUCUGCAGUUUGCCAUAUCAAAGUAGAUUCCUGUGUCAAUUUCUGAGUGGUUUCUGAAUUAAUAUUCACCUUUUGUCCCAAAUUAUUUAAGCUUUCUACAGUUGAAUCAAUUUCAAUAUUUGCAACAUCCAAUUUCACAUUUCUCGCAUCUAUUUUCUUGUGGAGUUGUUCCAGCGAAUCAUUUAUUUUCAAUAAUGCAGCCACCAAGGCCUCCUCUGUCGACAUCCCAUCUGUUUUUUCCUUUCCGUUUGCCAUAACACUUAGAAGAUUCAAGGUCAAUUCCAAAGUCUCACACUUUCUUAUCUUGCAGCUGGAAAAUCCCCUAGCCCAGCUCCUAUCAAGUAACCAAUAUCAAAAGCGUCCACUAGGGGAAAGCGAGUUGUAUUUGUAUCGGUCAGUAUGUCCUCUUUUAAAAACAGUUUCAAUAAUCCAAAAUUAGUUUCAAUUUUCAGUUACUUUCCUCCUUUUUUAAUAAAGUUCAGCAAGAUUGUUUCAAUUUUCAGUUACUUUACUCCUUUUUAAGUACAGACGAAAACAAUGGAAACUAUGUAUCUCUCUUAUACUAGCUGUCACCGAACGUUCUAUUCGCUGUCAAUGAACCUUCCAAGGCACAGCGAUUUUACUGGCAGCCCGUUUCCAGGUUCGGAACGAUGGUAUUUUAACUUCCUCACUCUCUCCUGCAGGAAUAUACAAUCCAAAGCCUCCCCCCUCUUCUCCUGCUUCCAAGGGGGGUUUAAUAUUUUUUACUGAUGAGAAUUUAGUCCUUUACAAUGGGCUUUCCAAGACUUUAGCUUGCAGCCUCUUUGCCUUAGUCUUAUUUACAAAAAGCGGAGGUGGACUUCCUGUUUUGAACCUCCCCGUUUCGGUGCCAAAUUAAAACAUUUAAAAAUCCAAUUCUUCACUCUACUCACGGGUAGUUGCUUUAAGAUCAAAUUGUCCACAGGAAAAAGUCAGCGCUCUCCGGCAACAGCUAUGCGGCUUCACUUCGUGGAAGAAGCAGUCGAUCCGAAGCACUGCGCCGCUCACCCCACAUCGCUCCGGAUCCCCGAAACCGGGUUUCCCCGCGAGUAGGGGAGGCGCAAAAGGUGCCCGCCGAAUCCCACGUUCACAGGCUUCAACCGCCUGUGAUUUUUAGUGGGUCUCUGCCUUCGCCGUGGCAGCCAGACCCGAAUUUCCACAAGGCAAAUUCCUCCCCGAUCAGAGGAAUUCCGCCAUUGCCGGUGGCGCUAACCCGGAAGUCCCAGGGGGAGAGAUUACCUGGCAGGGGAGAUAACCAUGAUCAAAGGGGAGAGAUUUUCCUUCUUCAGAGGAAAGAAAGGGUUAAAUUCCCUCUCAAUUGAUUCCAUUAGUUAUCGGCUCCCCCACCUGAUACAAUUUGCAGUUGAGAAAAACCUGCACAUUUGAGGCAAAUACUCAUUCAUUUCUUGCCAAGGGAGAUUUUGACAUUCAUGUCUUGCCAAGGGAGAAGUGAUGAUUGCACUCUUUUUAUUGGCUGAAGACACCAUUCUGCAAGAUGCUGAAUCCCACAUGCUUCUGCUAAAGAAUAGCCAUCAUCUCUACAUCCUUCAUGUUUAUUAGGAUUUCUGAAUAACCAAAUCCAUAUUCACAUUGUGCAUGUAAUAAAAAGCAAGUGUUUCAUAGUACAAACUUUAAAAGUGGUUUUGGAUUUGUUCCAUUCAAGUUAACUUUGUGUGAAUGAGUUCUAAUGUGUAGAUAUAUUUGAAAUACUGCAUUUACUCAAGUCUAAUGUGCCAUCGAAUCUAAUGCACACCUCAGUUUUCAGAACCUUAAGACCAAAAAAAUAUUUGCUGGCAAACGUAAAUGUGCCAUCAAAUAUAACGUGCACCUUAAUUUUUGCAAUGUAAUUUAGCCCAAAAAGGUGAGCAUUAGAUUCAAGUAAAUAUGGUAGUUCCUGCCAACCUAGCAGUUCGAAAGCACGUCAAAGUGCAAGUAGAUAAAUAGGUACCGCUCCGGUGGGAAGGUAAGCAGCGUUUCCGCGCAUUGCUCUGGUUCACCAGAAGUGGCUUAGUCAUGCUGGCCACAUGACCCAGAAGCUGUACGCCGGCUCCCUCGGCCAAUAAAGCGAGAUGAGUGCCACAACCCCAGAGUCGGUCACGACUGGACCUAAUGGUCAGGGGUCCCUUUACCUUUAAAUACAGUAGUACUGAAGUUGCUAGUCACAAAAGUAAUUUCACUAACCCCUUACAGCAAGACUCUAAAUUGCAGUAGGAUGGAUCUAUGCUUUGGGGCCAUUGAAAUGAGUGGGAUGUAAAUUAGUCAUGACUAACUGCCCAAUGAUUUCAUGUGACUGACUUUAUUGGGAUCCAAUCCAGUGUAAGUGGCACUUUGUCUGUGACGUAACAUACCUUAGGCAUGUCAUGUCACAGCUGAAGACAAAACAACAAACUUGCAUUAUUAAUUCAUCUUCUCAGUGUGCAAAUAGAAGGCCUUGUUUAAGAACCACAAAUUGAUUUGCCAAGUCUACCUCUAAAAUGAGGUGCAGUCCAGAUAGAAUCUUAAUGGGAAAUGGAUAACAUGGUGUGACUAGAUCAAUGGGAAUAUAGAGGAAGACAAAUUGUAUUUAACUUUCCUUUUCCCCAGCCAAUCAACAUUUACCUCAUGUUUAGCCAAUAAAGAAUAAAAUCACAUUAAUAACAAUUAAUCAAGCAUGUUGAAUGCUUCACCUUGCCAACCCUGCAGCAUCAAUGCAUUAAGAAAAGAAAGAUGAGGUGUAAGAAAAGCCAUAUCCCCAAUAUUUCUAAAGUGGGUUAAAGUCAAGCUUAUUUUCUGCCUACAGUUGCACAGUUAACCACAUUGUUUAUGUAAAUGAACAUUUAUGGAGAUGGUAAAUAUUGGGAAAUUGUAAAACAGAGAUUUUAAAAACAAAUUACCAGCCUCAUUCCCCGCAUUGCUCAGGAGUUAUAAGAAACCAAAAAAUCAGUGCAGUUUUGGAAUAUUAAAUCCUCCAUUUUUAUUCAAAAUGGUGUCUGAUUGUGUCCAAACAUAGACAACAAACUGCUCCUUUAUCUCAAGAAUGAUUAUACAAAGUUUGGUGAUCAUAUUUUAAAGAGGUGUCCAAAUGCAUAGCAUAACGAACAACUUUCCAAAAUAUAGAGCAAAUGUCAGCCUAUUUUUCUUCUGUAUCAGUUUUACAGGUGCCCAGUCAUGGGUAUGUUCUAUCUUGUUAUUUAUGAACUUUAAAAAACACACGGGGGAAAAUCAAAUUCAAAUUGUAUGCAUUUUGUACUUCCCCUUCCCCUAAAAUACGCUGUUGUAUAUAUUUUGUGCAUUUUUAAAACAAAACAAAACAAAAUUGCACCAAAAGUAGGAAAAAAGGAAAAAAGUUUAAUCCAACUGAUAGCUCUGUUCUGAGAUCCUGAUCUAGGAGCAGUGAAUUAGAUUGGUUUUCUUUACAGUGCAGACUGAACAAAAUUACCCUCCAGCUCUAGUAAAUGUUAACAAAGAAUCUUGUGGCAGCAAAUGUAUAGAAGCAGGCUUGAAAUCAUUUACACAUAUUACAAUUUGUGGUUUAAUUUAGUUACACAUUCUUGCUCUUCAAUUGACUUGUGGCCUUUGCUAUAGCCAAGGAGUGAAAAUCCGUAGCUAUGAGAUAAGUGGGAUGAUUAAAGAACUUUCCGUUUGGGAAUAUUGGCUGCUGCAGAUUAAAAUAGCACCAUAAAUUAUAGGGUGCUCACUUAAGGUUAGAUGUGGUCAAUCCCAAGCCCCCAGAACAUCUAUAAUAUCUGACUACACUAUUACAUUUUGUUGGGAUGAUUCCCUCUGUUCUCAUCACUGCUUUUUCCUCUUAUUCAGUGCAAAUGAUUGGAGGUAGUUCUUGUGAAAGGAGCUAUAUAAUUGAUAUGUUAGUGAUGAGGUAGCCAAUGUUUUGGACCACAGCUCUAAUAAUUCCUGGCCACUGACCAAACUGGCUGCCAGAUCCUGAACUGCCCCACCCUCCUCAGGACACUUUGACAUGUGAGUGGUAAGUCACCUGUCAAUCACCUCAUAUCAUACGGCAUCAUGUGACUCAACUUCAAAGGAGGAAAAGUACCAAAUACAAGAAGUACCAAAUGCUAUGAUUGGCUGAAAUGGAAGAGUUGGAAAUGCACUGGAAAAGAAGAAUUGGGAGCCCCCUUUGUGGGGCGUUCUUCCCAGAUCCCAGUGCAAGUGUCAAAUAACUAGAUGGAUGGAUGAAGAUGCAAAGGAACCCACAGAUGACACAGCAACUGAGCAAAUGAGGUUGCAGACAAACAAAUCAAAAGAAAGAAAUCCUGAUGAUUUCAACAGAUACCCUGGAGUUGUGGGACAGCAUGGGAGGGAAGCUGAUAAAACAAAUGAUCCCAAGCCAUGCUAUUCUCCUGCUGUGAAUGCCCAGUGACCUUAAGGUUACCCAAACAACAGGUGAUCUGGUGCUUGCAUUGUAUGAAAUAUCUGUGCUUACCGCAUCCUUGUGAUUGCAGAAAGCUGCAUGUAAUCUUUAAAACAGCAUGUCAGCCAAAGGACAGCACCAUAGCUUACUCCUUCCUGUCCUUAUAUCCUUCUUUUGUACUCAUUGGCAUGCAGCCAGUAUAAGAGCAGAAAAAGAUAAUCAGUGUAGUUGGAAGAGGUAACUGGCUGCUUCCCCCCAACCCCCUUUAAGGCAAUAAAUGUGACAGUGACUGCAGAUCUUCUACCAAGAACUCUUUGAAUGGGGCUCCUUGCAGAAUUUAGUCUUGACUAAUGUUGCUGUCUGCCAGUGAGAAUCUCUGGCUUGGGGACUUUUAUGGAGACAUCUGCCAAAGCUGAUGCCCUGCAGGAACCUCGGUUGCUUAAGCACCUUCUCUCAGUAACAAGCUGCAAGAUGAGGUUGCCUUUCACACUGACUACUAUGUGGAGAUUUAAAUCAUAAUUACUUGGAGCUGGAUAUGUGAAUUUAUGGCAGGUUCCCAUCACACAAGCAGCUCCCCUAGGCAGAACUGCAGCUGCAUCAAGCAGGGAUUUCCACAACUGCAGCAGCAUUUUUUUCUAGUCCAUGUCAUCACAGGACUGUCUGCAGCUGCAUAUUGGUGUCAUUAAAGUUCAAGAAUAUCUGACCUGCUGCACUAAUAUAUCUUGCAUGCAGUAUGCAAAUAUAUUUGAAGAUGAGUUCCUUUGCCCCCAAACUUAUCUGCUUGCCAUUUAAAUUGUGGCUAUUGGGAGCUUAUCUGCUUGUUUUGCACCUGUCUACAUUCUUCCAACUAGGUGAUCAGAAAGGAUAGGGGCUGUUUUGGCAGUUGGUUGGUGUAUGCUCUUUGUGAAAUUGACACCCGUAAAUAUGCCGUUGACAUAAUGAUACCUGUUAUGUGUGUGUGCUGGUGUGGUUGCUCGAGAGCGAACAGGCAAGACUCCCACUGGUCUUUUCAAGGCUUUAAUAUCUGUACAAAACAUUUACAGUGCAGAGCAUCUCAAAUCCAUGUCUGCUCAGUUGCUAGCAGAAUCUGGGAGUGGGCGGUCCUUAAACUUUACCCAGCAUAGCAGUCUUUUGAGCCCCACUGGCGUGAAUUCAGAUCAGCAGAUAUUAACCAAUGUCCAUUUUGUAUGUGUAUGCAUUAGUUUGAUUUGAUUGUCAACACAUGGCAAUUGCAAACAACAACAGCUUAUGUAGCCAUGCGGUCUUUGGGCAGAAGUACAAUUGUGUCAGUUCGUGAAUUGCUACAUUUUCAUAGAAUUGUGGACUUUGAAGGUACCCUCUGCAUUGCUGUAAUCUCAAGUAAAGCAUCCAUGGCAGGUGGCCGUCCAACCUCUGCUUUAAAACCUCCAAAGAAAGAGUCCAACACCUUCGAAGUAAUCUGUUCCACUGUCAAAAACCUUUUACCAUCAGAAAGUCCUUCCUGAUGUUUAGUUGGGAAUCUCCUUUCUUGUAACUUGAAUUCAUUUGUUUUGGUCCCUCUAUCUUCCAUGUGACAGUCCUUUAGAUAUUUGAAGAUGGUUAUUAUAUCUCCUUUUAAUCACCUCUUCACCAGGCUAAACAUCCCCAGUUCCCUCAACCUUUCAUCUUAAGGCUUGGUUUCCAGACCCUUGAUCAUCUUGGUCUGAAAUUGUGGUGCCCACAUCUAGACAUAGUACUCCAGGUGUGGCCUGAAUGCUCUAAAUUCUUGUCAAUGUCCAGAACCCUUAAACAAUACUAUGCAGCAUCUUUAAGCAUGACAAGGAAUAUAGAAAAUGCAACCAAAUGGUCACAUAUAUCCAAGGACAUGAUAUGUUAGAAACAUGAGACAGGCAAAAAUUCAGCGUACCUGGAAGUUCAUUUGAUGUGUUCAGCAGAUGGAGAUGUGGAGUGUUUAAAUCCUCAGUAAUCCCCAUGUUCCUGCUCCAAAUGUUCCACACUUGGGAUUUUCUGUAUUUAUCAAGAGAACUUAAGGUGUAAGUGUCAUGGGCUAGGAGUCAGCUUUGCCUGCUGGACAGCAGCCUGAAGGGCGAGAAGGGGGAAUGAUUUCUCCUGCAGCUGCUCAGCUUUCAAGGACUCAGAGGUGAAGGCGCUGAUGAGAACCAGCUGGCUUCAGCCUUCUUAAGCUGAGCUUCCAGCAGCAGUCAGAUACUGAUAACAAUGCUUGCAGUUCCUGUCUCAACCUUGCUGCUUCCUGUUCCUCUUGACCCUUGACCGCAUGAUCAUUGGAUUCCCUGAACACACGGAUUGCUGUUUGCCCAACCCUAGGACUGGACCUGACUUCAAAUGCUGACUCUGCCUCCAGGCAAGUACACCUCAGAGUCAUUUCUGGUUGGCUGGCCUCCCAUUCUGCACAUUGUUGCUCAGCAACAAGCUUAUAACAGUAGGUAGCCCUCCAGGUAUUGUUGGGCUACAGUUCUAAUUGUCCCCAACCAUUGGCAGUGAUGGCUAGGACUUAUGGCAAUUGUAGACCGGGAACAUUGUUGGCUGCUCCCAGGUUAAGACUAUCGAUGUAUCUGCUUCUUCAGUGUGCCACUUUCAAAGCACUCUGUUGAAAAACAAAGUUUGUUCUGAGAUGGAAAACUAAAGGUGUUACCUCUUGCACAUCUGCCACGAAGUGGCUCAUUAAGAUUAGGAACACCUUAGACAUUGCCCUAAUUAUGCUUCUGAGAAGGGGGGUUAGCAAAGACAGUGACUUGGAAAAGCUCCUAAAAGGCUGCCAGACUCUUUGCUUGAAUUGUGAGCCUGUCUCACUUCCGUGGUUUCUCUGUUGUCUGCUAGGCAGUGCAGUUCAGGUGUGCUUACGAAAGGCAGGCCAAGGUUAUGUUGGAAUCACUCUCUUCCUCCGAGGAAGGCAGUAAAAGAGCGGAGCAGAAGGUCAAAAGCUGCCUGUGUUCACUUUGCUCUGGCUCUUCACUUUCCCUUGCUUGAGAAGUGGCUCUUCGGCCGCUGCCAAAUUGGCCUUGGUUUUGCUGAAGCAGCAGCCACUUCCAUCAAAGAACGGUGGGACUGGUUGUAAUCUGUAAAUUUAUAAAGUGGCACUUUAUAAAGGUUUGACAUUGUUAGUCGUUUGUAUUUCAAUUCAGUCAUCAUGGCCAAGAGUUUGGCUAAGGAGAAUUGGAAGACUUGCUGCUCUUAACUGCAGUGGGACAGGAAAGGAUGGAUUGUUAUCAGGACAGGGGAUGGGAGGGGGAAUCUAUGCCAUGGUAACCUACAUUCUGCACCCAUAAAAUAUUAAAUUUGUGACUCACGUACAUUACAACAUGCAAACAAAAUUUAAUUACUCUGUUGCAUUAGUUCUGUGCUUCUACAGAUCAACAGAGGGACAAAAAUCUAUGCAGGGCCAUGAAUCCUUGCCCUCAAACUACAGCAAAAAGUACUUUGCAACCCUAGAGUCAUGAGGAAUUACCACACACUUUCAAGCAUAUCCUCACAAUCAGAGGGUCUAGAAACUUGGUUUUGUUUUGUUUUUUUAAAAAGCAUAAGUGUGGGGAUUCUUAGGAUUAUACACCCACUACCGCAGCCUUCAUUUUUCUGCAGUUGUCCAGAAUCACAAUACAUAGGCAGCUCUAAUUAUUACCAUGAAAAGUUUAGACAAGAGUUCAUUUCUAGACAUUAAACAGUGCAGGAAGUCCCAUUCUACAGAAGAUCACUCUGAUUUGUCUGCUCUCCCCCUUUGUCUCCUUCUCCACUCCCUUCCUGAUUUCUCUCCAGUGCUGCUCACUGUACUGGCUCUAUUUCGCUCUCUUUUGCCUCUUGCCCUCAAAGUAAUGGUUUGAGAGAGGUUUUAGCCUGAGGAGGAGAGUCCUGCUCAGCCCAAGCCAUCAGCCCCACCAUAGCCCUUGCAGCUUUCUCCCCUUCCCACUACCACCACAAGGCUCCCCAAACUCCCUUGGGGCAGGAGGUGGGAGAAAACAGUGGUAGCAAAGGUAGUGGUGGCAAGAAUUCUCUAAAGCAGGAAUGGGGGAUCUAUGGUUCUUCAGACCUUCUUGGUCAGGCAGGGUGGGAGUUGUGAACCAUUUGCCAUGUUGCUCAUGGAUUAAUGGCAGUUGGUGUGCAGCUACAUCUAGAGGGCCAGGGUUUCCCUAGCCCUGCUGCUCCAAAGGAUACACAUUUGUCCUAGGUAUGUUCAUCUAGAACCUUGUUUGUUUUAUAGCCUGUCCUUCAUUGCUACCAAUACCACUGUGGGAUAUAUAACACAGGGAUGUAAGAAGGCAAUGUUUUCUGUUCUGCCCUGUAUUCAUCACAAGCAGCAUUGUUUCCGUUCCACUGUUGUGCAUCUGCUUCCAAAAGCUGUGUUGUUUGUUUCACUGUCCACUUUGUCAAAAUCGCAUAACUUCUGUAAUUAAUUACAUAUAUAUUGCCCAGAUUACAUUAUUUUGCCCCAUUCAUUUCAUUGCAAAGGAAAUGCAAUGCAAAGUGGGGCAGGGGGAAUAGCACUUGGAAGCUAACAGCAGCAGCAACUACUCAAUCAUAUUCACUGGAUUGUUUUCCAUUCCAGACAUGGAAUGAAUGAGCUUUGGCAAUUUCUGCUCCCAUUUUGUUGGAAUUCUCCAACAUCUAUAGCACAAGAUAAAUAAUUUAAUAAAAUAAAUCAUUUAAACUAAAAAUAAGAAUUCUUAAAACAUCAGCAAACACAAAUAAUCACAGCUAAACAGAGGGGACGAUUAAACAAGUUUUAAUAUUCCCUGUAAUUUAUUGGGGCCAUGCUCUGUUUUUAUCGUGGAAGUUUGAUUUUUUUUGUUACUUUACAAAUAAAGCUGGUAUGAAGACUCUUGUUAAAGAUGAUAAUUGUCAUAUCUUUAGGAUUGAUAAAACGUGUUAAUCAUUUCAACCCCUAUGUAACAAUACACAGAUAUGUUUUGAUUAGUGCCACUUGAGAAUUUUAAAGUCUGCUUCUCCUGUAUUGGUAGAAGCUAAUUAUAACUUAAGGCACAGUAGCUUUAAUUAAAUUGUCAGCACAGUGACAGUGGCAUUCGGAAAAUAAUUGCACGGUCAUUUCUUUUUAAUGAUGUCCAUGUUUCAUAAUUGGGGUAAUUUUGAAUUUAUGAGGAUUACAGGAACCAUAUGCCACAAAGUAUUUCUUGCACAUUUCUGUUUGAGAGGGGGAGCAAAUCCUAGAAAACAAGAUAUAUUGUGUGCCAAUGACCCGUGAACCUUUCCUGUUGAAUCCCUAUUUUACAACUCCUUUAAAUGAUGUGCUCAAGUGUGAAAGUACAUAACCUUGCUAAUUGGGAAAAACAAAGAUUUCUAGCUUCUUGAACCAUUAUAAACAUUUGUAGUUCUUUGGGGUCCCUACAUUGCAAGGAUGGAGAACCUGUGACCCUCGGGAUGUCAUGGACUACAGCUCAUCUCCCUGACCAUUCUCCAUGCUGGCUGGGGCUGAUGGGAGUCUAACCAUAUCUGUAGGGCACCAGAUUGAGGGAUGUUGUUGCAAACCACUGUUUAAUGUACCAAUAUAAGAACAUAUGAAGACCAAUUCUGAAUCGGGCCAAAGACCCACCUAAUCUUGCAUUCUGUUCUCACAGUGGCCAGACAGGUGUUGAUGGGAAUCCUACAAGUGGGUCUUGAGUGCAACCACAUUCUCCCCUCUCGGGCUAGUACUAAAAACUUUGACAGCAACCCGGCCAAAGUUAGCUGCUUUUAGGCCACCUGCUGAUUUAAAUGGGAGAGAAUGGUGUACUGAAAACAAUGGGACUUGAAAAUGUGAAGAGGCUAUUUGAGCGAUCUGCGUGAAACAUUUUUGCCCUGUCAAAUGUUAGGGAUGAUCUCCCCUCCCAUUCUGCCUACAUUUCUGCCACGUCAGAGUUUCCAUACACUUUCAGCCACUGCAGAUUGUUCAAUAAUAGAGUAUCACCCUACUUUUAAUCUCUCAUUAUUUAUAUUGAUAGCUGAAUGAGAAGACGGGGGCUGCCAGCUGUACACUGCAGGCUGACGCAAUCUGUCGUAUUCCCUGUAGCCCACACCUUGCAAAAUGAAGGAUGGACUUGCUCUGUUCAACCACAACCUCAUCCUUCACCAUAUAAUAACAAUGCCAUUUGUUCCGCACGCUGUCGGGAGGGCGAACACACCUGUUCUCAUCCGCUAUGACAUUUUAAUUGUGUCCAUUUCAAAUCUGAAGGACUGCUGGUCUCAGCCCCUGAAGCAUUCAAUUAUAGUCCUUUAAGAACUAGUGUUGUAUAGUGAACAUCAGUUAUGAACAUCCCCUAUUCAGAUCUCACCGACCUCACUAUUAAUUCAGUAGGUGGCCUUAGGGCUUAACUUUCAGUAGAAACUGGUCAGCUUCCCUCCCACCCCCCAUUCAAAACCCAUGAAAUGACUAGAGUUGGGAUAUAGAUAUCUUUGAAUGGGUUAUGCUUUUAAAAACAGGGCAACAUCCAUAUCACUGUGAUGCAGGGGAAGCCAUUGUGGAGCCCUCUAGAUGUUGCUGGAUUGCAGUGCCCAUCUCUGAUCCAUGGUCAUGCUAGAAAGGGCUGAUGGGAGUUGCAGACAAGCCACAUCCAUUGGGCACCAGCUUGGCUUUCCCUGUUCCAAAGGGUUUACAGUAUUUUUAUAUUCAGGUACUGAAUUCUUUUCAUUCACUGGCUGAACAAUGGAGAGAAAUGAAAGUGACUGGCUCCAAUUCUCUAACUAGGCAGAGAGCCCAACUAGACAAAGAAAAAGCGUUUUUCCUUCUUAUGACCUAACAAGCAUAGAAGUAAUUUCUGCAUUAGGAAGUCCAGCCUGUAGAGGCUUGGAAGAAAACAAUGCUGAAUACCUUUCAGAAUCUGCUUUUGUUUCUCCUUUUGUAUCCUGGAUGUAUUAAAAUGCAGAGUGUGGUUGGGGUUUUGCUUGGUUUGUUUGCUUGCAUUGUUUAGUCUUCACCAAUUGCACUCUGGCCAUUUUGGUUUCUUGUAACACUCUGAUGUAUUGGGGUUUUUAAAUAUAUAUAUAUCAAAUUUCUUAAUGGAAAUUGUGGACAAAAUGAUUUCAUAAGUAAAAUUAUUAGAAUUUAUUAUUAUUUAUUGAAUUCCAAACCGCCCUAUACCUGGGGGUCUCGGGCUAUAAUUAUGCACACAAAUAUAUAUUAUAUGUACACAUAUCUGUGUAUAUGUGCAUGUUACCAGUAAGUAUUCCUCUCUCAGUAUAUAUACACACAAAUAUAGGUGUUCUGCCUUUGCAUGCAGACAUGAGAGAUUGCUCAUGAAAUAAUCCAAAUGAGCAAAUAGGCCACAUUACAACGCAAAGAUAGGUGUGCUUAGCUCAGUGGAAGAGCAUCUGCAUUGCAUGCAGAAGGUCCCAGAUUCACUCUCCAGCAUCUUCAGGUAGGGCUGGGAGGGACCUCUGCCUAAAACCCUGGAGAUCUGCUGCCUGUCAGUGUACACAGUUUUGAGUUAGAUGAGCCAUUGGUCUGACAUGGUAUAAAGCAGCUUCCUAUGUUUAAAUCCAUCAGAAUCAGAGGGCUUAAGCUUUCUUAACUCCAGCUGCAGUCCUGUGCUUCCAUGUAUGCCCCAUUGAAGCCAGUGGGACGUACCUCCAUGCAAACAUGCACAGGACUGCAUCUCAUUGUUGGGUUAUGGCCUUUGCGAUUCACCUAGGCACACUCACAUUUCCUUUAAUUUCAGGGUUGGCGUGUAACGUAGAUGCACAAAUAUUAGUCCAAGAGAGACAUAAUGAGCACUGCUGCAUCAAGGGAUGACUUCCACAUAUGAAAGGGUCGCUGCAGGUCAGACAUCACAGGUGCGUGCUUCAGCCACCUCUCAGACACAAUACUUUUCACAUCUGGCUAAAAUACUCAAAACUCAUGGAAACAAUGUCUGACUCAGCACAACCAAGCUUCCUGAUAGUGAUUUGUAUGAGGUGAGCACAACAAUUCUUUUUUUAAACAAAAAACACCUAACUGUACUCAACAGAGGCAGUUCACCUUGAUGAGAAAUCAAGGAUUGAGGGCCGAGUGAUAUGUAGGCAUGUGUAUACGCUGGCCCAAAGAGUCCACUGACAGCAUCUGCUUUGUUCAUCUGUGCGUGCAAGCAUGUGAGAAGAAAGAGACUGAGACUGUUCCUGAAAUAACCCAGAUGAUCAAACAAUUUGGCCACAUCCCAGCACAAAUCUAAGUGUGCUUUGGGGGAGGGCUGUAGCUUCGUGGUAGAGCAUCUGCUUUGCACACAGAAGGUCUCUGGUUCAAUCCUCAUCAUUUCCAAGAAGUGCUGAAAGAGAACCUUGUCUGAAAUCCUGGAUAACUAGUGCCAAUCUGUGUAGAGCUGGAUGGGCCAAUGUUCUGACUUGCUAUAAGACAGUUUCCAAUGUUCCUUAAUCAUGUGAAUUCUUGCCCACUUCAAUUGUUUUACACGCCAUGUUAACAAGAGUGAAGCAUCGAGUGAAGGGUGGGUUGCAGUUAUUGCAGACAGAUCAGUUCCCUGAUCUCAUAAUUAGGAAGAUAACCCAGGCUUUGCAGCUUCAAUCAUGGAAGCAGAGUUUUUCAGAAAGAGGAUCCAUUUGUGGACCUCCCUGAAGAAAACCCAUGUGCAUUGAACGACGACGGCAGAGCUAAUUUUCCAAGGCCCUUUAAAAGCCAUCCAAAGUGCUGAGGCCCAUCAGCCAAUAAUGCCUUAAUUGGCCUUUUCACAAGCUUGAACAUUCUGUAACUGCCAACUGAGAUUUACUCCAGGAAAGAUGUGACCUCUUCCCCUCCCAGCACAUCAUAUGAAAUGUUGAAGGAUCUUAUAAAUUAUCUCCAGUCAGAAACUGAUUUGCUAAUCAGUGUAAGGAAGAGGCAGCAUCAGAGUCAUCAGUGUAUCCCCCCCUUUUUUAUAUAUUUCAGGAAGCUGGGUUCUCUUUUUCAAUUAUGCUCAACGGUUUUACAUACUCUUAGAACCAAUUUACAUAUUUUUCUCAGGAUGAGGUAGCAACGGUUUGGAACGGGUGGGACGUGAAGUAUGUGUCAUAUGUUUGAAUGCUCCUCCAUGUGAAAACGGCAAACCAAAAAUCUGUAGUAGACUCAUGAAUCUGGAACUUUUCUCUUUGAUUUGCUACUGUAUGCAAGCAUAAUUUUUAUAUAAUGUGGAGAAAUUUUCACAAAUACAAACACACACACACUUUUACAGUCUGAAGUGGAACCGUCAAGAAUUCUGCCACCUCAGGGCCAAGCUAGAUGUGACAUUGCAGAUGCGUGACUUUAUCUCUCUUAUCUUUCAAGGCCCACCCCCCUGCUAAGAAAAGCUGUGAGGGGAUUUGGAUUGGGACCAUGGCAUAGAGCAGAGGAGGCUUAACCUUGUGCACAUAUGUUUUCACCUCCUUGGCUAACGUUAACAGAUAAGAAGGGAGAAAUUUGUUUCAGAUCACAUUUAAAUGCUAAUCACUAAUUCACACUUUCCAAUGUAGUUCUCCAACCAAGUAACUGGUAUAAAGCUGCAUGUGCUAGGGUAAAGUGUGCAUAAAAUGAAUAUAUUGGUGAAAAUUACAUACAAAAAUGCAUUAUAUUGGGGAAAUUGCAUAGAAAAAUGUAUAUUUGGAAAUCGUCACACUGAAAUAUGGAUGAAUUAUCACAAACUGACUUGUAAAUGUAGAGAAGCGAAUUUAAGACUGGAAAAAUGAGAAGCAGAGAAACUAUAAUUGACUUGCCCACCCCUAACAGAUGUCCAGGGGGCAGUGUGAAAAGGGGCUGCAGGGGCUCCUCCCCAAAACAUACCUUGUGCUCAUGACCCAAUUCUCUUCUCCCCACCCCAAUAGCUGCUUUUAACAACAAACACAUCAUAGAAACAUUCAUAGGUCUCUGAUGUAUCUAGUUUGGUCCUCAGUCUGCUCUGUUCUGCACAAUAUGUAAAUUGGCUUUCUGGUGGGGUCAGUCAGUUUUCUUUAUUUACAGAAAGAUUUAGAAAGAAUUACUCCAAGGAAAUACUCAUUUGUAGGUAGCAUAAGAUCUGUUUGAACCAUUUUUAACAGCUCCUCUAGGUUUGAAUUAAGGAAAUUUGUUAAGCCAGCUUGAAGGAAAACAGCAAAGCACUAGUCUGCCAGUUUUUGAGCUGAUAAAAGAUUAACCUCUUUGCUAUGAUCUAUUUAUAAUAUAUCCAGCAGAAGGUUCUUCACAAUUUGAUCUGUUAGAAAGUUGCCUUUAUCCUCAGCGAAUUAUGAGAUAAAUGGAAAGAACACACUCUUUGUUAAGGGGGUUUUCAAAUUACUUUUUAUGUCAAGGCAAAUGAAUGGCCCAAGAUUAAAAGUAAUGGCGUGAAUAUGCAUAGGAGUGAGAAUUACUUCAAGAGAAUAUUAAAGGAGAUCAGAACAACUGGGAAUGAAAACAUCCAUGAAAUCCAGCACUUCCCACCAGUGUCCUGACUUUCAUUUAGUGGAAAUAAUUGUACUAGCUGCUUCAAUUGUACAUACCCUAAUUAAAGAUGUAGACAAAUUAAAAGGUCCAUCACCUUUCAUCUUUCCAUUUAGAAACUGCAUUAUUUAAAGGCAGGAAGUGGAAGGCCCCAGAAAAUGUCCAAGGUCUAUAAUUUGGGCAUUGACAUACAGCCAAAUUUCCAUAUGCCUUCCUACAAAUCGAUCAUUGUUUUGCUUGUUAGGGUAUGAGGAGAGAAGGUUGUGCUGUGGUUGAAAACCAGGCAGGCCCUACUAUUGGGCAGAGUGAGAAAGCUGCCCCAGACAGCUUAUUUAGGGUGACAAGAAAGGGCAACAAAUUGAUUUCUAUUCAUUAUUGCAUUUUUACUCCAUGGAAGGGGUGCUUGUGAGAUGUUCUGGCUCAGGGGCCAAAAUGACUUAUCUAGCCUUGGGUAUUAUGUACCUUGAUUUGGGGAGCAGAAGCACCCUUUGCUGUUCCACCUCAGUCAGCAAAGUUUCUUGAGCCAGUCCUGAUUGGCCUUAUGUUAAAUGAGGUUCCAUUUUCACACCUGUUACGGGUUCUCGCCUUCGCCAGGUAUUUCCAUGUGUCUGGCUAUGUGAUCAAGUGGUACAGGAACUCUUUGCUAGGCACCAGCAUGAACCCUGGUUACCAGUGAUUCUCACUGCUGAUAAAAGGCACCCAAGAGUGUGAUAGUCAUGGGGGCUCAAGAACAUCAGCUUUAAAUUCUGUGCAAUUGCUACACCAAGCCGUGACAGAAAACUGUCAAUUUCAUCACUGUACAUGCACCUCAUACAUUUCCUAAAGAAGGGGAUGCUACCAAAAUGGGUCCAAAUGCCAGUCCAGAUGGUUUAACAAAUGGCAUAUUGGAAACAGAAUGUACAUGGGGAGCAAGUUGUAUAAACAGAAGUUAAAUUUCUCCAAGAAUAAGGAAUCAACAUUUUAAAUGCCUUCAGUAGAAGUAUGCUAAUUUUAAACCUCAGCUAGCAGAAAGAACAUUGGUUUCAGAAAAGAUGAAAAAUGCCAAGUUAAGUUAAAAGCAAAAUCAAGUUUGGCUUCCAAGUGUUUAAUGUAUUAUAAAUCUGUAUUUAAAGGAGUGUUGGGGGUGGGAGGAAAUUAAAUGAAACCCAUCUUAGACAUGAUACACCUAUAGGCUUUGCUUCUGAACUGGAAGUGAGACAGAGAAAACAAAAAUACUAUCAAAAACAAAACAAAAAUGCAGCACUUUUAUUUCUGGUCUUUGUUGACCAGCCAAAUUGCUUAGUCAUAACUUGCUAACUCUUCCAAGUGUUAGCCAAGCUACGGAUAUGUUAUGACUCUUGUUAUGUUAUGAAUCAUUCAGUUACUCUGCAUGCACAAAUGUGUGUGGAAACAUAAAGCAUGAAAAAAAGGGAAAGAGCACGGGAGUUGCCAGACAGGGCUGGCUCAGAAAUCUCGGUUCUAUAUGUUGUAGUAAAAGAAAGAUCAGGGAGAAGCUGAGCUAUUUAGCGCUAUGCAAAAACUGCCCUCCAGUUUCAGCCAUAUGUCCCCCGAGUUUGGAUAGGGUAAUUUAUGGGGAGAUACUUAGUGGGUGGCACUGUGGGUUAAACCACAGAGCCUAGGACUUGCCAAUCAGAAGGUUGGCGGUUCGAAUCUCCACGGUGGGGUGAGCUCCCGUUGCUUGGUCCCUGCUCCUGCCAACCUAGCAGUUCGAAAGCAUGUCAAAGUGCAAGUAGAUAAAUUCCUCUGGUGGGAAGGUAAACAGUGUUUCCGUGCGCUGCUCUGGUUCGCCAGAAGCGGCUUAGUCAUGAGAUGAGCGAGAUGAGUGCCGCAACCCCAGAGUCGUCCACGACUGGACCUAAUGGUCAGGGGUCCCUCUACCUUUACCUUACUUAGUAACCAGGUGUUGUACUGGCAAUAUACUCUCUUAGCCCCCGACACCCUCCCCCAGCAACUGGUGUGUGUUAGGUGUGUGUUAUUUUCUACUGGUGUGUGUACUUUUUUGUUCUGUGUACAGUCUUGGCUCCUUAGCUGUUCAGUCCCAUCAAUAUUCAAAAGGAACCUUAUUUUCACACAGUUGCAUUCCUUCCGCAAGAUACCUUUCUUUGCACAUCUAUGCAAAGAACUGCCAAGGGGUCUCCCUCCUGCCUUCUGUCUCUCAGAGCUCUUGGGAUGAAUACAGGAGACUGAAGUACAAAUCCUUGUUUACCCAUCCAGGUAAAUGGGUGGCUCUGGGGAGCCAACAUCUCUUUCCUUGUUUGUCAAAUCUUCCUCGCACAGGUGCUGUGAGGAUAAAAUGAGAUAUAUUGUAACCUGCUCUGAACACCUGGGAUAGGUCAGGGAAAAGUCUGAACAAAUAGCCGAUUGGGAUUGGCAACUACUCUCCCCGAACUAUAGUAUGCCCUCUGAAAACAUUGUUGUGUUCCACAGCUCUCCAAUAUAUCAUUGUCAUUUAUAUGUAUUUUCUCUUCCGUGCUUAGAGUUCUAGACAGACCUUUAAUUAGAUGAGUUUGGAGUAAUGCUGUUAACUAACCCACUGCACUGAGUCUGCUUUCCCCUUGAGUGCCUGGGGAAAGAUAGACUCUCCCAUAAAAAUUAUCCAAAGUGUGUCCCAAAUGCAUUUUAUCUGAUGUCACUCCAGCAAGUGUUGCAUCACAUUGAUCCCUAAGAGACUUUCAGCACCAGAGGUGGGCAUGGAGAAGAUCAAUUUGCUGCUCUUUAGACAUCCUACUAGAUGCACACUCCCUAAGUCCCCCACUGGAGUUGAGUAGCAGAGGAAUUUGCAAAUUCAAAACAAUGUUGGUAUUAAAAAAAAAUCUUGCCUCCUUCAGAUAAUUUUAAAAGCAUGUCUUCUUCAUUAGGCAUUAAAUCACAGCCUGAGAGCCUCAAGCAGCCAUUUUCCUUGCUUUAAAGGUGUCAUCAUCUUGGGCACCAUGGCAGUGCAAAGGCUUUGGUGCCCCUGGGGUGAACCACAAUCCCCAGAUCCCUGGCUUCCAUUCAAAAACUAUUUCUAGCAAUUUUUGGAACCUGACAUAUGAGGCAAAAUGGACAGACACAGUUUUUCUCAUUCUUUGGGGGAAAUUGGCCUGCUCCAUUCUUCCGGUUUUUUACCCUGGAAUGUGCGAGAGAAGAAGAGAUGUGUGUGUGAUCUGUGUGUGAGCGAAAGGGAAGCGGGCAUGUAUGAAUUGUGUGGUCUGUUUGUGUCCUGAGGCCAUGGCCCACCAUCAUUUCAUUGGUUGCAUCUGGAUAUGGAUGUCAUAUAGGCAACAGUACCAGCAUAGUCUUUGAGUGGUGGUAUGUGCAGGAGGAGGCAGCGUGGAAAAGACUGGCACCAUAGACCUGACCCUGCUCCAUUCUUGAAUGGUGUGAGGAGAAAGCAGGGUAGGCACAUGGAUGGAGCCAAUCUAGUGUUUUCACCAGUGCUCCUGCACUACCCCAACCUUGCUGUAUAGUUGUUGUAUAGUUUUGUAUCUUUUAAUUGUAUGGUUGUAUGUUUUGUAUAGUUUUGUUUCUUUUUGAAUAGUAAGAAAUAAACAACUAUCUGACGUUUAGAAGACAUCUGAAGGCAGCCCUGUUUAGGGAAGUUUUUAAUGACUGAUGUUUUAAUGUAAUUUUAAUCUUUUGUUGGAAGCCGCCCAGAGUGGCUGGGGAAACCCAGCCAGAUUGGGUGGGGUAUUUUAUUUUAUUUUAUUUUAUUUUAUUUUAUUAUUUCUGCCGCCCUGCACCAACCCUGCAUCAUUGCAGUAAGUGAUGGUGAUGCCAAUGCCACAAGGCUAGAUCCUACUGGGUAUGUGGCUUAGAUGCUACUCGGUAUGUGGCUUAGUUUCCAAGAACACUGAGGGAGGGGUCUGCAUUUUUCCACCCCUUCUUAUAUUUUCUCCUUCCCUCCCUCCCCAGGGUGAGCAUGUACUGGAUACAGCAGUCCUGCUACCAGCACUGCAGUGGCAUGUCUCCUGCCCUAGUGUAAUUUGGGCAUAGGGUUGCUCUGUCCCAGUAGUAUAAACCUUUCCAUUAACUCUUAUUUAUUAGAGAUGAAAUAAGAUGUGGUUCUCUUACCAUUUGUGUUUCAUUCCACUCCCAUUAUCUUUAGAAGACCCACUCCUUGGCCUUCUGAAUUCCAAAAUUGUUUUGCUUCUGAGCUCCACUCAGGUGUGCAGGGGGGAACCAAGCAAGGGAAAGAGACCAACUCAGCUGUAAAGGUCAGGUUGUUUUUCAAAGUUCAGCAUCACAGCACACAUUCCUCUUGUCUUUUUUUCCUCUGAGUGAAAAAGUGGUGCCCCCCUCCCCCCAAAAAGCGAGCCUAAAACACUCUUGAAAGGCAUGACCAAUCUGCAAUGUGCGCUGGUCUCAUAGAAAAGGCUCCAACAUGGCCACAGAGGAAUUUGUAUUUAAUGGGAGACUGGGAGGGAGGUGGGUGGGUAGGUUCUGAGUUAAACAUAGCAAGUAAUUUCCUCCUAAAGGUCAUCCCAGUUUAGAUGUUAAGAGAGCUCUUGUUGUGAAUUUUUAAAAUUGGAAUAGAAAUAGAAAUGAUUUCUAAUCAAACGUUUAUUAUUGUUGCUGCAUUUUAAGUCAUAGCAUAUGCACAUUUAUGCUGUACAAUUAGGAAAACAACGAGCAAUAUUAGAAAUUAAUACUGAAAAUAUCAAUGUAAAUUCAGAAACAGCAAGGGCCUUGAAGUUGCCCACCAUGCAGAAAGAAGACAAGUAAGUUUUUUUCCACUGUUAUAAGAUGUAUUGUGUUUGAAGUCCUGUGUAAAUGAUAGUAAUUAUUUAAAAACGUGCCUCUGCACACAAAAAUUAAUAUAUGUGAUUUCUGUGCAAACCUUAUUUUUUGGCAAUGCAUAAUUUGUGGGCUUUGGAAGAAGGUGCAGAUUUUCAAAAUGACUAAGUGGGAAGGCGAAAUACAGUGGUAUCUCGGGUUAUAUACACUUCAGGUUACAGACUCCGCUAACCCAGAAAUAGUACCUCAGGUUAAGAACUUUGCUUCAGGAUGAGAACAGAAAUCGUGCUCCGGCGGCAGCAGGAGGCCCUAUUAGCUUAAGUGAUGCUUCAGGUUAAGAACAGUUUCAGGUUAAGAAUGGACCUCCGGAAUGAAUUAAGUACUUAACCCGAGGUACCACUGUAUAGCAUUCAUUUCUUGGAAACUAAUGCAAAAGUACACAUACAAAUAGCUAGCCAGCCACAAAGCCCACCAGACCAUAUGCUAAAGAUCUGAUAAAGAUAACACUGAGAGUGUGAGGGUUAAUGCCUGGGAAGGCUUUAAUAGAAAAGGAAGCUGUAUUUGUUAUUCACUGCACAAACUUGAUUCAGCAAUGGGACAGAAAGGAAACACAUCAGCAGAAACCCAAACAAGAGGAGAUGGUUGUGUGGCAGGCUAGCAUUUUGGGACUGACCUGCAGUGGGAACAAUUCAUUGCUGCACCAGCUUAACAUGGUCUUGGGCCAUAAACACACCUGUUUCAGGGUGUGGUGGUUAAUCUCACAUAUUGAGCUAUAGUGGAGCCCUCAGCUCCCAUUCUUGGUAGGAGGAGGAUUUUGUUGUGACAAAUGCAGCAGGUAACUGGUGAGUCAAGGAUGUGCAGGUAUCAAAUAAAUUUUACCACCACAAGUUAGGGAUGUGGGAGAAAUUCAAUUCAGAAGGUGCUGAGACGUCUCUUGCCAUCAUUUAUUGGUUUGAUGUCAUUGCAUCAGCAAUGGUAGUUCUGUGGUGUUGGAAUAACUUUUUCAAGGAUGGGAGAAUCAGUCAAUUUCUGUUUCUCUGUUUCCCAUCCUUAAGUUCUCCACAUUUCCGUAUCAGUUUGCAGUAUAUGUGUGUGUCUGUUUUAAGUCCUCGUGAAAAUUUGUAAGAGUUUUAGUGUGGAAUUCUCCUAAUAUGCUACUAUUUACAAUUUGCCUAAUAUCCACAUUUUUGCAAAGCGUGUUUCCCCCAAUAUAAUGCAAUUUUCACUAAGUAUGCAUGUCUAUACCCACAUUACCUUAGUGUGUGGCUUUUUGGGUUGUUGUUUUUUCUUCAGACCACUUAUUAUUAAUUUACUGCAUUUAUAUCCCACCUUUUUCUCCAAGGAGCUCAAGGUGGCAGACAUGGUUCUCCCCUUCCUCAUUUAAUCCCACCACAGCCCUGUGGGGUAGGUUAGGCUGAGAACCAGUGACUGGCCCAAGGUCAGCUUCAUGUCUGGGUGGGAAUUUGAACUGUGGUCUCUUAGGUCCUAGUCCAUCACUCUAACCACUAUGCCACACUGGAAAAUGUCAUUGCAAAAUCUGGAGAAGUGCUAAUUUUGAAGGUUGCCUGUGUUCUGUGUUGCAUAUUGUUUUGGAAAGUACAGAGUAGGUAGAUUCUCCUUUAAAUGCUAAAUGCAUCAAAUGUCUUCCCCAUCCUUAGCUGUCCUGCAUAGCAAAGCUGUCCUGCAUAGCAAAGCUGUCCUCUGCCACACACCAGCCUUGUUCUGUGCUGGCUUAAUGGAGUCUUGCAUAAUGGAGUCACUGCAACCCCCAAUUUGCUGCACCUUACUACAAGGGUUUUUGUGCUUAAGUUAAUUUCUUGCAUUUAUACCCUGCAGUUUCAACACCACAGUAAUAACCCAUGGCAUCUUCCCGUUAAGAUAAGGAGAAUAAUAGUCUCAGAUGACAAUUGCAGUAAACAAAGGGCUCGAUAUGGGAGAUGGUAGGCCAAUGUUGCCAUGCAACAGUGUGAUCCCUUCCUCUGGGGGUCCUUUGAGGCUUGGGUGGAAUAAAACUUGCCAGUAUUUAAGGUGAAAAGAAUUCUUUCAUUGGAACCAUAAUUGUUCAAGCCAAUGCGGCAAUUGCCCACAAAGAGCUAAACACAUAGGUCAUUUGUUUAACACACAAACAAUGCAAUAAUCCUUCUGAGUCUGUAGAGAGGAAAAAUAGACAAUAUGGCUUGCAAUUUUGUAGUCAGCCAGUCUAAAAGUUCCAAGUGCUGGGUGCUUCAGUCCCAAGGCAAGAGGACAACUGGUGAAUUUAUUAUCCAAAACUCAAAGGACAGAGCCCUGCAGUCAGAAUACAAAUAUAGCAAAUAAUGCAAUAUGUACAUGAACUCAGUUUCUACCCACUUCCUGGUUAACCAGACAUACACGUAAGUUCAGUUCACCUUACACAAGGUGCUAAGAUUCCAGGAAUGUUAAGCUUCCAAGGAGAGCUCCCUCCUCCUAGCUCCCCACUGAAUAUACCCUACUAGCCUAAACUAGCGCACUGAUGGGGAUUAACAACACAAACAAAGUAUCCUGUUGUGCCCCUGUGAUUCAUUGAGUUAGCUUACCUAUUCAGGGCAAUAUCACAGAGUUUGUGGCACUUUCCAGGCACAACAGCCAUAGUGCCCAGUCUUAACACAGCAUGGUGGCUUAUGGGAUCAGACCAUAACAAUAUCAUUAGGAACCAUAGGAAGCAGCCAUAUACCCAGUCAGACCAUUGGUCCAUGUAGCUCAGGAUUGUCUACACUGACUGGUGGGAGCUCUCCCAAGGUUUCAGGCAGGAAUCCUUCCCAGCCAGGGAUUGAAUUCUGGGCAAUUUGGCAUUCAAGCCAGAUAUUCCACCACUGAGCUGUAGCCUGAUGAAUGCAGACUUGCACAUAUCCUAAGAAAUGACAUAUGCAUUCUAUUCAGGAGCUGGGGGAGUCAAUUAAAGACUCUCUCUACCCUCUCCUCCUCCUCCUGAAGAUGAUCUUUUAAAAUUGAAGAGUCAUAAGCAAAGCUGGUAUGGCGAUCUAUUCCCCUUAGCUGUUCCUAAUUGAAAACUGAUUAAUGCAAUCAUUCUGUGCAUAAUAAAGCUAGAACGCAAACCAGCAUAAACAGGAAUUCUUCUAGCUUGAUAGCAAAGACCUUCUUGAAAAGAGUCAAUAGCAUUAAAAACACAGAGACAUUUAACAUCACGUAAUGUGUUUCUAUCAGGAUCUAAGGCCUGCAGGCAACCUAUAGAUUUAUUACCUCUGACAUGUGUAAAAUAGCCUUGUACUGCCUAUCAGCCUUCCUUCAAACCAGAAGGCUACUUACUUCUUAUGACACAUUAUAUUACAGUCAGUGGAUGGCUCUACAUUUUACACUCAGGCUUGGAUUUUACAUAUUAAAGGGCCACUUUUGACCUGGCUUUUAGCAGGGAGUGAAGCAGUUAAGGAAGCGGGGGCAUGUCUGUUUAUGAAGCUGCUAUCAUUUGCUGCCUUAAAGAUAAGCAUGGGCCAACUCGCUUAUCCUCAGUAUACUACGUUAGCCAUUAGUUGCCUAGAUGCUAAAUCAUACAUCCAGAUCAGAUGUUGACUUUAUAGAUUUGAUAUAUAGAAAAAUACACCGAAUGUGCAGUCAUAAUGACUCUGUGUGAUGCUAAAAUGUACUGUUCUGCAAAUUGCUGGAGAGCCAGAUGCCCACAUCCAGACACACAUUCUCAUGCGUUCCCAUUUACAUCAGUUUCUUGCCAGCCAACUUUAUUUAUUUGUUUGUUUGUUUGAUUGAUUGAUAUACGGAUUUCUAUCCUGCCCUUCCAAUGCUUACAACAGUUAAAACCAAUUAUAAAAUACAAUGAGAAUCAUGCUAAGAUAACAAUAGGAUAAGGUGAAGAGAGGUUCAACAGAUGAAGCAAAGGCAUAAGAUAGGAUAGGAAAUUAUCUACUCAUUAAAACAGAGGCCUGCUGGAAUAAAAAAAUGUUUUUACCAUCCAGUGAGACACAGCAGGAGAAGAGGGCUGGCAAUCAAGCAUUUCAGGGCAAAGAACACAACCAUUGGAAAAGGUCCUUGUCCCUAUCAGCCAAGCCCCCAUCUUAGCUGGGACACAAAGAAGAGUAUCUGCACCAGAUAUUAGGAGGCAGGGAGGAUGGUACAAGAAGUGGUCUGUAAGGUACUUAAGCUGUAAGGGUAGUUGGUAACACAUUACGUUACGACCUGAAAGUGAGAUGAGUGCCGCAACCCCAUAGUCACCUUUGACUGGACUUAACCAUCCAGGGUCCUUUACCUUUACCUUUUUUACUAGCCAUGAUGCCAUGCUUUGCCUCCACAGUUGGAGGCAGCAAUGCUUUCGAAUACCAAUUGCUGGAAACCAUGGGAGAAGAAGGUGCUCUGGUGUUCACCUUCUGCGGGCUGGUUGGUUGGCCACUGUGAGAACAGGAUGCUGGACUGUAUGGGUCAUUCGCCUGAUCCAGUAGGCUGUUCUUAUUUCGGAUAUGGUGCACAAUUAACAUAAAAUUAUGCAGGGCCGGCCCUACCAUUAAGCAGGUGGCAGAUGGUUGGUGGCGUGGGUGGCAGUGAGGUGUUGCAAGGACAGCUCACUGCCUUAAGGAUACUGCAGAUCACCCGUGUUGAAAAUAGUUUUGACUUCUUUUGUGCAAUGGGGAGGGCGUUGCCCUUCAACACGGGCAGCAAAAUGUAUUGGGCUGGCCUUGACACUCUGGUUAGUCACCACUUGGUAAACAGCCCCUAUAAUCGCCCAUAUUCAGCUGAGCGUAUAACUGGUUUCCGGCUCAUUGUGUAAGAAGACAUAAUGUUAGGCCAACUUGCCUUCCACAUGAGAACAUGAUCAAAAAUGAUCCCUGAUUCAGUAUGCGUUAUAACACUUCUUUUAAAGUUCAGCUAAUUUAAAUCGAUAGCUGGUUCUUAUUAUAGCAUCUGGUAUUUGAGAAUAUUGCUUACUGUAAUCCAAAGUACCAAUUGCAGCCAAUUGUGUUUCAUGCAAAAACACAACCCUGGUUCACCUAGGUCCAUAAGCUACUUGACAAGUAUAAAGCCUAAAUGAGGUCUCUGUGAUUCCUAAAAUUGACGUGAGCAGGAACAGUGUACUUCAUCCCUUUAGUGCAUUUUUGAGAAGGGACUGAACAUUUGGCACAUGUUUACCAGUGCCAAACAACUGCAUCCUUGUGGAAUAUGUAGCAUUUUGCAAUUAACCUCGAAGGCUGACCUCUUGAGAGGCUUAAUGUGCUUCAGAGGCCCAGUCCUAAUCAAGACUUCAGCAUCCCAUCAUUCCGGGACCACAGUUCACCUACGUGGGUUAUUUCUUUCUUUUCAGCAUGAUGAAAACUUGAAUUUCCAACAAAAUAGCCUGUCAUGAAUGCACACAAAGUCUAUUCUCUCUCUCUUAAAAGAAAAAACCAUUCAUGCUGAUUUUUAAUAAAAUAACCUGAAUGUUCUUUGUAAGAGGUUUCCUCUCUUACUGGCAUCCACUUUGGCCUUCUCCUGGACUUGGAUUCCCUUUGUUCCUCGUUUCUUUGGUAUUCUACACUGUUUCUAAUGUUUUUAUAAUGGAAUUAUUCUGCCUCGCCCUGCAGGCUGUGGGGCUGUGUGCUUUCUAAAUAAUAUUAUAUUUAUUUUUAAAUGAAAGUGCUGCCCACCCACUAAGAGCCUGCAGUGCUAAAUCUCCUUUAUUAAUUUGUCUACCUACCUGCCAUUAUUCUUGUGCUGGCCCUAUUAGCUUAAAUGGGAGCUGCUCUGCUGCACCUGAGGGAGCAGCGGGCCAUAAAUAUGCAUGCAGUCAGCCUGUCAGUGUUACUCCUCUACCUGGGACUGUCCUUGAUGACUGCUUGGAAGCUUAAAUUGACACACAGUUUUUGACAGGGGUGGGAGCAUAUGUGCCAGCAAUAUCAGCAUUAGCCUCCUGCUUUCGUAACAAAAUGUAGGGUGCUUCUUUAUUACCAAGAAAGCCUCCGAUAGCUUGAGCCCAACAUUUCUGUUUAUUUAGGGAAUGUAUACCCUGUCUUUUCCCUAAAGCAGUGCUCAAAAUAUAAUAUAUAAGCAAUCUCAAAAAACAAGCAAUCAAUAAAACAGUUGCAGGUAGAAAGGAUAAAAUCACAUUGUAUGAUUAUUAUGAUUAUGAUUAUGAUUAUUAUAGCUUGUGACACACAGUAACCUAAUGUGACUUACAUUAAAAAAGCAGGGUGUACAGCGUGAGAAAUAUUAAUGGCUGCAUUCCACAUGUUUGCUAGAGGAGAUACCGUAAUUGCACCACCCAAAGUAGACCAGAGAGGACUGAGCAUGCUCAGUGGGUGUGGAAUACUGACUGACUAUUGAGGUGCAGGUGCAGAUGGGCAAAUCUGUCAAUUUCAUUUCUCUCUGUGUCUCAUUUUCCAGUCUUCAAUUCAUUUCUCUAUGAAUGGGUUUCCCCAGCCACUCUGGGCGGCUUCCAACAAAACACUAAAAUACAAUAACCUAUUAAACAUUAAAAGCUUCCCUAAACAGGGCUGCCUUCAGAUGUAUUCUAAAAGUUUAGUAGUUAUUUUUCUCUUUGACAUCUGGUGGGAGGGCGUUCCACAGGGCUGGUGCCAUUACCGAGAAGGCCCUCUGCCUGGUUCCCUGUAACUUGGCUUCUCGCAGUGAGGGAACCGCCAGAAGGCCCUCGGUGCUGGACCUCAGUGGCCGGGCAGAACGAUGGGGGUGGAGACACUCCUUCAGGUAUAUUGGACCGAGGCCAUUUAGGGCUUUGAAGGUCAGCACCAACACUUUGAAUUGUGCUCAGAAACGUACUGGGAGCCAGUGUAGGUCUUUCAAGACCGGUGUUAUAUGGUCUCGGCGGCCGCUCCCAGUCACCAGUCUAGCUGCCGCAUUCUGGAUUAGUUGUAGUUUCCAGGUCACCUUCAAAGGUAGCCCCACAUAGAGCGCAUUGCAGUAGUCCAAGCGAGAGAUAACUAGAGCAUGCACUAGAGACAGUCUGCGGGCAGGUAGGGUCUCAGCUUGCAUACCAGAUGGAGCUGAUAAACAGCUGCCCUGGACACAGAAUUGACCUGCGUCUCCAUGGACAGCUGUGAGUCCAGAAUGACUCCCAGGCUGCGCACCUGGUCCUUCAGGGGCACAGUUACCCCAUUCAGGACCAGCGAGUCCUCCACAUCCACCCACCUCCUGUCCCCCAAAAACAGUACUUCUGUCUUGUCAGAAUUCAACCUCAAUCUGUUAACCGCCAUCCAUCCUCCAUCCGCCUCAUGACACUCACACAGGACCUUCACCGCCUUCCCUGGUUCUGAUUUGAAAGAGAGGUAGAGCUGGGUAUCAUCCGCAUACUGAUGAACACCCAGCCCAAACCCCCCUGAUGAUCUUUCCCAGCGGCUGCAUGUAGAUGUUGAAAAGCAUGGGGGAGAGGACAGAACUCUGAGGCACCCCACAAGUGAGAGCCCAGGGGUCUGAACACUCAUCCCCCCCACCACUUUCUGAACAUGGCCCAGGAGGAAGGAGCGGAACCACUGUAUAACAGUGCCCCCAGCUCCCAGCCCCUCUAGACAGUCCAGAAGGAUGUUAUGGUCAAUGGUGUCAAAAGCCGCUGAGAGAUCCAGCAGAACUAGGAAACAGCUCUCACCUUUGUCCCUAGCCCGCCGGAGAUCAUCAACCAGUGCGACCAAGGCAGUUUCAGUCCCAUGAUGAGGCCUGAAUCCCAACUGGAAGGGAUCCAAAUGGUCCGCUUCUUCCAGGCGUGCCUGGAGUUGUUCAGCAACCACUCGCUCAAUCACCUUGCCCAAGAAUGGAAGAUUUGAGACUGUUAUUUUCACUUGCAUAUGCAUUUUUAAUGCACACUUCCCGUAGUAUAUGCAUAUUAUACAAAUUGCGUGGCAGGAGGAACCUCAUUGGAAAAUCUGGAGAAAUGCAAAUUGCAAAGGAUAGGCGUGUUUCAGUCCACAUCUUGUUUCAGAAUAUGCAAAUUGGGUAGGCUUGCCUUUCAAUGAGAACUGAAGGGUGUGCAGAAUGGAAUAGAGUACAAUAUAUGGAAAAGCAGUGUCCCUGGGUGGCUAGAAUCAGGAGCCCUACACAUUGCAACAUUUGCUACAGCCCACAUCUGUUUCAUCUACAGUACAGUAUAUAGCUGAGGCUUAUCUGCUUGCUUCAUUUUGAUUGGUAAUUGGUAAUUAAAAAUGUGUUAUUAAUAGAUUGCUGCUCACCUACCGAAACUCUAUGGAUAGAACAAAUUAAAAAGCUACCCACGCUCACAUGUCCAAAACAGAAUAAUAUACACAUGGUCCAGUUUGGCUUUCAGCAACAGCAAUGAAAGAGCACUUGUCUGUGCGACAUCUUUUCCCCAGUUGCCUGGCUGAUCUGCAUGGCUAAGACAUCUGUGGUCUGCUGCAAAAUUCAUGUGACAUAAUUAUUAUAAUAACAAUUGAGAGUAUUUGGCUUGCUUGGGCCAAGAGUUUUCCUGUCAAUUUCAGCUGCAGUCUGGACUGUGAGACUGACUGUAAGAGAUAAGAGCUGCAGCGCUGGCAAGAAGGUUUUGUUUGCUUGACAAUUUGCUGUCAGAGAUACAACCCUGACAAAGGAAAAGCUAAUGCACUAAGAGUUUCUGAAAGCAGAGAAAAUAAGUGUGUGUGUGUGUGUGUGUGUGUAUGUGUAUGUGUAUAUGUAUAUGUAUAUGUAUACUGUAUGUAUACUGGAGCGGGUGGGGAGAGGGGAGAUUCCACUCAGGGACAGAUGGAACCUGAUCCAUGUGGUUUUGCAAUUAAUGAGAAAAUAAAUACGUCUUGCACCCAUUGUGAUCUAAAAGCAAUCAAAUUAGAAAGAAUCAACAAGCUCAUAGGAAAGAGUGUUUGACUUGGGGUAGGCAGACUUGGAUUCAAAUCCUGAUCACUGGGUGGCCUUUGGCGAAUCACUUACUACCUCUCAGUCUAACCUACCACAGAAGGUUGUUGUUAAGAUAAAGCAAAAUAGCUCCAUGUGGAUAUUCAGCCUCAGGCUGAAAUACAAGUGUGAUGGAUAGAUCUUCCUGCCAUGGGGUAAGCUUCCAUCCUGGGGGCAGGGGGAGAGAGAGAUUGUAAUCAAGAUACCCUCAAAUCAGUGCGUUUGUUUUAAAGCAGCAUUGGUCAGCAUGGUGGGGCAGAACCGCAAAGCUGCCCUCCCACCAUCGCUGUAGCUUACUUGGAUGGGGCAGGGGUGAGGCUGGGUGGCAGUGAGGUCAGGACUGUGCAGAUGCAGGAAUGCCCUGACUCACCUCAGGCUGCAUCCACACCAUGUAUUUAAAGCACUAUGAUACCACUUUAACUGUCAUGGCUUGCCCCAAAGAAUUAUGGGAACUGUAGUCCUUCACAGCCUAGGACCCUCGUACCUACGGGACCGUCUCUCCCGAUAUGCCCACCUGGCCUUUGGCUUGGAAUCAAUUUGUUUCCCUCCCCCUCUUUCUUUUUUCCUUUCUCCUUCUGGGUUGGAACUCCUAUUUGGGGACUUCCCUGGCUUUUUUCUGGCCCAUGUAGGACCAGUCUGGAUAGUUAGCCUUGGUGAAGACUUGACGUUUUCAUCCCCCAAAAAAGUUUUUGAUUGAGUUUCCACUGAAAUGUGGCUGCAUUUUAAUGUUUUAAUGUUGCAUUUUAAUCUUGUUUUUUAAGCUGUAUUUCAAUCAAUUGUUUUUAUAUUUGGUGUUAGCCACCCUGAGCCUGGUCUUGGCUGGGGAGGGUGGGGUAUAAAUAAAAUUUAUUAUUAUUAUUAUCAUUAGUUCAUUAAGAAUGCUGAGAGGUGUUAGGAGACCCCUCAGAGCUACAAUUCCUGAAGUGGUUUAACAAUUGAGCCUUCUUCCCAAAGAACUCUGGAAAUUAAAGCUCUGUGAGAGGAAUAGGGGUCUCCUAACUCUCAACACCCUUAACAAACUACAGUUCCCAGGAUCUUUGAAUGUUUGAUGAGGCUGUGGCCUCAGAAUGCUGCCACUGCCUAGGCUUGCCACAUGUACAUUCAAGCCUAGAUAUUUUGCUUUCAUAUAUAUAUAUAUAUAUAUAUAUAUAUAUAUAUAUAUAUAUAUAUAUAUAUCUCAGACCUAACUUUUAAAAUGUGUCUUAUGCCGUGCUACUUUCAUUAUGCACUUGGUGCCCUCCAGACAUUUUGGACUAUACAGCCUCACCAGUGGAAGUUGUUGUCCAAUACUGGAGGGCACCAGGUUGGUGAAGACUGGUUUAGAGUAGCUUGGCAAGCCUGGUUAUUAACUGAUAAUUUACACACAUAAACUGUGAGGGUUAGACAACUGGCUGUUUGUUCUCCCUCCCCUUUUCUGUUUUACAUUUUAUUACCCUUGCUGAUAAAUAUCUUGUGGCCAAGGUUACCUUGAGGAAAUAGUCGUAAGGUCCAUCUACGUGCUUCUGGCAGAGAAAUUGGCAGCGAGCAAAUGUUCAUAGACAGCUCCCAGCAGGGAUACUUUUUGAAUAAAGGUACAAUAAAUAGCCUGUAACACCAGGCACAUGUUAGCGGGGGAAAGAUAGCACUGCAUUUUUGCACUCUUAAAUGUUCUCCGUAGCCUAGCAAGCAAGCAAUUGCAAAAGACACCCCUGAUCCCUAUCUUCCUCACUCCCCUCCUUCCACCCACAACUAGCACAUAUUUAAGAAUACAUUUGGGCUUGGUUCAAGGGUGGAGUCUGAUGUGCAGGAGGGUCCAAAAUGCAGGCAAGUGUUGUUUCAUUACACACACACACACACACACACAGAGAGAGAGAGAGAGAGAGCGCGCAACAAUACAUAGCAUAAAGGUAAAGGGACCCCUGACCAUUAGGUCCAGUCGUGGCCGACUCUGGGGUUGCGGCGCUCAUCUUGCUUUAUUGGCCGAGGGAGCCAGCGUACAGCUUCUGGGUCAUGUGGCCAGCAUGACUAAGCCGCUUCUGGCGAACCAGAGCAGCGCACGGAAACGCCGUUUACCUUCUCGCCAGAGCGGUACCUAUUUAUCUACUUGCACUUUGCCAUGCUUUUGAACUGCUAGGUGGGCAGCAACGGGAGCUCACCCCGUUGCGGGGAUUCGAACCGCCAACCUUCUGAUCAGCAGGUCCUAGGCUCUGUGGUUUAACCCACAGCGCCACCCGCAUCCUUAAUACAUAGCAUAACACCCUGUUAAUUAGGAUCAGCCAAUAUACUAAGACACAGGCCUCAUUCUCUGACUUCUCGUAUACUGAACUGCCAUAAACAAUAGUAAAACGUAAAAGCCUCAUUAUAACUUCAUGCACCUGCCAGAGCAAGGAGAGACCAUUGGUUAUCCUGGUGCUCCAGCAGGCAAUGCUAUUGCCCCUCCUCCAAAGAGGGGCCUGGAGCUGCCUUCCUCCCCAGUUGUUGCCCCUCCACCAGUAGUUGCCAGAGGAGCAGCAAGGUCAGGGCAGCUCACCUGGCUUCCCAGUGUCACACAACACUGCUGGAUACCAAGGGCAGGGGAGAGCAAGGGGCAAGGCCGCGGGGAGCUUGGCACAGUGAAGACGCAGCAGUGGAGCCAACCUGAUGCUCCUACUGCUGUUCCCAUGAUGUGCUGAAUUCCCCACCUCUCAGUGACCGGCAGCAAUGCAUGCUGUAGGGAAGCCCAGGGAGCAACAAUACCCACCUGCCGCUAGUGCCCUCCGUUGGAUCAGUGCAUUUGAGCACAGUUCAGAGAAAGCUAAGCCCAUUUAGGACUGGUUCCACAUGAGCAUUUAAACCCUUUCACAUCGCUCCCACCACUCAAUGGCUUGCAACCAAGGGGAAGGACUAGGUCUCUACUGAAAAGUAUAACUGCAUCUCAGACCUGAAUAUGGGUCUUCUGCUGUUUCUGAGUUUUAAUUUUUCAAGCGAACCAAAUCUGGGAGCCUCUGGGGGAAAUCAUUCACUCACAUGCUGCAGAAUGUUUUCCGUUUUUCAUACUGAAACUGCAAAUGCUGUUACACAGCCUUUGUCAGAGAGGUGAAUAAUUUUUAAAAAGAGAGAGGGAAAUGUGCUUGAAGUUUAUUUGCCUGUUUUAGGAAAGCUACAGUGGGAAAACAGCUAUCAACUUCACUUUUAGAUUUGUGGGUGUAGCGUAAAUUACCUCAAUUAAAAUCUUUAAAGCAAGAAAGGGAAACUGGCUGAGGCAAUUCAGAUUAUAUGAAACCUCCACCUGUUGGGCUUGAUCUCUUGAAUGUGAUGAUCGCACAUGUGUCAACUGCUGUUGACAUCAGUGGGAUGCGGCUGUGUUGCAUUGAUGUCCCUGGGGCAUGAGCACGCUUCACUGUUUUGCUUGUGGCGCACAGCCCUGAUAUAAUGAUCGGAUCUGGACACUUCAGUUCAGGCAAGGGGAUGAAUGGAGCACCUGCCUGACAUGACUCCCCUAUUUGUUUCAGUUCUUCACACACACCACUUUAUGCUUGGUACAUUUUGUGUAGUUAAUUGGGGGGCGGGGGGUGGGAAUGCCUGCGUAUCCACUCUGCAGCAGCAGUGUUAAUUGCAAUUGGUUCAAACCACUGAACACUGAACUUUAUAAUUUGUCAUUAGGUUUGCUCCACUCUUAAUUGCACAGCUCUUAUUAUUGCAUAGUAAUAAUUCAGGGAGGCCUGUAACAAGGGUGGUAGCAGUAGAUCAAUACAGAAAUAAAGUCAUUUUUGAUUAAUUGAUUAAUGGAUGAAACGGUCCUUUGCAAAUGGAGACAUUAGUAUCUAUUCCCUAAAAUCAAUAAAGCUUUUGAAGAUUCCUUGGUGUUAACAGAGAAUAAGAAAGUGUGUGUGGGGGGGUCUCAUUUGAAAGCAGAGCCAGACAUUCAAAAGGAUCACACAUUGCAGUCUCCUGGGGCCCUCUGAGUUGGCUCCAGAGGCUCAGUGAAAUCUCAUGCACAUUUACCCCAAAGUAAAUAUCAUUGUGCUCAACGUGUGAGCAAACAUUGAAUAAGCAGCCUGCCGACUGAUCUCAGGCCCCAUUGAAAUCAAUAGGACAGGCUAACCAUGAUGUAACUUGAACCCCGUCUCUUUCAACAGGAAUUAAGCACAACUAACUUAGUCGGGAUCUAACCCCAGAUGUUUGCUUUGUGACCAAUGGUUGGCUGGGGAUUUGCUGUGUUACGGUUAGUGGGCAUGCUUGAGAGUGAAGCGGAAGAUUGGGAAAUGGUACUGCAGGGAGAGAGUGCAGCUUCUAUCUCAGAAGGCUCAUUAGGGAGGAAGGGCAGGAUAUGCAUUCAAAAAUAAAUAAAUUGUUGCUAAUGAAAUAUGGAACCUUUAUUGCAGUUUUCUGUUUGAUUUUUAUUGCUAAUGUUUUAUCAGUAUGCAGUUUUAUCUUUAUUGUAGUUUGUAUUUGAUUUUCGUUUGUAAUGUUUUAAUUUUGGUAUUUUGUCAUGUCCUAUUCAGUGUUUUAUAAUAGGUUGUUAACUGCAGAAAUAACUGUCAAGGAAAUUCAUCAGCAUUUUAUUUUGAAUUUCUCCUAAUGCAUACAUUGCAUUUAAUCUUGUGUAAUAAUGCACAUUUUCGCAAAGCAAUUUUCCCUGGUGUAUUGUUGUGUUAUUUCCACAAAUCUAUACAUUUUUAUGCACACUUUACUCAUUUCUGUGCACACUGCUUUGCUGGAGAAAUGUGGAUUUUGAAAGAUGGCUGUGUUUUGGUUCAUAUAUUGUUUCGGAGGGUGCAAAUUAGGUAGGUUCGCCUUUAAAUGCAAACUGAAUUGCAUUUCUCCCUCAUCCAUUAUCACAGAACAGUCUGCCCAAGAACCCAUGGUUGACUUGGAGGCACCACUCAGUCAUUCAGUUGGUCACCUGCAUCCUGAAGUGCUCCAGUCCCAGAAGGCUGUGCUACCCAUUUCUCUUGUACAUGUAGCUGAGUCCUGAGUUCCUCAUAUUUAUGAAUCCCUCCUCUGAUACCCAUUUGGCUUUAGCUGUUUUUAUUUCUAGUCCACAGGCAGCCUUUCAGAACUAAGAGAAGCAGAAUGUUCCAAGUACAUGGCUAAUGUUUCCAGGAUUUCAAUGAAAAAUCAAUAGUGUGCAGCAUGAGGGCAGUAAAAAAACCAAGAGCGGGGAGCAAAGCGGCAAACACGGGUUGUGCAAAGACACCUUGAUGUUUUGUUUGGAGAGCAUUCCAUCAUGGAAAGUUGUGGUUAACUGAAGGCUUGUGUUUUAAUAUUUUGUGGAGUUUUUGAUGGCUUCCCCUGCGAAUCAGUGCUAAACAAAUUAACCAAACAAGAUUUCAGAUGAUAUAUUCCUUAUUGUAAAGCAGUGGUAGGGAACCUUUGACCUUCCAGAUGUUGCUAAACUAUAGCUCCCAUCGACUGUAGCAAGCAUGGCCAAUGGCCAGGGAUGAUGGAGUUGUGGUUCAAAAGCAUCUGGAGGGGCAAAGGUUCCCCACACUGGUUGUAAAGGGUCGUGAUAUGGAGUACAGCUGGAGUGGGACUUUUCUCAGCCUGGUGGUUGCAUUCCCACCUGGAAAGCCUUCCAAGGGCCACAUGCCAAUAGCAGGACCAGAAGCAAAAGGGGGUAGAAUAAUUAAAUAAACCUUUGUUUAAUAGGCUGUGUUCCACCUACGCAAAAAUACAAGGUUUCUGCACGCUCACAUCUUUCCAUCCUCCAUCCAGGCAAGCAAGGGGCACUGUCACAGUUCAAGGACACAUUAGACAGAAACACUUGAGGAGAGUGCAGAUCACAGCCAGUGUGUGUUGUUGCCUUUGGAGGGGCCCAGUGAGAGUCCCAAGGGUUGUGAUAUGAAGGUAUGGAGGGCUGCAUUGGGCUUCCAAGCCUGAUGUUUCCCAUCCAUGGAGUAGCCAAUUUAUCAAGUUCAAAUGGCACAGCAAGCUGUGGUUCAUCUAAAAGAGAAGCAAAACCUUCCAAACUGGAGGAGGAAGGAGGAAGAAUCAGAGUCCAAUAUAAGACUUCUUAUCAAUAAAACAUAAUUUAUCUGGCUGCCUGACAUGGUCAUGAUCUCUUAAGUUUGCAUAGAAGGAUUCUUUCAAGCUAGAUUAUGUGAUAUUAUUGUUAAUAUCAGUAGUAGUAGUUGUAUUUCCCUACAGUGGUCUAAACCACUGAGCUUCUUGGGCUUGCUAAUCGGAAGGUCAGUGGUUUGAUUCCAUGCGAUGGGAUGAGCUCCCGUUGCUCUGUCCCAGCUUCUGCCAACCUAGCAGUUUGGAAGCACACCAGUGCAAGUUGAUAAAUAGGUAUUGCUGUGGUAGGAAGGUAAACGGUGUUUCCGUGCGCUCUGGCUUCCGUCAUGGUGUCGCGUUGCGCCAGAAGCGGUUUAGUCAUGCUGGCCACAUGACCUGGAAAGCUGUCUGUGGACAAACACCAGUUCCCUCGGCCUGAAAGUGAGAUGAGCGCCACAACCCCAUAGUCACCUUUGACUGGACUUAACCGUCUAGGGGUCAUUUACCUUUACCUUAAUAGUAUUUAUUAAAUUUGUAUACCACUCUCUGUCUGAAGAUCACAGGGCAGUUCACAACAUAAAACAUUAUAGAAACAAAUGCAUUCUUCAAUACUGAAAACUAAGUUUCAUUGUUAGUCUCUUUUUUGUUUUAUGACUUAUAGUUCAGAAGAUUGUGUAUCCUACAUAUUCAUUUUGUAAGCCAGAUUGAUUUGUUACUGCUGUGCAGCAUUUCUCCAUAAUACAAUGGUCCCUGAGAUGGCAGUAAAAUAGUUGGGUGGAAUCCAGUGAGUGCCCUUGCACUCAGGGAAGAGCUUCUGAUUUCUCAGAAGGACCCAGCAAUAAAAGAAAAGGGGAGGCAAUUUUGGGGUAAGUGUCAUAGCUCAGUGGCAGAGCACUUGUCCUGCUUACUGAAGGUCCCAGGUUCAACUUCAGGUAGGAAGAUGUCCCCUGUCUGAAAUCACUGCUAGUCAUUGUAGACAAUACUGGGUUUGAUGGAGCAAUAGUCGAAUUCAAUAUAAGACAUCUUCCUCUGUUCUCUCCCCUUGUAGCAUCUACCCCCUUCCCCUGAAAAUCAGCUCCAGAGAAUGGUUGGAUCCUCUAGAAUAGGGUGGGAGGGGAUGUGCAGGAGAGGUUAGGUGGAAGAAGGAAUGGGCAAAAAAGCAUUUUCUCUCCUCUUCCAUUAGCAGAUGCUAAUGAAUCAAUAGCCCUUCCGUUAGUGCAGAGGCACCAACUGGAAUCCAUCCAAUUAUUUUUUAAAAAAAAGUUUAAUAAAAAAUAGAGCAUCUAGAAAAUAAAAAUCUCCACAGAUUUCAGCUCAAGUUAAGCAAAUGUAUUUAUCACCUACUGAAAUCUGUUAGAAUUAAAAGUGCUUAAGUUUGACUGGAUCGUGCCCUUAGCAUCUCCUAGCUAAUGAAUAUUCACACAAGGCACUCUGGUAUCUAAAGGAAAUGUGCUGUGGUAGUGAAGGACAGUUAAACGAAUUACAAAAAGAGAAUUCAUUUCUCACUGGAAACAUAAACCACCAGUCAAACAGAAUAUAUUGCCAAAUAAAUCACAGCUUGGUUGCAUAUUGAAUCAAGAAUUUUUAGUUUAUCAGCCACAUGGAAUCAGCAGAGCAGAUAUUGUGGAGGUACUUCAGAUGCUAUUUCAGUAUUCUCAACCCUCAACUACCAAAUCUAAUUAAUCAAGUAAUGGAUCAUAAAGGUUCUCUAUUAAAAUGCCAAGCGCUUUAGCCCUCAUUAGCAGAAGCAGUUCCAGUGUUCUCUCUGAGGUUGCUCUAUGUAAAAGCACACAAUUUACUGCGUCAGCUUAGGCAAUCCGUUAUUCUAGUUCAGUAUCUGUCUUCAGAGGAAGGCAAAAAUCUAUCUGUUCCUUUACCACUUGUGUUGUCCUCUUUAUCAAGUGGGAGAGGAAUAACUUAUGAUACCUGUAGUGAUCAUCUGACCUUCAGAAGAAUGAGAUGUGAUCGCCCCUGUAUUAGUAACACCUGCAGUGACACAUACUAUUAGGAGGCCAAAUUGUCAAGUCCCUUUUCAAAUGCUGCUGUAGCAUGUUGCCUUUGUGAUUUCUCUCCUCUAUGAAUGCUGCUCCAGUGAAUUUCUUCCUUUAGGUGAAAGUCUUCAGGAGAUAUAAAAUCACUGAGGCCCAGGCAAUGAGUAGGCUCCUGUAGAAGUUCUGCAAUUCUACCUUGGUGUCCAUGUGUCCCUUGUGACAAAGGACAGUCCUCUAUUUGAGGUGCUCUCCAAUCCAAAUCUGGUUUAAAGAGAAAGACUCAUACGAUGGGGCCCAGAAUUUGCCCAUCUGUGGUUAGCACCUAGACAACAGACUGAGCGGGUGCACACAGGUUUCUUGCGGGCUCACAGGAUUGGCUGGGCAGGCUAGAAGGAAAAUUAACCAGCAAGCAAACAUCCUAAUCUGGAGGGGGGAAACUUUACCCUAAAAGGUCAAAUUUCCUUAGGAAGACAUUGGAAGACUCUCUCUCUCUGUGUGUGUGUGUGUGUGUGUGUGUGUGUGUGUGUACACAUGCACACAUGGGACCCCUCUAGACUGGAUAUUUUUGCAAGUGUCUUGUCUCUACACCUUGUCACCAGUCACAUAUACACCGUACAUUGAAAGCACACUUAUAAAGCUUUAUCAGUCAUAGCAUCUGCCAAAGUAUCCUUGGAACUGUAGUCCCACACCAUUCCUAGUUCCCCUAGGAGCUGGGGGAGGGUGUGUGGCCUCAAGGAUCUUGGAAGACCUCAUUCAGGCCCUGGAACUGACGUUUCCCACCCCUGAUUCACACAUUUCAGAUGCAUGUAAACAGUCAUAUUUGGAUGUCCGAAAUGGUAAAGAUAAGGCAACCAAACCCACUUUUACUUUCUCUUUGAUUCUUUCCUACCCUUAUACUGCCACUACUUUCGACAUUCUGAGUCAGCCUUUGUGACAUAAAACAAAACCCUUCACCCAAUAGGGUCCUGUGCAAGCUGUACUUCAUGCUGGGGCGCCAUUAUGCCAUUGCCACGAUUCCUCCGAAAUGCCUUAGAGCGUUAACUGUGAUGCGCUCAACAGCCAAAGGCCACACUGUCAGGUAAAUAGCAACAGCAAAUCUAAGUGGUGGUAGAAGAAAAAAACAGCUGCACAUCUAUUCUAUCUCCCUUGGCAACAGCAUCCUGACAACCGAAAUGCUGCCAUGUAAUGGCUAAAAAGGAGAAUGGGUUUUAUAGAGUAGAAAACUAGAAAGGGCAGGUGUUAUUUGAACAAAGAAGUGCUAGGGAUGAUUCACUCAGAGUGGAAUGGGGGAGAAGUCCAAUUCGGUUCAUAUUUAAAGGUGAAUAUACCUAGUGUGCACAUUCCAAAAGAAUAUGUGAACCAAAGCACAAGAUUUAUACCUCUGAAUUUUGCAAUGCAGCUCUUGAGAUACGUGUGCAAAACUGGAUAUAUUAGUGAAAAUAAUGCCAAAAAUGUGUAUAUUGGGAGAAAUUCACAUUAAAAUACUGCUGAAUUAUCAUUAAGAUGUUUUUUAAAUGCAAACUGAUGCGGAAAUGUGGAGAACUGAACUUUAGACUGGAAAAAUGAGAACCUCAGAGAAGCCAGAAAUGACAUACCCAUUUCCCCCCUAUUCACGCACAAAUGUGCAUCACUCGGAUGCCCUUUCACCCUGUGCAUGUGCAUAUUUCCAUCAAAUGUGGAUAUUUUUGCCUCUGAAUAGCCGCAUUGCAGCUAUGACUAGCCUUGCUCAGUUUGGAAUAUUCUUACAGAAUCGUCAUAAAACUUGGCAUUAAUAAAGUACUUGUGUAUUCAGAGCACUUCGCACAUGUGUCUGUUUUCCUGAACUUGGUGCCCUCUAGAUGUUUUGGACUGCAGUUCCCAUCAGCAGCCAGCUUGACCAGUGGCCAGGGAUUAUAGUUCAAAGCAUCUGGAAGACACCAGGUUGGAGGAGGAUGAUCUAAAUAAUCCUCCUAACAGUGCUUAUAAGGUAGGCAAGAUUCAUUAUCCACCAAACACAGGAGAGGCCUGAGGCUAAAAGGCAGUGGCUUGUCUGUGGCCAGCCAGUGGAUUCCUAGUACAGGGGUGGAGAACUACAGCUCCCAUAUCCCUGGGACUAUACAAGAACUACAGCUCCCACCAUUCCAGGUCAUUGGCUGUGCAAGCUGGGGCUGGUGGGAGUUGGAGUCCAACAAUAUUUAGAUGGCCAGAGGCCACUAUCUGUUCUAGUGGAAGUGAGAGUUGAAUUGGAGAAUUAAAAUCCACACCAACUCUUUCUACACCAGGCUUGCACCUUUACAGGUUGUGUCUCAGGUGUCCAUCAUACAUGUAUAUAGAAAAUUACACCAUAGACAAGGUCGUCAAGACAUUGCUUUUCUCCGUUUACUUCACUGUCCUUUUCCCUUAGCCCCAUUGCAACCAGAUGUCUUAAUUUUCUAAUGAAGUGGGGGUGGUGGUGGUUCUUGAGUCAUUAAGGCUAAUGAGGAAUGACUGGGGCACUUGCUCCAGCCAAAUAAUUGGCCAGAGCUUUCUCAGUAGGAAGUUUCACAACUUCUCUCAUUUGACAAUGUUUUCUUAGGCUUCCGGGCUUCUCUUGCCUUCACCUCCUUCCCCAGUUUCAAAGGAGGGUAUAUGCUGCUCUUAUUUUAACAAAAUAUGCGGGGGGCGGGGCUUAAUACUCAGCUUCCACAGAUAUAGGCAGCCUACGUUGGCCCUGAUCCAUUACGCCAUACAAAUACAUCACAGUGUUAAGACCAUUGCAUUACAUCCAUUACAUUUCUGCCUUAAUCCCAUUGAUCUCUAUAGGAUUAAACCUGUAAUGAUUACAGAUUUAAAACCACAUAAAUCAAUGGGAUUAAGGCUGUAAUCCACUGUGCAUUUACCUGUGAAUAAGACCUGUUGAAUGCAACGCAGUUUACUUCUGAGUAAACAUAAGAAGGAUUACACCAAGUGUCAGCAACCUAAGGCCUAUGGGCCGGAAGCAGCCCACUGAGGCUGUAUAACCGGCCCCCGAGCCGCCCCCAAACCGAACCGCCCACUUGGUGAGUCCCCGCAUGCUGCACUAAACUGGCACAGCGUGACACCGGGACUCUCUUCGACGGCUCUGGAAAUUGCUUCUGUGCAUGUCCAGAUGCCGGUAAUCGCGUCUGCUCGUGUCCGUGGUGCCGGAAAUUGCUUCUGUGCAGGCAUGAUUUUCAGCAUCUGGGCAUGCGCAGGCGCAAUUUUCAGGAUUUUGGUCUGACCCACGGAGGAUGUCCAUGGGAGUGAUCUGGCCCAUGCCUGAUAAGCCUUGCUGACGCCUGGAUUAUACUGUAUAUGCGCCUGACUCGGCCAAUCCUAUAUAUGUCUCCUUGGGAGGUUAGUAGCUAAAGGAAUGCAACCUGAAGCUACUUUUGUCGGUUUCCCCACACUCCUUGGUCUCUAAUUAGUCUGUAUGCAACUGGGUAAUUAACAGAUUCAACUUCUAAUUCCUCAAGUAUUUAUCUAACAGCAUGAAAAUUUCAAAGCUAUACAAAACAUGAGAUACCUUCAGAGAAUCAAAAUUGCAUAUUGAAAUAUUCUUUCUUGCCCAGUGCACAUGAUCAGUUCAGAAGAGUGGGUGCCCACUUAGUAGUUCCACUGCCCACAGAAGUUUGAGGGGUUGCCCCAGGAGAAGGCGUUCUCUGUGUCAACCCCCAUGUUACGGAAUUCCCUCCCCAGAGGUAUGUUUGGUGCCUUCACUAUUGAGUUUCCAUUGUAUGCUGAAGGUGCACUUCUUUACCUAGCCUUCAACACUUGAGAAAUAGUUUUUUAGAACUUGCCCUAUUCUUGUGACUGUAAUUUGCUUUCUACCGUUUUAAUAUUGUAUGUUUAAUUUACUGGAACCUAUCCUCAGACCACAUGGUGAAGGGUGGUUAAAAAUUGAAUUCAUCUUCAUCAUCUCUUCAUACACUAAAGAUCUGGUUUAUUUUUACUGAAGAAAUAACACAGAAGGAGAAUGAGAGGGGUCACUUAUGUUAAUCAGAUGGUUAUAUAAUUUAAAAUACCAAGUUAUAUAUUUAAAAAUACCAAGGAGCUCCAGUAACAUACAUGGCCAGUGAUUAAGGGUGGGGACCUAAAGGCUAACAACAUCUAGACAACCUCUGGUUCCCCAUCCCUGACCUCCACCAGUGUUCUUCAAACCUUGGGUCUCCAGAUGUUGUUGGACUGCAAUUCCUGUCAUCCUAGUAGCUUAUCUAAUGGUCAAGGAUGACAGGAAUUGUAGUCUAACAGCAUUGAGAACCCAAGGUUGGAGAUAACUGGACUGACUACACCAUCAGUGAGAACAAUAAUCUCUAGGAUAUAGGUUGAUUCCACAUAAUCCUCAAAGCAGAGUGUUGGAACAUUCUUCACUAUGAAGGAAAUACUGUUCAGGAUUGGAACCAGAGAGAGAAAGAGCAUGUCAGAAGGCAAUUCAGAGUUUCAUUUUCCUUUUUUAAAAACCCCCCAGAUUUCAAAUAUCUAAAGAGAACAGGUCUAGAAAACAAUCUCUCAGUGUGUAAAAUCCAGCUGUGUGUGUAGCCAAAUUACAUGUCAGAGUAUGAGCAGUAUUCCACCUUAAAAUAGGAAAUUAGUCCAAGCUAUCAGGAUGUGCCACUGAGAGGCUAAUGCUUCCUUCCCAGCAAACCAGAGCAGUCAGGGGAUCUUUUGUGUAGCAGCAUCUGAGUCUGGCACUGCAAGUGUGUAUGUCGGAGUGGAAAAAACCCAAGCUGGAAUACAAAGCAGCUCAGCAGGGGAGCAAAUAAGGCUCAGUAACUAAUAAGCCUUCCUUGCCUUUUGCAAAAGUAUUGCACAAAGGAGCAGGCACUAAGCCUCACAUUCCUGCAAGACACGCCUGCGUACUGUGUGCCUGUCGUCUUUGCUCCCAAGCCAUCCCAGCAUUAGCAGCAAAACUCUCCUCCCGAGAAGUAGUGGCUUAGCAGGCACAAGCCACUUCCUUUAUUUAUUUUUUAAUUACUAAAAUAUGAAGCUUCCUAGCCUACAUGAUGUGAGUAGGUGAGAAUGUCUGCUGACAAGUCCAAAUGAUAUUUUCAGGUGAGUAAUUUUAUUACCUAGCGCAAUCUGAUCAGUCUCAUCUCACUUUUCCCCUAUUUGACCUCCUCCGUUCAGUAAUUACAAGGCGAUUUAAUUCCCCGUGAUCAUUUUCUGAAGGGUCAGCUAUUCAGUUGUCUGAAUGUUUUUCUCAAUAGGCGUUUCUGAACCCUCUGUUAUUUCCACAGAAUCUUGCUUUCUUUCAGCUUACCGUGAGAAUGAAUGGGGAGACUGCCUGCCUGCCUCUUCAUGUUAAUGUUCUGUUUGUAAUCUCUAUUGUUCCUAUUGCUUGACAGUCUGAAUUUCUUGAUUUAUGAACUGACUCGCCUUAAAGCUUGGCUAAAAAUUCACCUUCUUAGCAACAGAGCUGAUGGCUCCUCUAACGGGUUUAAUUGUUGAAAGAGCUGGACACUCAGUUGCUUUGUCAAGAGAGUGCUGUGCUUGAGCUGAAUAGUGCUUGUUUCCUAUGAUAAGCUGUAUAUAUUUUGGAAAUAUUUUGAUUUCCCAUACUUUUGAGAAAGCAAGAUUUUGUUCAUGCUGUAGGGUGAAUGGCUUUCUUUUGUCCUCUCCCCCCCCCCCCCCAGCUAGCCCCCUCUCAGUUUACCUGUUACUAUGAGAUGGGCUUUAUCAGACUUGAUCAGCCCAAUCCUAUGUAUGUUUACUCAGAAACAAAGUAGUUUAUUCCCAGGUUGCAGCCAUUUGAAUCAACGGUGAUUAUUUUAAGUACUAACCCUGUGUGUGUUUGUAAUUGUUUUAUGGAAUUGGCAUUGCUUAUGUUGUGAACUGCCCUGGGGAGCAUAAGAUAUAAAUGAAGAUCAUGGCUAUCGCAUUCCUAGAUUGACACCUAUGAAAUAUUAACUGGGAUACGCCCAUUCUUGGUCCCAUGGACAAAUAACAAAAAAGUGCCCUAACCCGGGUCUAGGCAGGGCACUGGGAGGACAAAUAACUUUUCUUCUUAGUAUGUCAUUAGCUGAGAAAUACACAUUGGUGCUUUAUGUCAGGGAACUCCUAUCUGAAGGUUGGCCAACCUGGGGCCCUCCAGAUCUUCUUGUUGGGCUGCAACUCCCAUCAGACCCAUCCAGUGUGUCCAGAGAUCAGGAAUGGUGGGAACUGUUGUCCAACAAGCUCUGAAGGGCCCCAGGUUGUCCAUUAGGUUGUUGAAAUAGUCCCAAGUGAAAAUCUCCAGAAUUACAUCAGGGGUAUUUAGGGGAACCCACUGAUUUUGAAAGGUUUUGUCUGCUUAGGUAAUUUUCACGUAUGGUUCAUUUCAGACAAACGAUGCCCCAUAUCAACGUCAGGCGGCAAAGCUGCAUUCCAAACAUGUAGAUUGGUCCCAAAACCCAACAAUGGGAUUGUUUGUUCACAAGGGCUAGAAGGCCACCUCAUUCUGAUCUCUUGCAAAUGGCACUGAAGGAAGAUGUCUAAAAUUGCACUCACUGCACUCCUGGCACAAUCCUUUGUCUACCCAGAAGUAAAUCCUGUUAGGUUCAGUGGGGCUUACUUCAAGGUGAGACAUCAUUUAGGCAAGGUUGGGGAACCUCAGGCCCAGAGGAUAAAUGGGACUCUCCUCCUGAGUUACACCCCCUCUUCCCAGGCCACACUCAACAGAGCUACUUUACACCCCCCAUGAGUGUUUUUGGCCUCGCUGGAAUGUGUCCUUGAAUUUGGAUGAGGCCUCUUGCCUGCCUGCCUGGAUGAUGGAGAGCAGGAUCUGAGCGCAUGCGAAACCAGCCUACAGUACAAAGACAAAAAAUUUAUUUGGGGCUCCAGGCAGGUAGCUUGUCUUCCCUUAUUGAAUGCCAUGGGUGAGGUAUGUGAGCACAAAAAAGAUCUGCUCUUGACUUCCCAGAGCAACAAUGCUUUUGAAGCCCCACUGAUCAAGGAGGCUGUGUUUAUCCUGUCAUCGUCACGUCUGAGAUCAGAGGAUGAGACUGAGGUGGGUGGGGGUUGAAGAGACUCUUGGCUUUAGAAUGCAAGGCUGAACUCUUUGUGCGUAAAUUCACCGUGGAAAAAUGCCUGCACAAGCAGUAAAUGUUUCCAAUGGGUUUUUGACAAUUCGGACUCGGUCCAAAGUCAUAGGACUUGUUGGGAAGUGCCCAAGUACUUUGAUAUACAACUGAAACAAAAGCAGAAAAAAGCCCUCUACUUGACAAGUCAACCUGAUGCUAUGAACUUUCAUAACCUCCCAUAUAAACUCAUGCUGCUGCCUGGCUGGGGAGUGUUAAUAAACUUGUGAGGACUUUUUGUUAGUGGCUGUACACAGCCAGCAUCAAUCUAAAUCAACCAGCCUUAAGGAGCACUCUAAACAUGAUCAUAGGACUGGCCCUAUCAUUUGACAAGAGGGUGCCAGCUCUCAGACAGAUAGUUUUUACUGUCAAGAAAUUUAAUGUGUUGUGGUAGUAUCUUUACUGCAGAGGAGGAGGGGGGACACUUGUGGUUUUUUCCUGCUUCAAGUACCAAAAUAUAGCCAGCCUUAGGUACUAUGUACCUUGAUUGGGAGGAAGAUGUUAUCUACUGUUGUCUUAGGCACCAAAAAUAUUUUGGGCCAGCCAUGGUAGAAAUGUUUAUUUGCCCCAUUCCUGCAUAAAUCGGUGUGUGUGUGUGUGUGUGUGUGUGUGUGUGUGUGUGUUUGUUAAAAAUUAAACAUAAAAGGGGAUGCAGGUAAUUGUCCCCCUUCCCUACUUUACUUUGCAAUGGUCCAUUAUUCAGUUGGAGGGGGUGGGGAAGGUUUUCUCUCCCUCUCACACACCUUUGGGUGUUAAAAGCACACCCCUAAGUGCUUCAUCCAUAAAACUGAGAAGUACCUUGGCUGCAAUAUUCAGUCUAGCAAGGCCCUAAAAUCAGGGUGUGGGUGGGGGCAAGGGGGCUGUGGCCCCGGGCACGGAUUUUGAGGGGGCACAAACAAGGUGCCCCCACAAAGGUUUGGCUUUUGCCGGGAUCCCCAUCCUACUCAGGCAUGUCCUGGCAGGGCUCAUCCCCUGUUCCCCAUCCUUCCCUGCCUGCUGCUGAGCGGUCUCUGGGCCCUGGAGCCCAGCCUGGCCUUCCCACCGCAUCCCUGGCCCCCUUGCUGAAUGGGUGCCUGGCCAGCGCUUGCUCACUUGACAUGCUCCCCAGACAGUGAGUGGGCUAGGAUGAAGGUGGGCAAGGGGCGACUCCCAGCCCUGCCCUCCUCUCCACAGGUUUCACCUGCCAAGGGCCACAUUGGCUAGCUACACCCGCCCCCCCCGGUAAGUGGCAUAGUGUGGCCCCACUUGGUUUUAUAGGGGGCACUCUGGCAGCGUCAGCAUCAAGGACUGAGCUGGCGAGGGUUCCAUUCACCCUCCGCACCCUGGUCAUCGGCAAACCACGCUAUGCUGCUGCCAAAAUACACUUUUUAGCUUAUAAGAAGAAAUAUUUUAAACUAGAGACUCUCAAAUCCCAUCAACCUCUGCCUGCAUGGCCAAGAAUCAGGAACACUGGUUGUUUGACUCCAACAACAUCCAAGUCAGAUUGCCCACACCUGUUCUAAGGAAAUGAGCUUGCGUUGACUCCCUUUCUGUGACAGUGAACUCUUCUUUGAUUAUUGCUGGUGACACAGGAGAUCCGGAAUAGCAUUGCUAAGGAGCAGUUGCAAGAUUUGCUCCAAUACCAAGCAAAGGGUGAGGAGCUUUCAUGUAGGCCCAGUAGUGGGGAUUGGCAGAUGAAGCUUUGGAUUCUGGAAGUAUGGGCAGAACCAUGGAAGACUGGAAAAUCCCCCACCCCCACCCCUUUGUCCCCCUGAGUUGGAAAAGGUUCAUGGCAGAGUGCAGUUCCCAACAUUGUUGGCAGACAUUUGGGUUUUUUGUUAAUGCCACAGUAUUAAAACAAAUGAAGGCUGCACACACCAUACCUUUAAAGUGCAUGUGAAGCACAUUUCCCCCUCAAAGAAUUCUGGGCCCUAUAGUUUACCUCUCCCAGAGUUACAAUUUCCAGCAACCCUCAACAAACUACAGUGCUCAGAGCUCUUUGAGGGAAACCAUGUGUUUUGAAUGUACUUUAAAGGCAUAGCGUGUACACGGUUUUAGGGAAAUGGUUCGUUGUACUUCUAAGUAAAUAAACAUCAAUGCAUUGAUGUGGGAAAUACAGAUGUCCUCCUGGUCCUUCCAUUGUCUGGAAGGUGUGAUAUCUGGAAUAUAAGAGUAAACAACCCAUUGAGAUAAGUAAUCAAACAAUGCUUCUCAGAUUCUGUUCUUAAUUUCCCUGUGCUUAUUCAUACCAGGCCUUCUCUUUCAAUAAUAUACAAGGGAUGAAUAUUCUCUGAAGCACAAGUUUGAAGCUUCUGUGAGAUCAGGUUGGACAGCUGCCCCCCCCCUUAAGCCCUCAUAACUGUGGAGGAGCUGCUGUGUUGUAUUAAACCAGUGAUCUGAAGAGAAAUGUGUCCUAAAAUGACCUUGAGACAGACUGCCAAAUUGCUCCACAGAUGCUGUCUAGAAGCAUCCAGUGUCCUCAGUGGCAGUCAGAUACUUACUGCAAAGUAGUAGCUUGUUGGGGGUCACAAAGUAAAUGUUUGUCUAAGAUUUUGAGGGUACCUGUUCUUCCUCUGAAGUCUCAGAGUUAGCAUUAAAUGGAGACACAAUUUUGGUAGGUGUGGACCUGUGCUACAGAGCUCAGAAAGAUUUCUGCUGGAGAAAGUUCAGCGGCUAUGCUUUGCUUUCAUGCUCAGAUGAUAACUGAUUGCCACACUGUGACGGAAUUUUCCCUCUAGCUUGACCGUAUGGUUCGUUCUCCUUUUGCUUUCUACUGUCAUGCAUGACACAUCUCAUUUACUUGAGCCAUCUGGAUGUGCUUUAACUAAAGGUAUUCCUUGUCCUACAUUUACCUCUGGCUUCUCUUCUCCAUAUGUUAUAUGGCAUUAUCUGGAACCAGGAGUAGGGUGGCUACUUGCAGAUCACACACACAUACACAAGAGGGAAAUGCAUCACUUUGGGGGGGGGGAGGAGAAACUGGAACACAUUUGCAUAAAAAGUGCACAUGCUAAAUGCUAGGCAUAGAUGGAAAUUUAAAAACAAUUACUGUAAUUUAAAUAGAAUUGCAAUGCAUCUCAUUCUGGUUGAGCAGGCAGGAAGACUCAAACCAGGUGGCAUGUGUAGCUUACUCAGUCUGCUAUCCAGGUGUUGGCAAGUGAAUCCCAGGCUCCUCUCUUUGUAUGGUUCUGUAUCUUUAAACUGGACUUGUAAACAGGGGCAGUCCUAGCCAAUUUCUACAUUCGUUCUACAGACAAUGUUCUGGACACCAUAAAUGUAUUUUGAUAUACAACAAGCUGACCUCUUUCUAGGUAGAGCAAUGCCAAUAUAAAAGUGGUGCCUUCUAACUGUUUCACAGUUAUAAAUUGUGUGUGCUCAAACAUAGCCCUGCUUCAAAAUCCAGAAAAAAGAGAGGUAUCAUAAUAAAGUGUAAACUAUCUCCGUUCUUUACAACCUGCUAGUGUUGUGCUGUAUUGCCUUAUGAGUGAAAGGGUGGGUUUGAAUUGUCAGAUGCCCAGUAUAAUUGCUAUAGGCCCAGAUCCAACCUGCUGGCCAUCCUGGCUCUGGUCAACAGAAAUUAGCAUUUUGAGAUUUGCAAGGUUGUGUGUUUUCUGCACAGUGUGGUGAGUAACUGUUGUGAAGUACUUUGAGUGUUAGACUUGGCCUAAGAAGAUCUGGGUUCAAAUACCUGCUCACAUGAAACUCACCAGGUGGCCUUGCCUCCCCACUCUGUGUCUGUCUGUGUCUCUCUCUCCGCAAAACCUACCUUUUGUGAGGAUGAAGCAGGAUACCCUCACAUGCUCUGUCCUAACCUGUGUAGUUGAAGACUGGGCCAUAAUUGUUUAAAAUAAACGAAACUUUACACACUUACACACACACACACACACAGAGAGAGAGAGAGAGAGAGAGAGAGAGAGAGAGAAUGAGAAUAAGGGUAAGAAAUGGCAUUUCUGCACUGCCAUUAAUACUUUAUACAUGUAGAAUUUUUUUAAUCAAAGCUGAAAUUCUCUGGGUUUCAUAUUCUGUACUGGAAUAUAUGUUUGGCAAGCAUACAACCUUGUGUACAACUGACCCAGCUGCAAUGCAGGGAGUGAGCUUCUGUUGCCGUCACCUCAGUCCCAAACCUGCCAUUCUGAUUUUAUGCCAGUUUGCUAUGCUUUGGGUUUUCUUCACUGCAAUCUCUCUCCUUGCAGGCGUUCUACUGAUUUUGGCACUGACAGAAGAACUCGUGUUUGCAGUUCAGGCACCGUUUCCCAGCUUGGCAUCAUCUUGGGGCCUCCUGACAGACAAUAGCAAUAUCUCAGCUAUGGGGAUGACUCCUGGACACAAAGGCCGUCACACCACCAAACUCUUGCCCACAGCAUCCCUUGCAAACUUUCAUCCCGCUAGCUCAGUGGAGACUUACACUCCUUCUAUUGGCCAGAAGGAAUCAACCAGCAGCCAUCCCAUUGGCAACAAAGAACCAUAUCACUUAAACAACCAGAGUGCUUUGUUUUCCGGAAAGACUCUCCCCCAAGUGAAUGUCUCUCAGGUUGUCAAUGGCAAUUCCACAGAAUUUACAGAGCCUUAUCGAAAGACGGGACAGCACUCUCCCCCGACCGUGAGGAACUGGUCUCCAGAUCAUCCCUUUCAGUCUCAAUCCACAGCCCACAGUCGUAGUAAUGGCACCAUGCUGGUAACCACAACAGACUCACUUGCAUCUUUCCACAGUGAUACCUUGGGAGGCCUUAACACGACAGGGAAGGGGAGCUCAUCCGAACUGGUUACACAGGAAACAGGUCUCACCACCCCAGCAAAUGCCCCAUCAGCUGCUCCUGAAAUGGUGACAGUGCCUUUUAAACCCCCGCGGUAUGGCAUAUGGGAUAUUCUGGGCAAAAAUGACUCUUGGGUACCCUCGAGCCAAACUACAAACCAGGGACCUUUUUUUGCCAGCCCUGGGACUGCAACAGCAGCAGCAUUUGGCCACUCUGGUCAAACGGGCAUUGAUGCUGAUGUUUCUUCCUCGCAUACAACAAGGAACCCAAAUGAAACAUCUACCGCACUGAAUCCCUCUGGGCGUGCCAACUUGCCAAGCGCAGAGCCCUCCACGUGGAUGCCGAGUUCCACUUCAACAGCAACAGGCAACUUCCUAAACAGAUUGGUACCCGCUGGGACCCGGAAGCCUGGUAUGCCAGGGAACAUUUCUCACGCCUCAGAGGGAAACAAGCCCCAGCACAGGGCAACCAUUUGUCUCAGCAAAGUGGAUAUAGCAUGGAUCAUUUUGGCCAUCAGUGUGCCCAUAUCCUCAUGCUGUAAGUUGACUUCUUUUUUUGUCAUACAUUCUGUCGUAGAUGUUUGAGAUACUCCAUCCUUGUGUUAUGUAUAUCUAAUGUAACGGAAGAGCCUUGAAUGUUCAGGUGCUUGAAAAAUGGGUGCUAGGAACUGGAUAGUAGCUUUUUUUCAAAAGCAGGGCAUUUCUACAUAAUUGGGUUUGCUGGUGAACCGUGCCUUGUACAGGUGACUGGUACUCUUAUGAGAAGGAUAGUGCCUGUGUAUUUUGCCUCCUAUCUCAGGUUCUACAAAUGCUAGAAAGAUACUCUUUUAGAAUGAAAACUGGUGAUCUGGGACUUAUGAGUCUAGCGCUCCCAAUGAACUAUAUCACAUAUAGCAUUAAGAAGGGAAAGAGCACUGGCUGGAUUACUUUUCCCAGUUGGUCAUGCAAACACUGUUGGGUCUAAUUAAUUUUUCUCUUCUACUUGAUGAAUAUUACUUCAUGGGAGUUAAUUAUAGCUAGUACUAGUCCAUCAGGGGAGAUUAAGGGAUUUGGUUGUGGAGAUACUUGAAGCACUGCAAUUUCAGUUCUCCCACACCAAGCUGAAUAGCAGUCUUUGGAAUUCCCUAUAAAUGGCUGCUGGGAUUUCAGUAUCAAUUGUCAACUCCUCCCAAGUCGUAACAUCAUGGAGUGUGAUCAGGGCUGGGGUGACUGAAAAAGAUGGAACUUGUAGUGAUGUCUGGCCUUGCAGAUACAAUUAGUUUGUACGACUACCUUCUGCAAGACUGAGAGGUUACCAGGAUGGACUGAAACAGUGAUCUACUUCUUCUGCAGCAUAGCUUCAGAGCAGGGAUGGAAACAUAGAUAAGUGGCAGAGCACAGUAAGCUCUACCUGUUUGUCUCAUUCUGUGUGGCUGAUGAGGCAGCCACAUCCUGCUUGAGGAAUUGCUAGUGGCAGAAAACUCUUAAGAGGUGGUAGUAGUCUAGACAAAUAUGUGCCAUGCUUAGUUCACUUUUGGAUCAAGAGGCAACCAUGUCAGAUCACAAAACAGUCUUAAUAUAAUGCCAACAGCUGAAUGGUCCAGAAGUAUUAACUCAAAAAUUUAAAAGUCAACAAUUCUCUUUGCACGAGCCUAAGCUGCUCUUUGGCUUCUGGCCCAUUCAUAGUCCUUGAAGGGUUUGGGUAGUGGUUCAAAUGCUUCCCAACCUCUCUUGUCCAGAUAACAAUGAGACAAAAGAAUAUGCCACGGACAGCAAUGUUUUUUGUGUCAGUUCAACUUUUUUUAAAGCUCUUUUCUGUCUCCAGCCUGUAAAUGGCUUUUUGGGCCAGAUGUUGCUGUAUUAACAUAUUUCUCAAGUCAGCAGCUGGACUGUUCUGUUUGACUUUCUGUUUCCCUGAACAGUUCGUUCUCUCACAAGCUACACCCUUCCUGUCCAAUUGUAAUUCAGGGGAUGGAACGCUUCGCAAAGCAGGUGCCAUGCAUGGUGCCGCAUCAGGAUAAUAAGAUAAUGACAAUAAUCAUAGUAUAAUCUUUCCUUGGCUCUGCUAACUCUGCAGGCUGCUUCCCCAUCAUCUCCGAAGUUGAAAGGCAUGCAUUACAUACCAGAUGUGGUACAAAUGCCCACCCCGACAAGUCACUUUUCUUGUCAUGGUAAUGUGAAAUAAAUUACUUGCUCCCCCUGAUGGACAGACCAGUUGCAGCUCCCUUGUACAUGAUCCCAAGGCAGAAUGCUUUGGUUUUCCUGAAAAUAUGUUCUUGCCAAAAGAGUGCAAUUUCAUAUUCAGCAUCGCAGCAAAGCUGCAACUAGGCUCCAAGGCAGAUCACCUGACAAAUGGGUCAUGUAAGUAGGGAGGUUGCUGCCACCUUCAGGACACAAGGCAAAUAGAGUCAAGCUUUUGUCUGACCAAUUUGCAGGUUUAUUGUUGCGCACAUUUUUUAUUUUUAAAGUCAACGGGGUUGCUACCAGUCAGCAUGUUAAUGGCACAGGAAGCAAAACAUGACAUAGUAAACUUCAGUUUAUUUGACUGUACAUCAAAUACAGUACAGGAUUAUUGUGACAACCGCAAUGAAAAGUAGACGUAUAGGUGCACAAAUGGUACACAGCUGUGCGACUGUGCAGUUAAGGAAUUCUUAGACCCUGAACUUAAUUAUCGGAAGAGGGGCAUUUAGAUAUCAGUGUGUUAGUACUUUAUGUACUUCAAACUGAUAAGACAGCCCUGCUGUAUCUGGGGACUUUCUUGCUCAUUCUGCUGUGAAGGGCCCUCGACUGAUUCAUUGUUACAUCCUCAUGUUUAUAUCCCACCUCUCUUCCAAGGAGCUUCUUCCUCUUUCCAUUUUUCAUUGACUAUAACCCUAUGAGGUAACAGUUUGCCUAAGACAGUCCAGCGCAAGCCUUCCACCUUGCACAACAUCACACCCUGUGGUGUGUGGGAAUGCCCAGGGUGGGCUGACAUCACUCGUGCCCGCCUCACGGCUUGCAUGUGACACAAGCAUGCCCCACAACAUGCGCACAUGGCCACCAGGGAAUUAUGAAAGGGCCCAACCACCCCCUUGAAAAUUUUGGUUUCCCCUCCCGGCCCCCGCUAGUUGGUGUGCCUGAUUCACAGCUAAGCAAAGGUUUGAACUCAGGUCUCUCAGGUCCAACACUCUCAGCACUACACCACACUGACUUGUCUCAAAUUCCUGCCCUGGUGAUGCCAGUGGUUGCGAUUCAAAUGGAGUCCCUCAUUGUUUUGAUAUUUUAAGACUGCAAGAUAAAAUUUCCUAGGAAACAUGCCUGCCCAGAUAUGGAAAGUCAACAUUUUACUGACUGGUAGCCUUAGAAUUUCCAUAGUUUGGUUGGAUUUAGCAUUUUGCCAGCUAUCCAACUGGAUCGCGCUCCUACAAUAGUUUAUCCAGGUGCCCCUGUUCAUGUUCUGCUUCUUGUCCUGGUGCCUUUUUAAAAGCUCACACAAUGAGAAUAAUACCACGUGACCAUUCUCUAAUCAAAUUAAAGGGUCGUGGCAGCCAUAUUUCCACUUGAAAAGAAAUGUGGCUAAUCUUCCCAUCACAAGGAAGUGGUGGGGAGUGUGGGAUUAACUGAACAGUGAAAUUCUGUAUCAGUAUAAAGCAUAUAGAAAUCAGGAAGGUGGAGAUUUUUUGCACAGCGUUCAGCAUAAGUCCCCAUAUCCAUAAAUGUAACCAAAGAAUGGAGUUUCAGAAGAAGCAUUUUCCAGGGUUAAAACAGCACAGGGGGAGGUACAACCAUCCACAGGAAUUCUCUCUUUUCAGAGCAAAAUCUACAGAGUCCCAGCCAAAUCAUGAGAGCAGCCAAAUUGUGAGAGACCACAUCACGCAAAGCACAUGUUCAGCUCAUUAUUGUACGCUCAGGCCAGUUGGUUUGGCCAGCCAGGGAAUGAAGAAGUAGUUCCCAAAAUCUGUGUGGUUUUGACCAAUGCAUUAGGAAGUACAGAGAAACCCUGGAAAAUGUGUCUUCUAUUUAACUAGUACUUGCUCAGCAGAGAAGUGCUAAGUGGCAUUCAGUUCUUAACCAUAAAAAUGCAUUUUCAUCUUGUCACAAUUCCAGUGGGUUUUAUGUCCUCGCUGCCUUGACUCAUUUGGGGAAGAGGGAGAAUUUGUAACAUGAAGUAGCAAAAUGUUCAGCAUAAUCACUUUGAAAAACUUCUCCAAGCUCUUGGAAUCCAGACCUUUUAAGGGAAAAAGAAAAGAAACCUAUUGCUGCAAUUAAAGGCUGAUGUGAUGAGAAAGAGGAGGAUGGGAAAGCUGUGACUUCAAUUCAUGACUGUGAAUUAAUUUAGCCAUUACUGUUCAUGUGAAAUGGAGGCCAGCUUGGAGUGUGGAAGUAUCAGUAGAAUACCAAAGAUGCAUGUGGCGUGUUCCUUUGGAUCCUGUUCUAGCUCAUACAGUGGUACCUCUGGUUAUGAGGUUCCGGAGGUUCGUUUGUAACCCGAAACCGCUUGUAACAUGAGGCGUGCUUUCGGUAAUGGAGCCUCCCGCUGCUGCUGGCAUGCAACUUCCACUCGCAUCCCAGGGCAAAGGUCACAACGGGAGCAUCUACUUCUGGGUUAGCAGAGCUCGUAACCCGCAGCGUCCGCAAGGGGGACGGUACGUAACACGAGGUUCCACUGUAUUUCACAUCCUCUGAACACUUGAGCGCUCCUCCUGCUUUUAUUAACUCAGUAUAUCAGCAAUUGGUUAAGUUAUGAUUGGGUUUCGGAUUCCUCACCACCACCAUUGAAAUUCAGGAGAAGCGUCUGGCCUUUCUUAGCAUCUGAAGGAUAAGCCUUGCCACUGAGAUAGGCUGCAGGUGAAGAUCACCAUUACAGAACAGCUUUAGUAUGGUGUCUUUGCAUGGAUUGCCUUCUACGCAACCCUGUGCUUUCCCUAUCCAACUCACUUUGCAAGCCUAUUUAUUCGGAGAUAGAUCCAUUCUGCUCAAUGGGGCUUACUCCCUAGUAAGUUUGCUUAGGAUUAUAACUUAGACAUAUGGUCCUGUUUAUGUUCCCCCCCAUCCCCCCCCCCCCAAGCAAGACAUGUUUAACCUUAUUUGACGCUCACACUCACUUAGCGUGCAUUUGCACUUUGGCUCACAGGUCAGCAGUGCUCCUUUUAAGUGGUGAAUGCAGUUUAGAUGUGCUUUGACACUGUAAUGAAAGUCAGGCUGCCUCAAAUUGAAGUGUAUUGCCGCAGAACCUGGAAGCAGCUUUUACACUUAUCUAAUUCUCCACACCACAUUAGCGCUUCCUAUAGGAGAGGUCUGCAGCAGCUGCUUUCAUAUCAGCCAGCAUGAUCCAUAUCAAUGGAGGAAGUGUAAAUCAGCUACUUUGACAUUCUGCAGAUUGCUGUCCAACUUACCUGGCUGUCCUAGAAACGCUGAUGUAGGAAGACCCAGAGCCAUCAAGCUAAGUGGAUUCAGCUCUUCAGGAGUGAGCCAAUUCCUGGUCACUCAGGUGUCUCUCCAGUGGUUUCUUGGGGACCACCAAGCAGAAGUCUUUCUCAGCCCUGCCACUUUAAAUCUGUAAUUGGAGAAGCCCAGAAUUACAUUCUUAGCCAUGGUUCAAAGCAUGUGGUCUGCCACUGAGCUGUGGUCUCUCCUUUGAAAGACUGGAACCUUAUAUUGGGAAUUUCCAUUGGUUUGAAACAUCCAAGCCUGUAGUAUUAUGCAGCUCUGUACCAUUUACAUUAAAAUCACUUUCCAUUUGGAAACCCUGCAUGGUAAAUUACUGGUCAUCUAACCCCAACUAACCAAUAUGCACCCCACACAUGCAACUUUCAUACUUUUAAGUUUGGGGUUCAUGUUUACUGCCAUUCCACUUGAGAAUAAAAAACAAAGCAAUCACUGUGGCUUAGAUGCAACAAAUCUGUCUUUCCAGCCCACCAGAGGCAAACCUGAUGCUUUUCUGGCAACAUAAUUUGACGAACAUCAAACCUAACAUUUCCCAAAGGCUUACGCAGAUUUAGCUGCAAAACCUCCAUCCACCGUAACACAAGCCCUGUAAUUAAGUAUCUAAGCCAUUCAGAAUGGUCUGCCUAGGUGAAAGUACUUUCAGAUGCCCUUUCCCCCCUCCACCUCUGCCUAAUAUAAGGAUUCUUUGAGGGCAGAAGGCACACAAAUCAUCUAUACUAAUAGUGAUCUGAAUUCUCUGAGUGCUGUUGCUUAAGAACCGAAAACUGCACCAUCUACAAAAGACAAGCUAUGGCUGUGCACUAUUGGCACACAUAAGAGUUUGAAGGGACAUGAGGGUCAUUUAGUCCAACCCCGUGCAAUGCACGGUAAGUGACUUGAGCAGAUGGGUAUGACUUAGCACAGUGGUUUAUGAAGAUGGGGACUGACCUCGGGCCAGUCAUUCUCUCUCUCAGUAUAACCUGCCCCACAUGGUGAUUGCUAGAAUAACAUGGGGAAGGGGAGACCCAUGUAAACUGCCUUGAUCUCCUUGGAGCAAAGGCAAGAUGUAGUUAAAAGGGCAUUUCCUAAGAACCCCGGGCUGUCAUUCCAAAUAUUGUUGAUCCUGACUCAACAGCAACUGCAUAAAUAAACCCUGAAAGAAGAUCAAUUCUAGGGGAUGAAUUCUUCUCUAAGUGGGCACUUACGUACCAAGUGCUUUUCAUUGCCACCGUGGGACUUCUUGCCUACACAUCUGUUUGUUUGCUUGGGGACUAAGAUUUGUACAGUAGGAAUUAAAUGAAUGGCACCGGAUAAAUGGAAGCAAAGAGCCCGUCUUAAGCAUUGUGGUAGGUGUAUAAUAGCCUGCAAUUUUGAAUGUGACAGGAGUAAUAACUAUAUUUCUAUUAAUUCAACAAAGAGAUUUGUAGCAGACACACACCUUUUCCUUUGAAUAAAGCAGGAACUAAAUCAACUGUUCUGAUUAACAGCCUCCCCCCCAGUGCUCCCUGUUACUUUAAACAGAACUCUGACCCCCUAUGCACUGGUAAAACGUCCAUAAUUUAUAUUGUGAGGUGGGAAAUGUUCAUUUGAAUCCCUGAUGAGCAGUGGGGUAUAGUGGUUAUUAGUCCCAGACUAAGACCUGGGAGCCCGGAAUUUAAAUCCUAACUCGGCUACAAAGUUCAUGAGGUGGCCUUUGGCCAAUUGUCACUUCUCAGCCUAGCCUACCUCAGAGGGUUGUUUGUGAGGAUAAAAUGGGUAGCUCCUUGUGAGAAAGGUGGGCUAAAAAUGCUAUGCAUAGAUACAAAGAAACCUCCUAGCACAUGUAGUCCAGCAUCCUGUUUUCACAGUGGCCAACUAAAUGCCUAUGGGAAGGUCACAAGCGGAACCUAGUGUGCAACAAGACUUAUUUACAGUGGCUUUAGUUGUCAAACUAUUCAAAGGGUCUUUGGCCUACCAGCAUUUGCUUCCCCCCACCUCACCAGCCAAUAUUUUUCAUAUAAUAAUAAUAAUAAUAAUAAUAAUAAUAAAAUUUUAUUUAUAUCCCGCCGAACCUGGGCUAACAACAGUAAAAUGAUACAACAUUCUAAAAUAAUUUCAUUAUAAAAUCAUUUCAUUAUAAAAUUUACAAAUCUAAGAUAAAAAGUAUGGCUCUUGGGUAAUUCUUGAAUUGUUUUCCUUGGACUAAGAAGCUCCUAGAGAGAAAGGAAUGUGCCUUUUUCACAGGGUCUGUUUAGUCUGCCCAUGUAACUAACAGCUUAGCUGUUGGAUAUUGCAUCAAGAAUAGAUGUGUUUUAUAUUCUGUGGACCCAUCCCUAAAGCUGUUUUUUUACCACAUCUUUUCUUUGAAAGAACAAGUAUGUGGUAUAAUGGUUAGAGCAUUGGGCUAAGCCGAGCGGGGGGGUGGGGGCGCUACUUGGGUUCAACUUUACCUUCAGCCUUGAAGCUCACUGAGAAAUUUUGGGCCAGUCACUGUCUCUGAGCCUAACCUACUUCACUGGGCUGUUGGGAAGGUAAAAGGAGGUGGGAAAAUCAUGAAUGCUACUUUGAGCUUCUUGAAGGAAAGACAGAAUAUAAAUGUAAAUAAAAAGCUUUCAUAAUCACUAUUUUAGAUAACUGGUGUACAGAACAAUGCAGAGUUAUGGUUCAAAAGUUUCCCCGGAGUAAGCACUUCUGUUUGAAGGCUCUCCUCCCAGAAUUCAACCCAUUAUUUCCCAGGCUAAUAGAGACCCUGCAAUUUGGUUGCAUAAGUGGGAAACUAGAGUAACAUAGGGGUCACCAACUUGGCACCUGUGGGUGCUCAUACGCCCAGAGGCCAUCACUGGUACCCACAGGGUCCAACUGAAAUCAGGCUUGUAAGAAGCAUUCUCUUGCAGCCAUUAGACACAGACAUACAUUUAAAGUGCAUGGCUUUCCCCGCAAAGAACCCUGGGGGCUGUAGUUUAAGGGCGAAAGGAAUUGUAGCUCUUCGAGGGAUAAACUGUAGCUCCGAAGAUUCUUUGCAGGGAAACCCUGUGCUUUAAAGGUAAAGAGACCCCUGACCAUUAGGUCCAGUCGUGGACGACUCUGGGAUUGCAGCGCUCAUCUCGCUUUAUUGACAGAGGGAGCCGGCGUACAGCUUCUGGGUCAUGUGGCCAGCAUGACUAAGCUGCUUCUGGCGAACCAGAGCAGCGCACGGAAACGCCGUUUACCUUCCCGCCGGAGCGGUACCUAUUUAUCUACUUGCACUUUGACGUGCUUUCGAACUGCUAGGUUGGCAGGAACAGGGACCGAGCAACGGGAGCUCACCCCAUCAUGGGGAAUUGAACUGCCAACCUUCUGAUUGGCAAGUCCUAGACUCUGUGGUUUAACCCACAGUGCCACCCGCGUCCCAACCCUGUGCUUUACAUGGGCAUUAAUUUGACUUUAAAUGUAUGGUGUGCGUGCGACGUGGUGCCCACGACAGCUUCUCCUAUUUGCAUGUGUGCCUAGAGGCCCACUGAUUGUUAUAACCAGUAACAAAGGAGAAGCUCACAGUGGUGUUUAAACUUCACUAGAUGCAGAAAUGUCUUGCCAGUAUCGCCCAACAGGAAACAAGCCUCGAGACUUUUAGCAGCAAUAGCUGCUUCCUGUGCCCGUGCUAGUAUGCUAGCGUUGAUUUAUUUAUCAAAUUUCUGCCCAGCACUUCUUCCCAAAGGAGCCCUGGGCAGCAAACAUAUCUAUAAUAAACAAUACAAUGAAAAAUAAAAUAAAAACCUAUUUGAAACAUUUAAAAGCUGUCAACGCAACAUCUAAAAACAGUGAAGCACAAUCAAACAUGCAACCGAUUGUGUGUCUGACUUGGCCUGCCGAAACAGCAACAUUAUCACCAGGCGUUUCAAAGAAUCCAAUGAUGGCACUUGCCUAGGGAGUUCCAAAACACAGGUGCUGCCACACUAAAGGCAUGACACCUGAUGAACAUCACAGGAAGACAGUAGGCAGGGCAGAGAUUUAAUAUUGUGCAGCUAACAUGCAGUUCCUACCCAUAUGAUUUCCCACAGCUACGCAAUGCAAAAGAGGAUGACUAGCCUAGCGAAGUGAUUAUGACUGGCUUAGAUGAAAUUGCCCAGAUUUUGAAGCUUUUUCAGUGGUAAUAAGAAGAUAAGACAUCUCUUGAUCCAAAUCAAAACAGAUACGAUUAUGCCUGCACUUUCUCUCAGUAUUUUGUGUUAAGGAUGGAGCCUGCUGUGAGACCUGAUUAUAGUGGCCCUGCUGGUAAUAUUAACUCAAGGCUUAGCCUUGGCUGUGUGCUGUGUUAUCCAGAGAAUCGUAGAUGCUUAUGAAAUUAGAAUGGAACACGUGACCUCUGAUACUACUAAGACUGAGAGCGGUAUUUGGGCCAAGCAUUACACAGCAGGUACAUGAAGUAGCCCAACAGAUUUCUAAUGAAAAGCAGCUAUGGAAAGGAAUGGUGAGGAGGGAGGAGAGGCAGCUUAACCCCUUUCCUUCUGCCCAUUCCCCACUUGCAUCCCCCCUUCCCAGCUGCUUUUCCACCAGUGGGUGGGGAGAGUUACGUAUUUUCUUCCCACAGCUGGAAAAACAGCUGCACUGAAUUUCAAACAGAAAAAUGGCUGGAGGAGAAAGGCUUUAAGUAAUCUUUUCCCUCCUUCCACCAUUAAAGUUAUAAUAUAAAUUCUACAUAUUACACUGGUGUUUCUCAAACUUGGGUCCCCAGCUAUUGUUGGACUAAAACACCCAUCAUCCCUAGCUAACAUGACCAGUGAUCAGGGAUGAUGGGAGCUGUAGUCCAACAACAGCUGGGGACCCAAGUUUGAAAAACACCAUUACUCUGUUUUUGAGUAUAUUUCCUGGAAACAAGCUGGAACAAGAGCAGUACACACUGGUCCCUUUGGACUACAGAAACAGUGUCGAGCAUUGUCAGCAGUUUGCUUCAUUACAAACAACACACCUUGGAUAAAUACUCCACUGUAUGUUUCCAAAGCCACUGAUUCAAAGGCAGGAAGGGAACAAGCAAUUGUGUGUUUUGGUCUGGCCCAUCCAGUCCAGCAUCCUCUUCUCCCAGUGGCCAACCAGAUGCCUACGGGAAGCCCAAAAGGAGGACCUGAGCACAACAGCAGUCUUCUCACCUGUGUACUCCGUAACUGGCAUUCAGAAGCAUACUGCCUCCAACAGGGGAGGUAGAAUAUAGCCUUGUCUUCCAUGAAUCUGCCUCUUCUAAAGCCAUCCAAGUUGGUGUCUAACUCCCUGUUCUGGGAUGGAAUUCCGCUAAGUGCUGCAUGAAGAAGCACUUCAUUUUUUUCUGUCCUGAAUCAGAGAACUGUGCUUUUGUCCUUCCUGGCAUCUAGUUGGGUCACUGUGAGAAGCAGGGUGUGGUGGCCUAGAUUGCUCUGACUUCUUAUAUUCUUACUUCUCUUUGAUUCAGAACGUGAAAACAUUAGGUGGUCUUGCAUGGUGUUCUUAAUUCAUCAAAUGUUGCAUCUUCCAGUGGUACAUGAACCACAAUGUGAACUUUUCAUAGAUCUGUGCAUGCAACCCACAGACAGUGGGGGGUAAUCUAUUAGAAUAUACAGUCUAUUACGCAAGCCACCGCCAACUAAUUUCCCAUUGUUGCACAAGCACACUCUCAAACAUGUUUGUGUUAACAGCUGUCCUGCUCACCAUCUGCUGCAUGCGGAGAAAGAAGAAGACAUCAAACCCAGAAACCAACCUGAGCUAUUGGAACAAUGCUAUCACUAUGGACUACUUCAACAGGCAUGCUGUAGAAUUACCCAGAGAGAUACAGUCCCUUGAAACCUCAGAGGUAAGAUCUGAACUCUGUUGGCAGUGAACCUCCCAGGUAGUUCAUAUCAACAAGCGGAUUUUAGCCACUCUGCUUGGCUCUCACACAUAGCGUUGUGAACUCACAGGGCCCUAAUGAUAGGAGAGGUAACUGGGAGAACUUUCCCUUUUAAGCGGUUCUGAAAGGCACAUGGACCCCCUCAGAUGCUACUCUUUGCAAACAUGCCUUCUUGGCUUCCAUGCACAUAGUGUCUGGCUUCCCAUUUCUGUUGAUGCCCCUCCUGUUACCAGCAUAUAGACUCCUCCUGAACCAAGACAGGGUGGCCUUGUGUCCUACUUUACAGAGGAGAGUACUCGACUCAAAGAGCUGAGUCCAAAUCCUUUUAAGAGUAAAGAACAAAUGGAGACCAGGGGCCUUGAAGUGACCCAUCUGUAGCACUGGACAAUAGACUGAGCUGGUACACCUGGUCACAUCUUUCUCACUAUAUUGAGAGGAAUUGUGUUUCUAUUCAAAUGGUAGUAAUUGCUUCUAAAUUUGCAUCUCAUCCAGUCAUUCAUUCAUUCAAUUUGUACACGACUUUUCCACAAUAAAAAAAUAUAUGCUCAAACCGGCAUGCUACAAAGAAACAGGUGUGCAUCUCAAGCAAAUGCCAGAAAAAAUUACAUAAUGACACAGCAAAACAAUGGCAAAUAUAAUAGCAUACCAAAAAAACCACAUUUCAAUUCUACCCAUAUAACAGUAUUACUUAAACAACACCCAGCAUCCAAUAGCAAAAACAAGGGAGCGUCACAGUUUCCCCUUGGUCCUAGAAACACGCCUCCCGUGAGGUUGCCACAGUCCCUCUCCUGCAGCAGCUUCUUACAAGGCUUCCAAGGGCAAAGGGUGGGGUAGCUGGAAACCCCCCUCCCAUUAUGUUUAUUAUGUAGCAUAUGCAAAUAAAUGUCCUCUUUGGCCCUCUUUUUGGGUGCAUAAAUGGCUACCCUCACACCAAGGGGCGUUUUGCCCCAGCCCCACUGACUUCUCUGUCCCAAUUCCGUUAGCCAUCUCAAUUUACCCAGUUUCAUUCUUAUCUUCUCCACACCAUCCAAACCACCUUCUCUCUCAGAUUUUCCCUACAGCCCCAUCUCUCUUUAUACAGGGAUGGAGAACCUGUGGUCCUCAAGUUGUUAGAGCACCACAGGUUCCCAAUCUUUGCUCUAUAUAUCUAUCCCCUCCCCCCUCUUUUCUUUUGGUUUCCAGUUUCUCCACACUUCCCUCAGGUUCUGUUUCUCAGUUGAUAACCUGCUCGGUCUUUUUUUGUUUGUUUCAGCCACUAUCCUGCCAUUAAGCUUUCCUGCCUCCUUCCCACCAGGCUUCCCUACCCAGCCCCUGCUAUCCCAAUCUCUAUGUGAGGGUUUCUACACUUGCUUCCCAGAAGCUGGGCUAUUUAUGAACAAUUUGCUGUUGAGAGAUUUUUCAGCUGCUAGAAUGUUCACAAAAAGGACGUGACAUGAAAAUCAGCAGUCACAGUUGAUUCCAUCACCUAGCAUGGAUGAUCCACCUAACCAAUUAUACAAUUCCACAUUUUUCAAAUGAACAAAGCUGGAAUGGGGAACCUGUAGCACACCAGAUCUUUUUUGGACUACAACUCCCAUCAUCCCUGACCUUUGGCCAAGUUGCAUGGGGCUAAUGUGAGCUGGAGAACUGCAACAUCUGGAAAGUCACAGGCCUCCAAUUCUUGGUAUAAAGGAACCACCUUUCUCUAAGGGGACACUGAUGUUUCUGUCUCACCCUACUGCUUUUAGCUCAGACCAGUGAAUCCUAAGUAUUACAUUUUUUAAAGCUUUGCUUUGGCCAUACUGAACCAUUGGUUGACUGGAUACUGGAUAUUCUUCAAGACUUUGUCCUGCCAGUGCAAAUUCUACCAUGUUGACUGUCCCUUAUUGUAUUUCUGAAGCUUAAUAUUUUCUUCCCUUUCUCUCCCCUGACCCCUUUUUCCCUGUAGGACCACCUGUCUGAGCCGCGCUCCCCAGCUAAUGGUGAUUACAGGGACACCGGCAUGGUCCUUGUUAACCCUUUCUGUCAAGAAACGCUAUUUGCAGGACAUGAGCAAGUGUCUGAAAUAUGA